AUGGCUGCCAUCGAGAGCAGCUUCCCAGAGGCUAAUCUUUCAGCUGUCUCCAUGGUGAACCCUGCUAUUGUCGGAGGCAUCAACCUGCUCCAGUACAUAAGGAACUGGCAUGGCAAAGGUACAGUACCUAUGCCAAGAAUAAAGCAAUCAACAAAAUCACAUAUGUUUAUUAGACAAUUUAUUCAAACACAUGUAGCAAAAGACAACAUGCAUAAAUACAAUUAUUGAGGAUGACACAAAACAAUUUUUUUUUACAUUGUGAUCCUCACAUUUUCAUUGUGGCCCUCUUUGAAUCACUUCCAACUUCUUACUUCAUCACAUUUGAUCUCCAUGUCUACUAUGUCUAUUGGUUUCUGAUUUCUAAUUACUACUUUACCUCAAGCAUCAAAUGUUCAUCUGCACUCGUUUACGUGUUUUUGAUUGGUCAAUGUAUUUAUUCAGUUGGGAAGACAUCAAUCUCAUCUAAUGCUCAGAAUCAGAUGCAUUUUACAUUUUCAAAUCGCAUUACUCACACAGACUCCACAUACAGGCCAACAACAAUAAGCCUUUAUCCCAAGGGGAAACCCCCUAACUAAAGCACAAUACUGUUUCACUAUGUUAAGGCGUUAUCAUCUGUGUUGAGACAAGAUGCAAUGGCUUAAAUAACUAUUAAAUAAAGUAUCAGGAAUUUCUGAUUUGUUGCUUUUGGAUAGAAAUAACAAUUUGUACUAGAAUAAAUACUGGGAACUGCAAAACCAGCUCAGUUCCAUUCAGCUAUGUGAGUCAGCCAGGUUAAUUGGAAGAGGACAGAGGGAGUGUUUUUUUCAAAUGUCAUGACUUACAGAAUCAAACAACAUUCUUUUGAUUUAGAAGGGAACACUAUGAAAGAAAUGAGAAUGUGAACGUACAUCCAACAUUUAUACUAGACCAAAAUACAAACCCCUCAGAGGAAUAUUGACUGUCAUGUUUUCAGCCCUCACGUGUCAGUAACCUCUUUAGAUAGGCCACUUUUAUCUGAAAUCUCUCUACAAAUAUGAUUUUACACAGAUGUCUACAUCACCCUUGGUGACGUUAUCAUGGUGCCACCCAAUACCUCAGUAGCAGCAGCCGUCAACACCCUCAUGCAGCAGGUCAGGAUACCACUAGACAAGGUAAGCCUCCCUUCCCUGGCCAAAGGCCCUGUUUGAAUGCUUUAGAAUUGUGAGUUAAGCUUCCCAAGCCUGGUCCAGAUCUGUUUGUGCUGUCUAGCCAACUCCUGUGUUCAUUGUCAUGUCAAAUUGGCAAGACAGCACAAACAUAUCUGGGACCAGGCUAAAGAUUCCAUUCCCUGGCCUAAAUCUGUUUUCAGUACAGCACAGAAUGUGUCAGAAUGCCCUCCAAGAAAUAAAGCUUUUGCCUGUAUGAUGUGCAUACUAAAUAAUAUAAUCUGAUUAGUCUAGGUACCAGAAAGUCACUAGGAAUGCUUCUAUCUGAUAUCAGGAUAGACGUAAAACCUGUUCUUACACAACAGUGAUACUCAUCAGCACUUUUCUAAAAGGGGCAAUAUAGCUCCGUCUAUGAAUCUGAGAGUUCUUCAGCUCCAUCCCUAAGCUAUUUACCCCAAAAAGUGAUGGGGUGAUUGUUUUGUUGUUAUUUGAAUGCCAGAUUGUCCCUUUAAAGGAAUACUUCGGGGUUUUGGCAAUGAGACCAUUUAUCUACUUGCCUAGAGUCAGAUGAACUCGUAGAUACCAUUUUUAUGUCUCUGUGUCCAGUAUGAAGGAAGUUAGAGGUAGUUUCACGAGCCAAUGCUAACUAGCAUUAACGCAAUGACUGGAAGUCUAUGGGUAUCUGCUAGAAUGCUAGUAGCGGCAGGUAGCUUAGUGGUUAAGAGCAUUGUGCCAGUAACCGAAAGGUCGCUGGUUCUAAUCCCCAAGCCGACUAGGUGAAAAACAUGUCGACGUGCCCUUGAGCAAGGCACUUAACCCUAAUUGCUCCUGUAAGUCGCUCUGGUUAAGAGCGUCUGCUAAAUGACUAAAAUAUAUAAAUAAAUAAAUAAUCCCUUCAUACUGGACACAGAGACAUAAAAAUGGACUGGGGAAGUAGAUAAAUGACCUCAUUGCCAAAAUCCCGAAGUAUCCCUUUAAAGGAGAUUUGUACAAUUACUCCUAAAAAAGUUAUGUUAGUUCAAAGUAAUUAUGUGAUUAUCAAGGUAUUAUUAAAGUAUAAAUUACUUUACUGAUGCAUACCCAAACAUGAUCCUCUCCAACCACAACCUUUAGGCUGUGGCGCUAACAAUGGACAAGGCCCUCUUGCAUUCCUACAUAUGUUCAGGAAACCUCAGUGAUGAGCUCCAAGCAGCUUGUACUGGAGGGACAGUGGAUAUGCUGCUGGGGUGGAUCAGUGCCGACAAGGUGGCCCAACAGGUAUGUGUGUGUGGGUGGGUGGCUAUGUGUUAUGGCAUCAGCACAGAGAUGAGCAGAGAACAGAGGAAAACAGACAGUGAAGGUGUGUCUGGGGUGGGGCCGUUGCUGUCUUUCAUAUCCUAUCUGAAUAGCAUUACAAACAUUUUUUCCCCUUAUUCUAUUCUCUGUUGUUCAAAUGUAAAGACAUGAAGACAUUAUAUAAUUCCACAUUCUCUCUCUUUAUCUCUCUUCCUCCUUCUCUCUCUAUUUAUCCCUCCCUUCCUCUAUCUACUCCCUUCUCAAUAUAUACACCCAAUCAGAGACACAGGGGCAAACCAAACACAGGGUUACCUUGGUAACAUCCUAGCUUCAACAACAUAUCAGCAGUGGGGACUGAUGGGGGAACUCACAGGGCCACCUGUGUAACAGGACCCCAGAGAUCCCCAAUUGCACCUUUCUGCCAGGCUGCCACGAGGCUAGGGGUAGAGAUGUUAACGAAUUACCAGUCAGAGGCAGAGGCAGUUAGCUAAGCCGCCCCUCAUUUGUGUGCUCACUCACUGAACUGUCUGGUUCAGAAAUAAUAUAUUCCCUGGAUGAUAGCCUGACUGUUUGUUCACUAAUGGAUUGAUCUUGUGAUCAGUGGUUAUUAUACAGUUGAAGUCGGAAGUUUACAUACACCUUACCCAAAUACAUUUAAACUCAGUUUUUCACAAUUCCUGACAUUUAAUCCUAGUAAAAAUUCCCUGUCUUAGGUCAGUUAGGAUCACCACUUUAUUUUAAGAAUGUGAAAUGUCAGAAUAAUAGCAGAGAGAAAGAUUUAUUUCAGCUUUUAUUUCUUUCAUCACAUUCCCAGUGAGUCCAAAUUUUACAUACACUCAAUUAGUAUUUGGUAGCAUUGCCUUUAAAUAGUUUAACUUGGGUCAAACAUUUCAGGUACCGUUCCACAAGCUUCCCACAAUAAGUUGGGUAAAUUUUGGCCCAUUCCUCCUGACAGAGCUGGUGUAACUGAGUCAGGUUUGUAGGCCUCCUUGCUCACACACGCUUUUUCAGUUCUGCCCACAAAUGUUCUAUAGGAUUGAGGUCAGGGCUUUGUGAUGGCCACUCCAAUACCUUGACUUUGUUGUCCUUAAGCCAUUUUGCCACAACUUUGUAAGUAUGCUUGGUGUCAUUGUCCAUUUGGAAGACCCAUUUGCGACCAAGCUUUAACUUCCUGACUGAUGUCUUGAUAUGUUGCUUCAAUAUAUCCACCCAAAUUUCCUUCCUCAUGAUGCCAUUUAUUUUGUGAAGUGCACCAGUCCCUCCUGCAGCAAAGCUCCCCCACAGCAUGAUGCUGCCACCCCCGUGCUUCACGGUUGGGAUGGUGUUCUUCGGCUUGCAAGCCAUCCCCCUUUUCCUCCAAACAUAAUGAUGGUCAUUAUGGCCAAACAGUUCAAUUCAGACCAGAGGACAUUUCUCCAAAAAGUAUGAGCUUUGUCCCCAUGUGCAGUUGCAAACCGUAGUCUGGCUUUUUAAUGGCGGUUUUGGAGCAGUGGCUUCUUUCUUGCUGAGUGGCCUUUCAGGUUAUGUCGAUAUAGGACUCGUUUUACUGUGGGAUAUAGAUACUUUUGUACCUGUUUCCUCCAGCAUCUUCACAAGGUCCUUUGCUGUUGUUCUGGGAUUGAUUUGCACUUUUCGCGCCAAAGUACGUUCAUCUCUAGGAGACAGAACGCGUCUCCUUCUUGAGCGGUAUGACGGCUGCGUGGUCCCAUGGUGUUUAUACUUGCGUACUAUUGUUUGUACAGAUUAAUGUGGUACCUUCAGUUGUUUGGAAAUUGCUCCCAAGGAUGAACCAGACUUGUGGAGGUCUACAAUUUUUUUUCUGAGGUCUUGGCUGAUUUCUUUUGAUUUUCUCAUGAUGUCAAGCAAAGAGGCACUGAGUUUGAAGGUAGGCCUUAAAAUACAUCCACAGGUACACCUCCAAUUGACUCAAAUGAUGUCAAUUAGCCUUUCAGAAACUUCUAAAGCCAUGACAUAAUUUUCUGGAAUUUCCCAAAAAACCUUCAACUGUACAUACAGUAAGCUAACAUCAAUCUCUUAAAAGCAGAGGGAAACAGGGUGUCAAUGGAGAUUCAUUGAUUUGAGGUGAAUUCAAUGUCAAUGCAGUCAAUUUAGGAAGUAAGCUGAAAUUCCAAUUGAACAUUUCCUCUUUUUUAUAAAAAUUUAUAAAAAUGUCAGCUUGAUUCCUUGAAAUGAAAUUGACGGCAGCCCUGUUUCCUUAUCUCCUUCUUCUAUCCUCUCCAGUAUCUUCCCAUCUUCAGACACUUCAGUUUGACUGUUUGAUCUGUAAUGGGCUGAUCUGAUGAUCAGUGGUAACUGUAUUAAACAUACUGUGCAUACAGUAAUGUCCAUCCCCAAAAAGCAGGGAGAAACAGGGUCGCAAAGGAGAUUGCAGCAUUCAAUGGGGUUUAUUGGUCCUCUGUGUGACUUGCCGUGUUUCCCCUCCUCAGAGCCUCCUGGCCUGGAGUAAAGACGCUGCUCCGGGGGAUGUGACCUUCACCAGAGGCCUCAUCCACAGCCUGAUAGGACUGUUUAUGGCCCCUGAGGUCCACGGCUCCUCCAACAAUAUCAGGUCCCAGCGUAGCAGCGACACGCAGCCUCAGAACACAGAGGAAGAGCUGUGAGUGAAAAUUUUUAGUUUCUCUCAUUGUGUAGUUCUGGUGCUAGAUACAUGACAAAUACUGCACAUUUAAAAUGGGCAGUUAAAUAUUUCAUUUGUCAUUCAACAAGGGUUGGAAAUGGACUUAAAGUAGUCGUCGGUGAGGAUAGAACUUUCACUUGAUUCUGCCUGAAAUACGUGUAACUGAUCUCAACCCUGGAAUCUUCAGAAUAGUCCAUAAACCCCAUAAGAAAGUAUAUUGCCAAGCAAAGAAGCCCAAAGUCUACCAGUAGUGUCCAUUCUCCCAUGGGUGACCUCUAAACUCUGUGUUGGCAGGUUCCUGAGUGUGGGCUCAGUAGCAGUCGAGCUUCUGAAGGGCAUUCCUGGCUGGAACUACGUUCAGAUGGCCCUCACCACCGGCCAUGCCUCCAUGCAGCUGGCUACGACAGGCUUGGACCCUCUACUGAGUAUGUACUGUGUGUAUAGAGCUGCAUAUAACCCAUGAAGAUGAAUUGGAACUGUAUACUUUUUGUUGCCAAUAAAGUAUUUUGAAUUUAAUUAAAUUAAAUUGAACACUCCUCUGAUUUGACCAUGGUCACCUUGUGUUUUCUUCCUGACACAUAGAGAUGAUGGGAAAGGUGUCGACAGACGCCCAUACCUACCAGGAUAUCUUCAUCUCCUUGAUGUCCAACCAGGCUGCCGCUGACAACUUUGCUGGACAGGUCAUGGACUCAAUAGUGAAGUCAAUCAUGAAGGUGAGUGGACUGGCUUUAAUUAGGAAAAGCAGGCAAAACUGGUUGAAAUGUCAUCGUAAGUAGAACUAAAGUACUUAUAACCUGUUUACAACCAGAAGUAUACUGAACAAAAAUAUAAACAAAACAUGUAAGGUGUUGGUCUCAUGUUUCAUGAGCUGAAAUAAAAGAUCCCAGAAAUGUUCCAUACGCACAAAAAGCUGCUUUCUCUCAAACGUGUUUACAUCCCUGUUAGUGAGCAUUUCUCCUUUGCCAAGAUAAUCCAUCCACCUAACAGGUGUGGCAUAUCAAGAAGCUGAUUAAACGGCAUGAUCAUUACACAGAUGCACCUUGUGCUGGGGACAAUAAAAGGACACUCUAAAAUGUGCAGUUUUGUCACAUAACACAAUGCCACAGAUGUCUCAAGUUUUGAGGGAGCGUGCAAUUAGCAUGCUGACUGCAGGAAUGUCCACCAGAGCUGUUGCCAGAGAAUUGAAUAUUAAUUUCUCUACCAUAAGCCGCCUCCAACGUUGUUUUAGAGAAUUUGGCAGUACGUCCAACCGGCCUCACAACCGCAGACCACAUGUAACCAUGCCAGCUGAGGACCUCCACAUCCGGCUUCUUCACCUAUUGGAUCGUCUCAGACCAGUGUUGUGUCGAGUAAACGUUGCUAAUUAUGCUGUGUGACCAAGGAGAACCCGCUGACGCUGUAUUUUCAUCAUAAAGGUUUAUUCAUAACAAAGGGUUACAGCGUCGAUUUACAGAUACCUGCAGAUACCUGGAGAAUAAUCGCCCCAUCUCAAAUCUGAUUAUUCUGACCUCCUUUGUCUCAACCUAGUAUUUAUAAUCUUUACCCUGCUGUGGGUGGUUUCCCAUACAGACUAAUCACCUGUCUCCACACAACAGACUUCCUCUGUUCUAUGGUGUGUCCCUCUAAAACUACUCCCUCUAAGCUGAAUAAACCUCCUCUCAAGUUCCAUUUGAAAACGUUAGCGAAGUCAUAAUUCCUCAGAUACUACACCAGCCACCUGGACAGCUGAUGAAACUGAGGAGUGUUUCUGUCUGUAAUAAGUGGGUGGGCCUAUGGCCUCCCAUUCUCACUCAUGGCUGCGCCCCUACCCAGUCAUGUGAAUUCCAAAUAUUAGGGCCUAAUGAAUUUAUUUAAAUCCAAUGAUUUCCUUAUAUGAACUGUAACUCAGUAAAAUCAUUGAAAUUGUUGCAUGUUGCGUUUAUAUUUUUGUUCAGUAUGGUUGUAAUCGAUUGUAAUGACUUCAUUUCAACCAGCUUUGCCAGUUGGGGGAGUAGUACCAUUGUCUUGGUGGGUUUUUUGUGAUAUGCAUUUACAUUUACAUUGUCAUAUGUUACAAUGUAUGAUAUGACAUUGUGAGUGAUAUGGUGAUAUUGUUUAUGGGCUUAUAUGGGUUAUAUGAGUGAUAUUUUGAGUGAUAUAAUAUAAUAAUAUGCCAUUUAGCAGACGCUUUUAUCCAAAGUGACUUACAGUCAUGCGUGCAUAAAUUUUUUUGUGUAUGGGUGGUCCCGGGGAUCGAACCCACUACCUUGGCGUUACAAGUGCCGUGCUCUACCAGCUGAGCUACAGAGGACCACAUAUAUGAUAUGGUGUUCUUGUUCGGUUCCAAUAGGUCCUAAUGGCUCAGGGACAUUCAUUCAUUCAAUCAUCAAUGAAUGAAUGAAUUAAUACAUUAAUUAAUUAAUUAAUUCAAUCAUUCAUUCAUUCAUUCCUUGUUGGUUUCCAGUAGGUCCUAAUGGCUCAGUGACAUUCAUUCAUUCAUUCAUUAAUUCCUUGUUGGUUUCCAAUAGGUCCUAACGUCUCAGGGACCAGUGAGGUGUGAUGAUCUGCUGGGCCAGUGGUCCUGGCUCUCCUCUCUGAGUUCCAUGGACCCCAGCAUGUGGAACGUCCUAUUCUGCCCAGGGAACAAGUCUCAUUUCCAUGACGCUCUGCUGGCUGAGUGGAUGCCUGUGGUUGCCAAGGUGAGUCAAGUGUACCUACACAGCACUCACAGGUUGUGUCUUAUUGGCCAGGUCUCCCUAGAAAACGAGGUACUGGUAAAAUAACUGAAGAUUAAAAGGUUAUCACAAAAGCAGAAUACAGACAACACAAACCUCCCUCAGAUCCAAUACUGGUUUAGACCAUGUAGGUCAUUUCCAUUGUAAACAUUGAUGAAUGGUCUAGUGGGAAUACUGUUUGUAGUAAACAGAAACUAUGUCAUAUGUGAGCCUAUGGAUUUUCUUUAUAUAUUUUUACUUUAAGUACAUUUUUGGGAUAUUCAUAAAUUUUUUAAUAAGCCAGCAAUUGUUGUUAUGUUAUAUCCUAAAACAUGUAUAUUCAUCAUUCUUUGAUAAUUUUGUCAUUUCCUUCUUUAUCCAAGGCGAUUCAGCUAAUGAACAUAGUACAGGGCAGUAACACCACCAAUGUCACCCUUCCCAUGAUCCUCACUGAGUGGCAUGCGCUGGCUGGCUCCUUUGUCAGCGGUGAAGUGGCCUUGAUGAACUUCAGUAGUCUGUUGGAUGCUACCUACCUGGUGGGCUGGGUCCCUGUGAACAUCACUGCAGUGGACUGGACACAGAUUCUCAUGACAAGGUUAGUGUGUACACACCCUAAUGAAGGCCCUUCGGCCAAAACGUUGGUCAAAUAAAUCGACCAAGUAGAGAUGAGUGUGUACUUUUUUCAUUUGUGAUGGUCAGUGUACCUUUAGUAACCACAUAAUGACCAUACUGUCUUGAGAUAAUGUAUUCAAGGUUUGUGUAUAAAUGAGUAUACAAUAUCCUUGCAUCCACAAGCACAGUUAUCAGUAUGUAGGCGAGCCGACAUUAUGAAAAUAUUGAGUCUAUCAACAUGUGUUAGCAAAUACAAUAUGCAGAAAUGUUACUGAAUACAUAAUUGAUGUAAGGUGAGAUUAGGGCUGUUGCGGUGACCGUACUACCGCUACACCAGCAGUCGUGACCGCAGUAAAAUUCCACUUGACCGUUGAGUCCCGGUAAUCUCCUUUUAUGAGCUCUGGAUAUGCUUAAUUGGGUGGCACAUUACCUUUAGCUAUACAGAAUAUCUCACCACCAAGUGUUUCCAUCUCCUACUCUCUCUCCUUUAUUCCUUUCUCGAGCAUGCAGAGAAGCUGUUGUGAUGGAAAUUUCUGUUAAACCAUUAUUAUGCUUGUGUACUAGAAGCUGUUUUCUUUAAACCUAGUUGCUUAGGCAUUAAUUAUGAGAUUGGUGAUGUAACUAACUGGAUCAUAUGAGAUGGGAUUGUGUGUGCAUGGGUAUGGGCCUGUUUCUAACUGUUCUGUGGAUGUGUAGCAUAGGAACCUAGGUUUAGGGAAGUAUGUACAUGAUGUCUGGGCGCACAGCCAAGAGCUGACAGGCAAGACCUAUGGUUUCCUGCUGGUCAGAAGGGAAAGAACUGGUUCCUCUCAAUCUACUGAAACCAGAGCAAAGUGUUAAAUCCUGCGCACUAAUGAUAAAGCUGUUGUCCUGGCUACGGCCUGUUGCUGGGCAAAAGGGUCAAGCUUCUGUGUGUGUGUAUGUGUGUGGGUGGCGAACCAGCUUGCUUGCCUGGUUCGAGGGACCAUUAAUCUACUUUUGAUGAGCUAUGUCUGGGGAGAUUUCCUGUUGUUUUAACACCUAUUGUCCUCAGAAUGAGACUACCUUUUUCACAGUUAGUCUGCACCCUGUACCUCAGUUCCGUCUCAUUGUCCAGCACAUACACACACCAAGAUCACAAGUUUUGUACAUGCUUGCAUAAAAUGGCUUGCCUAUAUAAGGUUUCUGUACUCCUCGUGUCAUUUGAGCUCUGGCGUACACCUCAGAAGUGUAUGCCUGUCCAGCUUCAUUAUUGCAAUAAUUAAUCGAUAAAUAAAGUUUAAUUGUUUGAAGAAAUAACAGUCUCUCCUUAUUGGGUAGAAUUUCCACGACACUGUCAAUAGUUUAUUGAAAUAUGUUUCGUUGCGACAACAUGUUACUAUUGAUGUUCCCAAACAGAUUUCACUUGGUUUCAUAAAAUUAAGCCCUGGGUAGCUUCAGGAACAUGGUUGGAGAGCCCAUGGCAUACAGAGUGUGGGCAGAAUAUCACCUGUCGUGCAGCAAGAGCAUGCUCCUCAAACAGUGGUUGAUGCAUGGAGUGAAAUAAGUGUUCUUAUAUUUAUUUCUCAGCUGUAGUAGGCUACCAGGCAUCAUUGAAAAACGGAUCGGCGGGAAGUGCGCAGCCCAUUCGCAAUUCGAGUGCAUACGGAUGACAUGUCUUUUUCCCCCCGCCACUGUUCCUGCCCAUUUGAUAAUGGGCCAUUCUAAAUCGAAACUAAUUUGACAUAUUAGUAAAGACAAGAUUACAUUGAGAAUAAUCUGAUGGGUGAAAAUAUGAUCACUUCAUGAGAGAACAGCUGUGCAUCCUGAGGCAAGGAACAGAGCGCAAGCUUUUUUUGUAACUUUCUCAAAUCAUCAAUAGCCUAUAGUCUCAUCAUGCAGCCCAUAUACAGUGCCUUCGGAAAGUAUUCAGACCCCUUGACUUUUUCCAUAUUUUGUUAGGUUACAGCCUUAUUCUAAAAUUGAUUAAAUUGUUUUUUUCUUUCAUCAAUCUACACACAAUACCCAAUAAUUUAUAAAAAAUAGAAAACUGAAAUAUCACAUUUACAUAAGUAUUCAGACCCUUUACUCAAUACUUUGUUGAAGCACCUUUGGCAGCGAUUACAGCCUCAAGUCUUCUUGGGUAUGGCACACCUGUAUUUGGGAAGUUUCUCCCAUUAUUCUCUGCAGAUCUUCUCAAGCUCUGUCAGGUUAGAUGGGGAGCGUUGCUGCACAGCUAUUUUCAGGUCUCCGCAGAGAUGUUACAUCGGGUUCAAGUCCGGGCUCUGGCUGGGCCACUCAAGCACAUUCAGAGACUUGUCCCGAAGCCACUCCUGCGUUGUCUUGGCUGUGUGCUUAGGGUCGUUGUCCUGUUGGAAGGUGAACCUUCGCCCCAGUCUGAGGUCCUGAGCACUCUGGAGCAGGUUUCAAUCUCUAUACUUUGCUCCGUUCAUCUUUGCCUCGAUCCUGACUAGUCUCCCAGUCCCCACCGCUGAAAAACAUCCCAACAGCAUGAUGCUGCCACCACCAUGCUUCACCGUAGGGAUAGUGCCAGGUUUCCUCUAGAAGUGACACUUGGCAUUCAGGCCAAAGAGUUCAAUCUUGGUUUCUUCAGGCCAGAGCAUCUUGUUUCUCAUGGUCUGAGAGUCUUUAGGUGCCUUUUGGCAAACUCCAAGCGGGCUGUCAUGUGCCUUUUACUGAGGAGUGGCUUCCGUCUGGCCACUCUACCAUAAAGGCCUGAUUGGUGGAGUGCUGCAGAGAUGGUUGUCCUUCUGGAAGGUUCUCCCAUCUACACAGAGGAACUCUAGAGCUCUGUUAGACUGACCAUCAAAUGCUUGGUCACCUCCCUGACCAAGGCCCUUCUCCCUCAAUUGCUCAGUUUGGCCGGGCGGCCAGCUCCAGGAAGAGUCUUCGUGGUUCCAAACUUCUUCCAUUUAAGAAUGAUGGAGGCCACUGUGUUCUUGGGGACCUUCAAUGCUGCAGACAUUUCUUGGUACCCUUCCCCAGAUCUGUGCCUCAACACAAUCCUGUCUCAGAGCUCUACGGACAAUUCCCUUGACCUCAUGGCUUGGUUUUUGCUCUGACAUGCACUGUCAACUGUGGGACCUUAUAUAGACAGGUGUGUGCCUUUCCAAAUCAUGUCCAAUCAAUUGAAUUUACCACAGGUGGACUCCAAUCAAGUUGUAGAAACAUUUCAAGAAUGAUCAAUGGAAACAGGAUGUACCUGAGCUCAAUUUUGAGUCUCAGAGCAAAGAGUCUGAAUACUUUUUUUUUUUAUGUUUAAUAAAUUAGCUACAAUUUCUAAAAACCUGUUAUUGCUUUGUCAUUAUGGGGUCUUUUGUGAAGAUUGCUGAGGAUUUUUUAAUUAUUUAAUCCAUUUUAGAAUAAGGUUGUAACAUAAAACAAUGUGGAAAAGGUCAAGGGGUCUGAAUACUUUCAGAAGGCAUUGUAUGUUUUGAUUUCUAAGCCAUUCCAAGGUUUGUAUCAUUCACAACUAAAUUAGCCAAAAAACUCAAAAUCUAGCAUAUAAGACCUGUUUCAAAUGAUCACUUUUACGCUCAACAUAGCCACUUCUGUAAUGAAUACUCGGACAGAGUGGUAAGAUCCAAUCGCAGAAUAGCGAUGCUUUAUUAGAGUACAGACAAGGGAAUAGCUUAAUCGUGGUCGGGCGGGCUGUGGUCAAAACCUGGCCAGGCAGAGACAGGCAGAGGUACCAAGGGAGCGGGCUUAGUCGUAGUCGAGGUCACAGGCACAGGAUCAGAGAACGGUAAUCACUGGGGUAGACAAGUAGAGGAUUAAGCAAUUCGGGGAGUCAAACAACAAGGCACAGGUCGGAUACACGGGUAAUCAAAAACAACAAACUCUCUCUCUCUCUCGGAACAAAACGCUUAGCAAGUCACAAUGGAACAAUACCUCGCACCGACUGAACUUCUGAGCACACCUUAUAUCCUACACUAAUUACUGACAGGUGUGCUCAGAACUCAGGUGAACCAGAUCGAGUCUGAUGACUCCCCCUCUCUGUAGAUCGGGGAAGUGUCAGACUCUGUCUAGACCCAGCCAACCCCCGAUCCCUUACAGUAUCCCCCUCCCCAGGGCCGGCUCCUGACGGCCUUCUACCUCUACCGGGUGGUCUUCCUCUGGGUCGGGGUCCGGGAUGAUCUGGCUGUUCAGCGUGGAAAGUGGCCUUGAGAGCGGGGUCUAGUAUGUCCUUAGCAGGGACCCAGGACCGUUCCUCCGGUCCAUAUCCCUCCCAGUCCACGAGAUAUUCGAUGCCCCCUCGUCUCCGUCUUGACUCCAGUAUCUCGUGGACUGUAUAGGUGGUGUCCUGUUCAUCCUCCAAAGGUGGUGUAGUAGGUUGUUGAGCGAUUGGUGGGUACAUCGGGCUAUAAUGGACAGGUUUCAACAGGGAGACGUGGAACGUAGGGUUUAUCCUGUAGUGUCGAGGGAGUAACAGACGGUAGGUGACAGGGUUAAUACGUCUCUGUACCUUGAAGGGACCAAUGUACCUGGGUUGGAGCUUCUUGCAGCUCCGUCGGAACCGCAGGUCUCGGGUAGACAGCCACACUCGCUGCCCGGGUUGAUAAGUGGGAGUAGGUCUCCGGCGUCGGUCGGCGUAGGUCUUUUGCUGUUGUGAUGCUUGACUGAGAUGUUGAUGGGCCGUCUCCCAGACCUGCGCACUCCGACGGAACCACUCGUCCACCGCCGGUACCAUCCCGGGUGCGGUAUCCCACGGGAACAGGGGUGGUUGAUACCCUAGAACACACUGAAAGGGCGUUAGACGUAGGGAGGUGUGAAUGAGUGAGUUCUGAGCAUACUCUACCCAAGGAAGGAAUCGGCUCCACUCUUGCGGCUGCCGCGAACAUUGUUGCCGUAGAUACUUCCCAAUUUCCUGGUUGAGCCGUUCUGUCUGCCCAUUGGCCUGGGGAUGAUAUCCGGAGGUGAGGCUCACCGAGAUGCCCAAGCGUUCGCAGAAGGCCUUCCAAACCCGGGAUAUGAACUGGGGUCCCCGGUCGGAAACAAUAUCCUCCGGAACACCAAACUGCCGGAACACCUGGUUAAACAUAGUCUCCGCCAUCUGAGUGGCGUUAGGUAAACGGGUCAUGGGUACUAACCGACACAUCUUGGAGAAUCGAUCGAUGACCACGAGAAUUACAGUAUGGCCCUCUGAUUCUGGUAGGUCGGUAACAAAGUCCAUAGCAAUGUGCGACCAGGGUCGUUGAGGAGUUGGCAAUGGCAUCAGCUUACCCUCCGGUAGUGCUCGAGGCGCCUUGGACUGAGCACAUACUGGGCAGGAUAAUACGUAGUCUCUGACGUCAUCUGUGAGGGAAUCCCACCAGUAUUUUCGACUGAUGAGUCGUGUAGUUCGAGUGAUUCCGGGAUGACCAGAUCCUAGCGACGUGUGGCACCAUUCCAUCAGUUGAGGUCGAAGCGGAGCUGGUACAAACACCUUCGACACCGGGGUUUCUGGAGGGGCUGGUUCCGCUUGUAGGCUCUCCUGAAUCGUGUCAUCGAUAGCCCACCUCACAGGACCAGCACGGCAACUCAUGGGGAGGAUAGGUUCUGGUUCAACCGGUCUGUCAGCGCGCUCGAACCGUCGGGAAAGCGCGUCCGCCUUACAAUUCUUGGACCCGGGAAUAUAAGAGACAGUGAAUUGGAAACGGUUGAAGAAUAACGACCACCUUGCCUGUCGGGAGUUCAGUCGUUUAGCACUGUGAAGAUACUCCAGAUUGCGGUGGUCCGUGAGCACUUGGAACGGAUGAGCUGCUCCCUCCAGCCAAUGUCUCCACUCCUCCAGUGCUAACUUCACCGCCAGUAAUUCACGAUUUCCCACGUCGUAGUUCUGCUCGGCCGGAUUCAGCUUCUUAGAAAAAAAAGCACAGGGUCGUGAUUUGGGCGGCUCACCUUGGCGCUGGGAUAGCACGGCUCCAACUCCAACCUCCGAGGCGUCCACCUCCACGAUGAACGGCAAGGUAGGAUCCGGCUGACAUAAAAUGGGAGCGGUGGUAAAUCGUUGUUUCAAUGUCUCAAAAGCCCGCACUGCCCCCUCCGUCCAUUUCAGACCACGACCCUUGUGGCUGGUCAUCGCCGACAGGGGAGCUGCGGUUGUGCUGAAAUUACGCACGAACCGUCUAUAGUAAUUGGCAAACCCUAAGAAUCUCUGGAGCUCUUUCACCGUCUGGGGUUGAGGCCAGUCUCGUACAGCUUGCACCUUGGAUUCAUCCAGUUUUACUCCGUCGGGAGUGAGUAUGGCCCAAGGAAGGAAAUCGUCGUGACAUGGAAUUCACUCUUUUCGGCCUUCACGAACAGAGAGUGUUGUCGGAGUCGGUCCAGAACCUGGCGUACAUGGGACACAUGUUCACUCAGAGAGUUAGAGUAGAUUAGGAUGUCAUCAAUGUACACUAUGACAAAGCGAUCAAUCAAGUCCCUGAAAAUGUCAUUCAUGAACGCCUGGAACACAGAGGGCGCGUUAGUAAGUCCAUAGGGCAUGACACAAUAUUCAUAAUGUCCUCGAUGGGUGAUGAAGGCGGUCUUCCAUUCAUCCCCUUCUCUAAUGCGCACCAGAUUGUACGCACUCCUGAGGUCCAGUUUACUGUAGAUGGAGGCCUGCCCCACCUGCUCGAGGGCUGCUGGAAUCAAAGGAAGGGGGUAACGAUUUUUAAUGGUAAUAUCGUUCAAACCUCGAUAGUCUAUACAAGGACGCAGUCCGCCAUCCUUUUUCUUAACAAAGAAAAAACUGGAUGCGGCGGGAGACGUAGAUGGGCGAAUGGCCCCUUGCUGUAGUGCCUCAUCAAUAGACUUGCUCAUUGAUUCUCGUUCCGGCUGUGACAAAGGGUAGAUUCGUCCGCGAGGAGGUGUAGCCCCGGAUAGCAGAUCAAUUGCACAAUCCCAGGCCCGAUGCGGUGGUAACACGGUAGCCCUCUCCUUGGAGAACACCUGCGCGUAAUCCUGGUACUCUGUAGGAACAACAGUAGACACCGCACCCUUCGCAUCCUCCACAGUAGACGUUUUGCAAGGUAAAAUGAGGCACUCUGCCCUACAUACCUCACUCCAAGCCGUGAUCUCGCCAGAUUUCCAGGAGAUGACCGGAUCAUGGGUAACGAGCCAGGGGUGGCCGAGGACUAGCGGCUCCCGUGGAGCGGAGAUGACGAACAGAAUGAUGUUCUCAUGGUGCAGGGAGCCCACUUGUAACUUGAAUUCCUCGGUACGGUGCGUAAUGAACCCAGUGCCCAUGGGCUCACCGUCUAGCGCGUUGACUCGCAGGGGGGGUUGAAUUGGGAUAAGUUGAACUCCCAACUCCUCAGCAAGACCCAUAUCCAGAAAGCUGGCAGCCGCUCCGGAAUCAACAAGUCCUUCCAACCUGCGCACUUUCUCUCCGACAGAUAAGGUAACUGGCACAUACAUUUGUUUAGAUGUAAUGUUCAAAACUGGAGUCUCACUCACCGGUUUGGCAGUUCCGAGGCGAUAUCCUGGGGUACGGUUUGGUCGUACCGGACAUUGACGAACGAAAUGACCCGACUGACCACAAUACAGGCAUAGUCCGUCUUGCCGACGUUGUUGUCUCACCGACCCUUGUAGAGGUGACCGUCCCAGUUGCAUAGGUUCCUCCUCAGAUUCUCUCCUCCGCUCUGUCGAUUGCUUAGGACCAGUGAUCGAGGGCUCCCGGACUGUGGAUACCUUGUGUUGCACUAUCAGAUUAUCAAUAGAGAUGGCUAUUUUGAUAAACUCAUGUAGCGCAGUGAUAUCUCCUCGACAAGCCAACUCAGUCUGUACGUCUUUGCGCAGCCCUCUUCGGAAAACGGUGAGCAAGGCCGUCUCGCUCCAUCCGCUACCGGCUGCUAUAGUACGGAACUCUAAAGCGUAGUCGGCUACGGUGCGACGGCCCUGCUGAAGUUCGCAUAGUUGGUCUCCCACACUACGCCCAGAUACUGGGUGGUCGAACACCUCCUGGAACAGUCUCUUGAACUGAACUUCCGCAUUCAACUCGGGAACCUCAGCUGCCCAAAGCGCAGUAGCCCAAUCCAGUGCUCUUCCCGUUAGUAGAGAAAUCAUGAAAUCCACCCUGCUACGGUCAUCGGAAAACAUAGUACGAUUAUACGACAUAUACAGGGACGUCUGAAGUAGAAACCCCUGACAUUUGCCAGGUUCCCCGUCGUACCGAGUCGGUAGAGAAAUCGGAGGUGUAGGACGAGGACUGACCGUGCUCGGGGUGGUGCCUUCAGCCGCACCAGCGUUGAGUAGCUGCAGGAGUUCAUCCAUCCGUUUCUCCUGUAUCUCCCAUCGCCUCUGUAAUUCCGCUGGAUCCAUGGUAAAGGCGAGGUAUUCUGUAAUGAAUACUCGGACAGAGUGGUAAGAUCCAAUCGCAGAAUAGCGAUGCUUUAUUAGAGUACAGACAAGGGAAUAGCUUAAUCGUGGUCGGGCGGGCUGUGGUCAAAACCGGGCCAGGCAGAGACAGGCAGAGGUACCAAGGGAGCGGGCUUAGUCGUAGUCGAGGUCACAGGCACAGGAUCAGAGAACGGUAAUCACUGGGGUAGACAAGUAGAGGAUUAAGCAAUUCGGGGAGUCAAACAACAAGGCACAGGUCGGAUACACGGGUAAUCAAAAACAACAAACUCUCUCUCUCUCUCUCGGAACAAAACGCUUAGCAAGUCACAAUGGAACAAUACCUCGCACCGACUGAACUUCUGAGCACACCUUAUAUCCUACACUAAUUACUGACAGGUGUGCUCAGAACUCAGGUGAACCAGAUCGAGUCUGAUGACUCCCCCUCUCUGUAGAUCGGGGAAGUGUCAGACUCUGUCUAGACCCAGCCAACCCCCGAUCCCUUACAACUUCAUAUCAAAUCAAAUCGUAUUUGUCACAUGCGCAACAGGUGUAGACCUUACCGUGAAAUGCUUACUCACGAGCCCUUAACCAACAAUGCAGUUCAAGAAAUAGAGUUAAGAAAAUAUUUACUAAAUAAGCUAAAGUAAAAAAUUAAAUACAAAUAACACAAUAAAACAACAAUAUCGAGGCUAUAUACAGGAAGUACUGGUACCGAGUCAAUGUGCGGGGGUACAGCAGCAGUGUAAAAACAAAACAUAUGUGCACUCGCUCCGGACAGGGAAAAAAUCCUUUCUAUUUUAUUCAGCUAAGUUCAAUUAUGUUCUUCUUACUGUCAAAUCAUAUAAUAUAAAAUAAUGGCACGGGACUUUUACGUAUAUCUUGUCAGCUAAAUGAACAAGCCUACAGCCUAUGGCAUGGCGAAUAGCCAGAUAACAUACAUUAGGCAGACUCAUAUUCUGUUAAUCUGAAAUACAUUUUCUUCAUAUCAUAAUGUUUCUUUAGACCUGACUAAAAUAAAUGAUGGAUGUAUUGUGAUGGUGUAUAUUACAUUGAUUCAUUAGACUUUUUUUAAAUGUAGAUGUUCCAAAGGUGUGCAUCAGCAGCUUUCUAUGCAUGGAGGCCUGGAGAUGCUAAACGUGUUUAUGUUAAUGAAGGGUCAAUUACCAUGAGACCAGCAGUCUUUUGCAUAACAAUAACCGGUUGACAAAAUGUCAUGACCGCCACAACUCUAGGUGAGAAGGUAUUUCUAUCCAAUAUGUUAGUGGGAUACGUAAGUGUGUAUAAGUUACGAGUUGGUUGUCAUUUAUUAACUCAACAUCCAUUUCUUUAUGUCUCUCAGGGGUUUGGGGGCGUUCAUCACUGUUGGCUCUCACCUCCAGAACAGCCCACUGUGGCCGUCUAUGGAGUCAUACUUCCACAUCGCCUACUGGAUAAUGAACUACCAGCCCAACGUCACCGCUCCACCAAAUUGUGAGUCAGACACGCAUACACCAAUACAAUACAUAAAGCACUCACGAACACAUAAGAAUGGCCCAUAGGGUAGGAGCCUAUUACCUGUUUCUGUAAGGUGAGGCAGCUUGAUGUGCAAGUAGACCGCCUGGAGGGUUAGGGUUAGGUUUACAUUUACAUUUACAUUUUAGUCAUUUAGCAGACGCUCUUAACCAGAGCGACUUACAGGAGCAAUUAGGGUUAAGUGCCUUGCUCAAGGGCACAUUAACGUCAUUUAGCAGACGCUCUUAGCCAGAGCGACUCACAAAUUGGUGCGUUCACCCUAUAGCCAGUGGGAUAACCACUUUACAAUUUGGGGGGGGGGGGGGGGGGGGUUAGAAGGAAUACUUUAGCCUAUCCCAGGUAUUCCUUAAAGAGGUUUAGACAGGACAUAUGCUCACAAAUACAUAAAUAGACAGUAUGAAAUGUACUUCUUGUUAUAACUGAUCAGUUAAGUUCCAAUCAUACCAUGGAACAGAAGCUGCUGAGAGCUAGUAAUUGUAUUCCUCAUUAUUGAGGAAUAAACAACCGUUUAUAGUCAGCAAUAUCCAGUAUCCAUAUCCAAUGCUCAAAGCUACAUGCAUUUUAGGCAAUAUGGCCGCCAUUGCACGUGUGUACAUAUCGAUUACGUGACUACUCAUUGCCCUGGUUGUCUUGGUGUGCGACAAAGAUACAUAAUGACAAGAUACUCUGUCUGUCCCAAAUGGCACCCUAUUCGUUAUAGAGUGAACUUCUUUUGACCAGAGCCCCCUGGUCAGACGUAGCGCACUACAUAGGGUGCCAUUUUGGACGCAUGCUCUGUCUGUUCCGCUCAUGAGCUCUAUCUGUUUUAAAACAAUAUACAUGUACUGUCAUAACAGGUACUGUUGAUUCUACCACAUAUGCCCCUAUCUGCAAUACUGGGUUUACCUGGCAGCAGUUUGUCCCAACCACCGCUGCUCUGGUGCAGGAGUUUUCUGCUAAUCCUGCUACAUUACUUAGGUAAGUAAGCUCAUAGAGCAGAGAAGGAUAGAGCCUGUCCAUAGGUGUGGAGUCUAUGAUAUAGGUUGUGUCCCAAAUGGCACCAUAUUCUCUAUAUAGUGCACUAACUUUGACCAGGGCCCAUAGGGCUCUUUUCAAAAGUAGAGCACUAAAUAGGGAAUAGGGUACCAUUUGGGAUGCAUCCCGUGCCUCUAAGUAUAGUGUUAUGUAACUACUGUAACUCCACUUCUGCCACAGACUUAUCUCCCCUGGUGUCUUUCCUCCUCCUGCUCACUGUGUGUAAUUGUUCCUCAUAUUGUAAUGACUCCGAUUCACACCUACUUCUUAGUGAUGCACUCUCAUCGAACAACUGUUUUGUUGUUGUCAAUUGAUCAUAUUUUUUAUGACUAGAUUAUUAUAACAUAUAGACUAGUAGAUUAUUACUAAAACAAAUGAUUUGUUAUUGAUUUUGAUUAGUGGUUUAUAUGUGUUUAUCAAAUGUAAAUGUACCUUUUCUAGUUGCUUAUGUGAGAAGAUAACAAACAUUUUUUUUCUCUUUUCCACAGGCAUGUCCAGGGCUACUUGUCUUUCCUCCAGGCUGUCCUUGGAAACAUUGCCACAGGCACGGUCACCCAGCUCCUCAGCUCUGACCUAGUCCCAGGGGACGGCUCCAUCCGAGCCCUCCUGGAGAACCUGAUCACCAUCCUGAACAAGGACAUCACGCUGGUCUCCAACCUCACGUCCUUGGACCCCGAGCUGCCCCUCUCUCUCCUGGGGGAGAUGUUAGAGGCCCUGGGCCUGAAGCCUCUGGAAGCCCUGUGGACCCAGGGAGGUGGAUCCCAGGCCCCCAACGCCUCAUCUGUGAUGGCCAUUGCCCUGAAGGUAGCCAAAAACAUUAGUGGUGGUUUCUUGGACACAGAUUAAGCCUAAUUCUGGACUAGAAAGCAUUUUCAAUGGAGACUCUUCAUUGAGCAUGAUUUUUAGUCCAGGACUAACCACACCGUAUAGUAUUUUGUAAUUGUAUAAUUUAUUAUUUGUUCAAGAUCAAUGUUUUUAAGAAACUGUAGAUUUGAUUAAGCUUCAGAACAUCAUUAAAACACAAAUAAAUAUUAUAAUAUGUAAUAAUAAUAAAGUAAAUUAAAACUUCUCAGGUGGCCAAGAACACCCAGCAUCUAAUUACCGGGCACCCCGUCGACAACGCCAACAUGACAGACCUGGCCGGGCUGGAGGCUCUGCUGAUGCAGUGGCUCUCAGUAGCUCAGGGAAACCUGACCCUGCCUCUGUCUCUCAGUAUGGGAGACGCUCUGAUCACCUACUCUGGCUCUUUCAAUGCCACCUCCCUGGCCUUCCUCAGACACCUGCUCCAUCCUCUCACCAACCAGAGCUCAGCGGGCAUAGCAGACAACAUCCUGCGGGCCAUGGAGCAGCUGAAGACUGUGCUGGAUGCUCCUAACGGUGAUUCAACGCCUAUUCUCCUGGGGUAUGUGAUCCAACUACAGGAGUUUUUGGUCUCGACUAUACAGCUACACAGAUAUGAGCAGCUCCUGCUGCCGGAUGGGAACCUCACCACAGCUCAGGUGACAGACCUCCAUCUGGCUGUGGUGGACCUCUUCCAGCUCCUGUCCUUCCAACAGCUCAGCCAGGCUGGGGAUCAGCCUGCCCUGCAGGCACUACUACAGAGACUCACUGCCCUGCUACCUCCACAGCUCCAACAGCAGUACCUGGGGAUGGUCAGCCACUUCCAGGCUGUGAUGGAGAGCUUGGUGUCAUGUACAGCGGCAGGUCAGGACUGCACUGCUGCGGUCCCACAGGUUGGUUUUUUCAAAAAAAAUUGCUAUCCAUUAUCCUUUAAAUCCAAUGUAUUAUGAUUAUUAUUAUGAUUAUUAUUUGUAUUAUUAUUACAGGUGUUCCAGAUCCUGACAGGGGCAGUUGAGGCUCUGCUGGCAGCCAGUGGGGACUACGUGUUCAGUGGAGGUCAAGCUAAACCCAGCAUGCCAAGCCAGGAGUCCAUGAAAGUGACGGUCAACCUGCUCACUCUCCUCUUUGCCUGGCAUGAUACCGACAUGUCUAACAAUAUGUCCGCCACGCCAGAGUCUGUCCUCAAGACCGUGGCCCAUACUGACCUCUUCCUCCAGCAGAUCACAUCGACGCCCAACAUCAGCAUAUCCUCUCUCCAGCAAGCUAUGCUACAAUCCAACUUUACCCUGGGGGAGCUGGAGAAGAUGGCUGCCCUGGCCGGAGCAACCAACGCACCAGCUCUACUGGCUAGCAUCAUGGGUGUCAUCAAUAUGCAACAAUGCCUGGAGCCCCAGCCCAAACAAUCCCAUCAGCCUGGCCCAGUGUGCACUGGAGCUGAGUGAGAGAGUCACUGGUUUUAUCCUUGCGCUGCCUAUACCUCCGGGAAGCCAGUCCAACUGCACAGCGCUAAUAUCCCUCCUCCCCAUCCUGGUCAACCACUCUGUGAGUAUCGGUCUUGCCGCCGGCUCUGGCCCAACCCCACUCGUGCCAACAUCUGAGGCUAUCACAGCUACCAUAGCCAGCAUCAGAGAGAAUCUACAGCAUCUCAACCUGGAGUCUGUGGAGCUGAUCAGUAACGAGCUCCAUGUCCUUGAGGGUUUGAUCAAACUGUCCGCCUCUGGACAGUCUUCAGUCCUACUCACUCAAUUCCACUGAUCCACUGAUGAAGGACCCGGUUUAUGCACAGAAGGUGUAUUUGGAGAUAGCACAGUGGUACCUGAGGAAACUAGAGAAUGUGACCAGAACCAGUACCUUCUCAGAACUCCUGGACCCUUUCUUCCAUAUGGCAGAGAUGCAGCUGGCUCUCCAACUCUCUCAGACCGAAUUUACCAUCUUUGUUAGUAAAGAGGUUGAGUAUUUGAUGAGAAGUAUCCAAUACCCCAUCAACGGGACAGACGUGAGUGAAACUGUUCCAAUCGGUCAUCAGGAUAGUCAAGGGUAACCUGGACCUGUUCAAGUUAAACAUUGCUUACCAAGAGGUUUUGCAGAACUCUUUCGGUAACUUAAACUGGCUAAACCACAGCUUGUUAAGCGAGGUCGAAACCCAGAUCAGGGAGUACUUCAACCUGACACAGGAUUGGCUGAGAGAGCCCAGUGUGACCCAGGUCCUGACCAAUAUGCUGCAAUGGAACAUAAGCGGUGGGAUGAUGAACGUGACUUCUCCUGGGAUGGACCUCCAGCAGCUUCUGAGGACCCUCGGCCCUUUCCUCACCCCAGAGCAACAGGCCUACCUCACAGCCAUCCAACACAACAGCCAGGCUCUCAACCAGGUAAUUUCAUUUUACACAGGUAGUCCCAUUGAGGUCAGAAUAAUUAUUUUACAAGGGAGUCCAUGUCUUGUGAUUAUUUUUAAUGUUGACAGUAAUUGUAAAUAUUUUACAAUGGGGUGAAUUGUAACUGUCAAUUGGAGACAAAGUGAAAAAUUUGACUUUUACAUUAGGAUUACAGCCCCUAUGGCUGUAGUAUGACAGACAAACUCAUUUCCACUUGGGGAUUUAUAACACAAAAUCUGGUCUCUUCUCUUUUCUUCUCUUAUCUUCUCCCUUCUUCUCGUCUCUUUUUUUAUUUGAUCCUUUCCUCUCCUCUCCUUUCAGGUUCUGUUGGUGGCCAGUCAGGAGGGAGGUAUGGGUAGUGACCAGUUCAUCCAGUCGAUCAUGGAUGCUGCAAGCUCUGUCCUGAGUGGCUUCACCAUGGGCCUCGCACCACAGAAUGUCACUGCAGAGAUCCAGGGUAUUCUCCAGGGUACCCUCCAGCUGGCAUUCAGACCUAACAUGAGCUACGCCCAGUCACUCAACAUCACCAUGGAGAUCGUCAGGAGGGCAGAGGGCGUGGUUAGAUUGCUGGUCCCCCAGGAAGCUGUUGGGUAUCUGUUGCCAGGGUUCAGGUUCAUUAGCACCUACCUUGAGACCGUCUCCAGACCUGGCGGGCCUGAUAAGUGGAAUGAGAUGUGAGUUGUACUGUGUGUGGACUGUCAAAUGGCAGUAGUACUAUGUGUGGAACCUGGUCAAAAGUAGUUCCUAGAUAAUAGGGUGCCAUUUGGGAUGCAACCUUACUGAUUCUAAAUGCUCACUGUAAAUCAGAAGACUUCAGUGUUUUUUAGGAUGAUGAAAUAUUAUCAUCGGGCUUAUGGUGAUGAUGACUACACAUAUUAUAAUCAGGUUGUUUUGUUACUUCCUCCCCUCAUAGUGGAGAAGAUGACAAUGAUGCUGCUACUUUUGCUGCUGCUGAUGAUGAUGACGAUAAACAAUAACAUAACGAUAACAAUAACAUUUUCUUUCCUCUCAGCAUUGUGAACGAACUGAAGAUGGUGCAGGGCCUCCUGGACCCUAACAGCAGUGCCCAUGUCUAUCUCUCUGUCAUCAUCAACAUCACUCAUUUCAUCCUGGACUCCAGCCAAAGCCAAGGCAAGUUGCCCAUAACAGCUCCUCAAUAUCACUGUAGGACUAGUCCCAAAUGGCACCCUAUUCUCUACAUACAGUAGUGCACUACUUUUGACCAGGGACCAUAGGGUAGUGCACUAUAUAGGGAAUAGGGUGCCAUUUGGGACAGUGCGUCUGCUGUCCUAAUGGCCUGUGAUUUAGUAUCGCUGGCACCAUACACUUCAUUAUUAAAUAACCCUACCAGGAUCUCAGCCAGACACUUUAAGCACUGUAAAUUGACAUGCCAAUGUCAGAGUUUGUGUCCUCUAGGAAAACAAUGUCUGAAUCUGUAUAUUAACUGUAGCCAGAAAUCAACAUGGCAACAUACUGUACAUCUAUCUGUCUCGCUGUCAGAAUCUAUGUCUUCUUGGAAAACAAUGAUGUAUGUUAGCUAACAGAAGCUAUCAAUGUGUUUGAUUGUUGGCUACAUAUGUAAUGUUAAUAACUAACAAUAUGCUGUCAUUUUUCAUUAUUAUCUUCAACAGGGAGCAACAUGGGGCCUUGGAGCAACAUGAGCAUUUGGAGCAACACAAGUCUAUGGAGCAACAUGAGUCUAUGGGCUAACAUUGGGAAUGAUAUGACGGCUGAAAACCUUGCUGGCCAGGUAUGCAUAAUAAAUUACAAUUUUGUGUUUAUUCUCAGUGUAAUCUAAUUCCUUCUACAACAGUGGCAGUUCUGCAAAGUAAUUUUUAUACAUGUGCUGUAGGCUUGUCAGUUGUAUGACAUACACCUCAGACAGUCAACAACAUACCAAACCACAAAAUGCCAUCCGAUGCAGAUAUCAAGAUUGUAUAAUUAGUGGUUUGUCCAGUUUACAGCUUAAAAUAUGUGUCAUUGUUUUUCUUCAAUGGGUUCCUACAAAGAUUGAGCUGUCUCACUGACAUGCAAGAGUCACAGUAGCUCAUAGUGUGGACAAUUCCAAUAGUUCAAUUUAAGUUUGUCAAUCUUUCCUUCUGUCUAAUUUCCAAGGAAUUAUUGAAUACUUUUGUAGAAGACUAACAAAGAAGGCAAUUUCCAAUUACACAUUGUUAUGAUGAGUUUCUCGGGUAUCAAGUAAUUCAUGAUGCAAGAAGAUAUUUAUCAAUUAGCUGGGGAGUUCAUAGAAAUAUUUAAUAGGUACCAUGGUUCGUUAUAACAAACAGACAGUGCUUUGCCUCUUGUCAUUUCGAACUAACUAGACAAAGAGACCCUCUCACUUAUAUACCCUCUGUUACACGUUUCUUCAACCACAUCUGGUAACCAUCAGUGGGCACUCCCUUCUCUGAUGUUAUUCCCCUGUACCCAAGUCAGUAUAUCAUAUCCAUCAAUCAUUCUAAGAUAUACAUCAGUAAUCUUCCUUGACAGAAUUGAAUCCAUGUUAUUCAGACUGUGCUGCACCAAUUCACUUAUCUACUAACUUUAACCUGGUUCACACAACACUAUGAAAUGACAUCAUAACACACAUAUUACAUCUAAUAACCAUGCCUUAAUAAAUUGAUCUAUUGUUAAUAGUAUUCCAAUGGAGAACACUAGUAACAUGAUAUUUUUGUAUCCUUUCAGAUGACUGGUCUCCUAAACUCUGUGCUACCCCUCAUCCUUGGGCAGCAGGGUAUCAUGCCUUUCCCGCUGCCUUCUCCUGAGGUGUUCUCUGACAUCCUCCCUGUGCUGAUACAGAUCCUCACUCAGCAGGCUAACCAAAGCAGCUGGGACAAGUACGUUAAGGGGUCAGGGGUCAUCGGUCCAAGGAAGAAAGUGGUAUCUGGUUAGAUGGGGAGAGGGGAGAGGGGAGAGAAUUACCAUGGUGUUUUAACUAUAGUAUGGUAGUAUAGUAUUAUAUUUUAAUGAGUGGGGAGAAAACAUUAAUGUUUGUUUUAGUAGUAUAGUAUUAUAUUUUAUACUACAGUAUUGAGGGCCACAACAUAAUCACCUGUUAUGUGUAUAUAAUGAUAGUUUUAAGCUAGCUGUAUUGUGGUGGUUGUAAAGUUUCUAAACCAAGUGCUUCCCUGUGGUGUGUUGUAAUGUCAGGUUGGAGGGGAUGCUUGGGGCCCUCCUGUCGACCCUCAGGGACACCCCGGUGUGGGACUCUGUCCCCCCUGCUGUUUCUGUGAUGAGCCAAGUCAUGGGAGCCUUGGUCAACAACAUGCAGGCUGAGACAGGUGAGACUGAGAGGCAGCUUUCCAUACACCUUUAACAGCACUGUUGUUUUCUUUGUACCACAGAUUGCUAGUAAUUCUGGAUUCCAGACAUACAGUAUAUUAGAUACACAAGUUAGGGAACCAACAACGAUUUAGUGAACUGUGGCCUAGCAUUGAAAGUUAUUUAUGCAAAUACCUACAGUUGAAGUCGGAAAUUUACAUACACUUAGGUUGGAGUCAUUAAAACUUGUUUUUCAACCAAUCCACAAAUGUCUUGUUAACAAACUAUAGUUUUUGCAAGUCGGUUAGGACAUCUACUUUGUGCAUGACACAAUACAUUUUUCCAACAAUUGUUUACAGACAGAUUAUUUCACUUAUAAUUCACUGUAUCACAAUUCCAGUCGGUCAGAAGUUUACAUACACUAAGUUGACUGUACCUUUAAACAGCUUGGAAAAUUCCAGAAAAUGAUGUCAUGGCUUUAGAAGCUUCUGAUAGGCUCAUUUACAUCAUUUGAGUCAAUUGGAGGUGUACCUGUGGAUGUAUUUCAAGGCCUACCUUCAAACUCAGUGACUCUUUGCUUGACAUCAUGGGAAAAUCAAAAGAAAUCAGCCAAGACCUCAGACAAAAAAUGGUAGACUUCCACAAGUCUGGUUCAUCCUUGGGAGCAAUUUCCAAAUGCCUGAAGGUACCACGUUCAUCUGUACAAACAAUAGUACGCAAGUAUAAACACCAUGGGACCACGCAGCCGUCAUACCGCUCAGGAAGGAGACACGUUCUGUCUCCUAGAGAUGAACGUACUUUGGUGUGAAAAGUGCAAAUCAAUUCCAGAACAACAGCAAAGGACCUUGGGAAGAUGCUGGAGGAAACAGGUACAAAAGUAUCUAUAUCCACAGUAAAACGAGUCAUAUAUCGAUAUAACCUGAAAGGCUGCUCUGCAAGGAAGAAGCCACUGCUCCAAAACCGCCAUAAAAAAGCCAGACUACGGUUUGCAACUGCACAUAGGGACAAAGAUUGUACUUUUUGGAAAAAUGUCCUCUGGUCUGAUGAAACAAAAAUAGAACUGUUUGGCCAUAAUGACCAUCGUUAUAUUUGGAGGAAAAAGGGGAUCGCUUGCAAGCCGAAGAACACCAUCCCAACCGUGAAGAAUGGGGGUGGCAUCAUCAUGCUGUGGGGGUGCUUUGCUGCAGGAGGGACUGGUGCACUUCACAAAAUAGAUGGCAUCAUGAGGAAGGAAAAUGAUGUGGAUAUAUUGAAGCAACAUCUCAAGACAUCAGUCAGGAAGUUAAAGCUUGGCCGCAAAUGGGUCUUCCAAAUGGACAAUGACCCCAAGCAUACUUCCAACGUUGUGGCAAAUUGGCUUAAGGACAACAAAGUUAAGGUAUUGGAAUGGCCAUCACAAAGCCCUGACCUCAAUCCUAUAGAACAUUUGCGGGCAGAACUGAAAAAGCGUGUGCGAGCAAGGAGGCCUACAAUCCUGACUCAGUUACACUAGCUCUGUCAGGAGGAAUGGGCCAAAAUUCACCCAACUUAUUGUGGGAAGCUUUUUGAAGGCUACCCGAAACAUUUGACCCAAGUUAAACAAUUUAAAGGCAAUCCUACCAAAUACUAAUUGAGUGUAUGUAAACUUCUGACCCACUGGGAAUGUGAUGAAAGAAAUAAAAGCUGAAAUAAAUCAUUCUCUCUACAAUUAUUCUGACAUUUCACAUUCUUAAAAUAAAGGGGUGAUCCUAACUGACCUAAGACAGACUUUUUACUAGGAUUAAAUGUCAGGAAUUGUGAAAAACUGAGUUUAAAUGUAUUUGGGUAAGGUGUAUGUAAACUUCCGACUUCAACUGUAUCUUAGUUGCUCACAUAUGUUCCCAUAAGUGCCCCAUUGUAAAACAAUGGGUGUUUUUUUAUGUUCUCUCUCUCACUGCCCCCCAACUCUCUUUCUCUCUCUUUCACAGCAUUCAUCUUAAGUUUCCAGAAGCCACUGACUGUCCUGAUGUCAGAGAUAGUACAGGCUGUGAAUGGCAGUGAUUUCAACAUGGCUGACGUGUCUGAUGGAAUGCCCUCGGCCAUCGAGCUGACCGUGGAAGCUGCCAUACAGGUUAGGUCAGAGCACUGGCUGCAUUCUUUCGGUUUUCUUCUUUCUGCCUUAGUGAUAGCUGCUGGUUCUCACCGUCUUCGUGACAUUUACAUGGCUACCUGGUUGGUAACACAAUGUCCUCAGUGCUCAAUAGGAAUGUCAUGCUCUUCACAACAGAUAACACAUGGGCCAAUUACAUGAUUUCAUGGUUUUAAAAGAACUUACCGGUCUGAUAGCUUCAGUGGAACUAAUUAACUCAAGCUAUGCUGCUGUUGAAAGACAAUAGGCUCAUCAUGUUUUGAACGUUCCUCCUGACUUGGGUAGGCUAUUGUGUGUCUGUCUAGAUAUCUGUUAAAAGACGUUGUCACUGAGAGAACAGUCUCAGGGAUGGUCCCAAAUAUACUUUUUUAUCUGCUUCAGAGAUGUUCUUAAUGACAGCACAAUGAGCAAAGACACACCUUAGCUCUCUAAACAGUGGCCCAAGAUACUUUUUUUUUAGUAAAAAAAAUAUACAUUUCAGUUGACCGUUGCUAAAACUGAUUGUCCCAGUCUCUCAUACCCCAUCUCGUUGUUAGCCACAUUACCUGUUAAUAUUGGCUACAAAAGUUGGCUGAAAACAGUUUUCACGACCUUAAGCUGUGGGGGAGAGGUAUCACAAUAGGCCUUUUCACAUUACCUAGCCAAACCCAGCCAAGCCAAAACUAACUGUACUGAGCUGGCCUGGUUACACAACCACCAUAGUUGCUGGAACCGUGUUGAAAAGGACAAAUUGAAAUAAAAUAUCAGAGCCAGUUCAGUUCGGGUUGGCACGACAGUGUGAAAAGGGUUAAUGUGGAUCAGGGUAAAGUUUUCCCAUGAGAGUCCAGCCCCAGCCCAAAGUUGGACAAUAAGGGACAAUAGAAGAUGAAUAGAAAGAGAACAAGUCACAGCUGCCUCGCCUCCCUUUCAAGUUGUGGUUGAUCCAACAAUACAAUGAGACAAUGAAAGACUAUAACACUGAGUUUUUGUAGGUUUUAUGAUUCAUUCUCAAUAUAUCACCUUUCAUGUGACCAAACUCUUAGUCAUGCCAUACAUAUUUACACAAGAAAAGGAAGUGUUUCUACAUAAAUAUGGAGGUUGUAGAAGAUUUAUUGACACACUAAACAGUCUUACUUAAUUGUCUGUUCUAUUAGCCUUCAUAUGAUAUACUGUAUUGUUGUGUGUUUACCCUGGAGAGAAUCUGAUGACUCUCCGGAAAAAAGAAUUCAAAUAAGGCAGAUAUUUUAUCCCCCAUUGUGUGUAUGAGACAGUGUGAUGUCUGUAAGAUUAUCACAGAUAACGGUGUGAAUCUUCCGCCCUUCGCUUUACUGGAACUGCUUGUGGAGAAGAAUGAGUCCAUUUCCCCAGUGUCCUCCGACUUUUGUCUUGAUGUCACUUACUUUGUUAUUUUAUUAUUAUUAUUAUUUAGUCCCAUUCUUCUGUUAAGCUGUUUUGUUUUUUAAACAUUUGUAUAGAAAUCAUAAUUCACUGUCCCUCCUUGUUGCUGUUUUUCACCCAUCAUAGGCUGCUAAUAGGAGUACGGCCUUGGAGUGUAGGCAGGUCCUGAAAGCCUGGGAGCCGGUUAGAGAGGCGGCUGGGCUGAGUGAGGCCAGCCUGGGCUUGUGGUGUAACAUCAGCCUGCUACCAGUCAUGGAGGCCUACGCUGCAUCCAACUAUGUCUAUGCCACUCCAAACAUGACUGUGAGUAGUAGUAAUCACACAUCAGUAGGAUUUCAGUUCGUAAAACUUUCCCACUAGAGGGCACUAUGGUAUCACCAAGUAAACUCUGCUGCUACAUUACUGACACAACUCCUUUGCCUGUUGUCUACUGCUGUCUUCUCUUCCCAGGGCAUGGGAAUGGGGCAUGGGACAGGAUCAGUGGACACUACAGCUGCUGUGAUCGUGGCAGCUCUGCGUUCGUUCUACUGGGUCCAGGUUAACCGCACCAUAGUUACUGAGCAGCUUGGUGCUAUGCUGUUCAACACCUUAUACCAUCUACAGGGACUUAAUAUGACCGCCGAGGACCAGGCUCACUGGAACGCACAGUUCCUCCAACUACAACUGAGCCAGAGGUGAGUCCUGUGUGGCUCAGUUGGUAUAGCAUGGCACUUGCAAUGCCAAGGUCUGCAGGUUCAAAUCCCCCUGGGGACACCCAUAUGAAAAAUGUGACUAUGUCACUUUGGAUAAAAGUGUCUGCUAAAUAUUAUUAUAAUAUAUUAAUUAACAACUAAAACACUAAUGCCCUUUUCACAUGACUGAUCUGAGCUAAGCCGAGCUGAGCUCUACUGCAUUGGCCUGGUUACUGUAAUGAAUACUCAGGGAGAAAAAGGUGUAGAUUCACGCGCAGAGCGCGGCAGGUGUUUAUUUCGCCUUCGCAGAAGGCAGGAAUCGUGGGCACAAGCAGGCAAUGGUCAUACACAGGUAGGCAAACAGGCAGGAGAAUCAAAAACUAGGACUGAAGGCUAUAACUGGUUUUCACAAACAGGCUAGGAAAAGGCUUAGUAGAGUCAAAACGAACAAUACCUCACAAGGCACAAACAGAAUGAAUUGAACUAAAUAAGGACCAGUUGAGUAACUAACACAGGUGAAAUCAAUGAACAAAAAUGAAAGACAGGGCUGCGUUCAAGAACACAAAGAAACAGGGCUACGUUCAAGAACACAAGGUUGACUAAGAAAAUAAAUACAGAACCUUACAGUUACGUAUCCACCAUAUGGUAGUGGCUGGAAAGGACAAUGUGAAAUUAAAAUAUCAGUAUAGGACGGUUUGGGUCAGGACAAUAGUGGAAAAAGGGUAUAAUAGUGACAAAUACUUACCUGACCAGACCUUCACACAACGUUGGCAUGACUUUGUUUCUAUGUGCCACUGACGGUUGUUUUGGGUCAACAAAAGGUCAACAUUGACAGUCAGAGGAAGAGUGCUAGUCAGUGCUGCUUUCUGUUUUUGUGUAUUCUGCCUUUCUCAGUAUACCCGACUGACACACCCGGUUUGCUUUAUAAGUUGUUUAUAAGCAGUUUCUCUGACUGUAUUCAAAAAGCGUCCCAGAGUAGGAGUGCUGAUCUAGGAUCAGGUUCGCCCUGUCCAUAUAAUCGUAUUCAUUAUGAUCUGGAAGGCAAAACUGAUCCUGGAACGGCCCUCCUUCUCUGAGACACUUUGUGAAUACGGGCCCUGGGUGUGCUCAAAUACUGGACAUCGAGAAGGAGGAGCAGAAAGCAUGUUUAUCUCAGAGGGUUAGAGAGAGAAUUAAAUAACCAAUAAAUACACAAAUCACAGUUAUUUUAUCACCUACACACACGAACCAGAGGCAAACCAAUUUAGAUUCCUUCCUAAAUUACAUGAGAGAAUUUGGAACAAAUUAAUGUGCAUUAGUUUCGUUUGACUCUUUGCCUGAACACAGGUCCUGUGACUCUGCGUGUGUGUGUGCGCGUGUGUGUGUAGAUAUUGAUGUCUAACUAUUAUUCAGUUAUCUGAGUCUCUGAUUCCUCUUUAAUUGAUUUCCUUUUCUGUAAUAAUGAACUCACUGCUGAUAAGAAUCACAUUAUACAUAUAUCAUGGAAUCAAUCACAUCUGUGUCCCAAAUGGCACCCUAUUCCCUAUAUAAUGCAUUACUUUUGACCAGGGCCCAAUGUGAUAGCGCACUAUGAAGGGAAUAAUGGAAUAGGGUGCCAUUUGGGAAGUUCGACGGCGAGAGUCGUAGAUCACUGACCAAUGUCGUGGAAAUAUCCCAAAGAAAGAAUAAAUAUUAUACCACAGCCUAAAUUAUAUCCCCAAAUUAUGAAUAAGUACCCCAAAAAUAUAUGGUUAUAUUCAAUCCAGAUUGAGAAAUUAUGGCAUUAUUGAGUCAUUAUUAUUUUAUGUAGGGGAAAAGUGUAGCAGUUGCAGUACAUGAAAGCAUGCAGUAAAUAAACUGUUUAAAUUUAACCACAGGCUAUCCAACUUUAGCUAUAUGCUAUUCUAUUCUUUGUUUCUGACACCAACAUAUCUCUUGCUGCUAUUUCACUAAUGGGAGAGUAGUUUCACUGACACAUAAGUAGCAUUUCUGUCCUGCAUGUAUGAAAUUACAAUAUCUGUGAAAGCAUUCAAUUUAUCGAUGUCUUGAACACAUAGGGCCUGUUUCCCAGACACAGAUUCUCCAUUGAGCUUGCUUUUUAGGCCUGGACUAGGCUUAAUUUGUGUCCAGGAAACCGCCCCCUAUUGUCCUCACUCACAGUCAUAACCUUAAACAUACAGACCUGUAUAUUCUUGUUGUAAAUGAUUAUUUGUACAGUCAUUGGUCCUAAUCCAUGUCUCUUGUCCUCCCCAGUACUCAGGGUCUUAGGAUGAGCUUGGAGCAGCUGGAUGCCCUGGCCAUGGACAACCCCUGGAUGAGACCCUACCUCCUGGCUGUAGAGAUGACCCUAAACUACACUCUGGAGAACAGCCAUCUACUUCAGGUAGCCUACAAGCUCCUCUCAAUGUGUGUGUGUGUGUGUGUGUGUGUGUGUGUGUGUGUGUGUGUGUGUGUGUGUGUGUGUGUGUGUGUGUGUGUGUGUGUGUGUGUGUGUGUGUGUGUGUGUGUGUGUGUGUGUGUGUGUGUCUGGGGGUGACGAAUUUCAGUUUUCACCAAAUGGACAAUAAAUUAUUCUAUUCUAUUCUAUUCUAGAAUACCACAUCAGCCCAGCACCUCCUGAUGGAAGCCCUGGAGAUGCUCCUCACUGGGUCUAAUCUCACCCAGGACUCCAUCCAGGCCAUACUCACAGGUAAAACUUUGUAUUGUUAUUUCAUUUAAAAUGGUGACUAAUUAUCACAUAAGCGAUUGGUCACAUGAAUGUGACAAGACAGAAAUUGAAAUUAAUUAAUUCAUCCAUCCAUUCUUUCAUUCAUCCAUUCACAGAGAACAUCUUCUCCAGGCCAGACGGAGGGUCGAUCAACAAGCUGCUGAAAGACAUGGUCAGGGAGCUGGUCCGUGUACAGUUGUUGGGAGACUGGCCUAUGGUCUACGGCGUCAUGGAGCAGUUCCUAUCUACCAACGCCACAAACCUCAUCCUGGAGAAGGCUAUUGAGUUCAGCAGCUGGUGGGGCUCCUCUACCGCCUCCGGGUUUGGACCUGGUAACCCAGGCUCUGCCCAGGAUGUAUGAGGUGGUGAAGGCCUUCUUAUCCACUUUGAGACAGAUGAGCGUCCCCUUCCCUCCCAUCUCUGAGAUGUUUGUGGAGCUAGCGGAGCACGUCAUCACCAUGCUCAGACAGGUAUCCCAGACACACCACACACGCACUGAGGAAGGUGCAAGCUGAAAUGUAUGCGUGUGGUUAAUUAAGACAUGUUGUUAUUAUAAGUUAAACAAAAUAAACACUAAGCUUCAAUUGCAAAUCACAUUCAAAUGUUUGCUGGCCUUUUUUUCUGAAUGUUUAGGUAUCUCAGACCAGUGAUAUCUUCACCCCGCUGGACUACUACCUGAGCCAAUUACAAGGCGAGAUGACCGGGCAGAGCAGGAGUCCCUUCCCCCGCCACCAUGAGGGUGUGUCCAGGAGGGUCCGCCGCGAAUUGAUGAGGGAGGAGCCAAUGAAAGAGCCAAUGGAUGACUUCCUGGAUCUGUUCUACUUGGACUACCCUGUCUUGUUCCAGGCCCUGGCAAUGCCACCCACCAUGCCAGACAUCAUGGAGACCGCCCAUAUGUUCUUCGGCAACCCUGACCUGUCUGUAGUGCUCAAAGGAGUCUCCAGGGACAUGGGCAUGGUACCACCACCACUACCACCCAUGGGGAACGUCUCCAGGUCCAUGUCCAGGGCCAUGGCCGGAGCCAUGACAUGGGGUCCCUCAGUCUCCCCUCCUCUGGAGGACCCCAUCGACGUGGCCCUGGGAAUCCUCUCCUACCUCACCCUCCCCAGACAGUGGCAGGCGUACGGUCAUCUGUUCAUGGAGAUAGCCAAUGAAGACUGGAUCAUGGAGGAUUUGGCCAAGAUACAGAAGUUGUCAGCAGGCCUGGGCAAGAUGGUAGACCUGGCCAUGGUGCUGUCCCAGCAUCCCCCACUACAGGUCGCCCAGAGGGUGGAGCAUAUGGUGAGGCAGCUGAGUGCUGAGGUGGCUAGGAUCAUCUACAGUGGCUCCAACAAUGGAUCCAACAAGGCCGUUCAGUUUCUCACUGCCUUCAACGACAUCCUGGCUGAUAACCUUGAAGAGGUCUCGGAUAUCACAUCUCAGAUCAAUGCCAUCAUCCAGAACAUCCUCAGCUCUCUGUCCAGACCAGAAGCUUACAUGAGUCUGGAUCCGUACGUGAUGGCUCUAGACCAGACCAUUGUUGCGUUAACCUCUUACCUACCCACAGACAGCCUGAUGUACUUCAACACCUCUGGCCAGAUGGUGAAAGACUUCGCACUGCUGGUUGCACACCCACGGGACAUGAAGAAGAUGCUGAAGGCUACAAGCAUGCUCUCUGCCUCUCUGGACCAUCUCCUUGCCUCCGUUAGGGAGACAGCCCUUCCGGGCGGGAAGCCGAUCCAGUCCAUCACCCACCCUCUCCUCCUGAACAGUGCCUUAGCCACACAUACCCUGUUCAACCUCUCCGCUGCCAGUCACAACUUCAGCAGCCCUCAAGAGAAAGAGGCUAUGAUCAACCAGACUUUCCUUGCCCUGGUGGCCUUUCUGCCUGAGGACCAGAGGAUGUGCGUCCUCCCUCUGGAGCCGGUCCUCCUCGCUGCACUCUCUGGGGUCUCCAACACGGCCCAGAUCCCUCCAGCCUUCCUGGGGAUCUCCAAGCAGGUCACCCUGUCUAUCCUUACUAUGCUCAACCUAACCAACACCCCAACAGGGUACCAGGGGGCCAGUGCUGGUGCCAUGGUCCAGGGCCUGUUUGGAGUGUCACAACAGGUAAUGUUUAUGACUGCCUAUGACGGAUGUUAUAAUGUCUUAUGUAGCUGUUAUAAAUGCUUUAUGAAUGCAUACAUAAGGGGGUCAACAGUAAAGUGUUAGCCAUAUUUGUAAACAUCAUCAUCACCAGGUGUCCACCAGCCUGUGGGAAGGUUUAUCAAUGUCCGGAUCAGCCGUCCACGUACCUGCCGUGUUGGCAUCCCUCAACCAGGCUGCCAUGGCUGUGGCGCCCCUGAUGCCCGAUGGCGGUGAACACUACUUCAACGUCUCCCUCCAUAUCUUGCACAUCACCGCCAUGGCUAUCAACUACACCGCCACCACUGGGGACAUUGCCGGCGCUACGGCUGUCAUCUCCAGCUCGGUUCAGAGUCUCCUGGUAUCUCUGUCUUCAUACCACAGCCUGCAGACAACAGGCAGUAUCAUAGGUCAGUGUUUCUCCAUCUUUUUUGUACCAGGGAACUAUGAUACAAAGCUAUGGUUCCUCUUGUGUCAGGGACUGGCAAGCUAUACUUUCUUCCUCCAUGGAUGACCAUUUACAAUUAAAAUCAAACAAAACAUUUACAAAACAUUUCAAAUUAAUUAAUUAAAACAAAAUAAAUUGGUUUCCGUUAACCAUUAACCGACAUAUAAUUGUUCCUCCUUGAAGGACUGCUUACAUUAAAACUAGCACUGUAGAAAUGACUACAUUUGUGUCUGUUAACCAUUUAGGCGACCUGGAACAUGCCAUCCAGAAGAUGUUGCAAGUGUUACAGUCAGGCCGAGGCCCCCUGGCCCAGACUGCUGAUAUCACCCAGCUGCUUCUCCAUAAUGUUCAGGGUCUCCUGGGCCUGGCAAACACUAGCAUGGAGGCCAGCGUGGCUCGUCUGGUACUGGCUGCAGCCAAGAUGAACACUGGACAUUUGCUAAUGAUGAACGAGACCAACUGGACACACAAGUUAGUUUUCUGUUUUUAGCCUGAUUGCAGAUCUGUUUGUUCUGUCUUGCCAACUUCUAUGGUCGUUGGCAUGAAAAUGAUCAUAGAAGUUGGCUAUACAGCACAAACAGGUCUGGGACCAGGCUAAGUUUUGCUGUUGCUUUGGAGAUAAAUGGUUAAUGAAGCUGAAUAAGUGUCACAUUGUCCCAUGAUAAUAGCUUGUGCUCACAGCUGUUGCAUACAGAGAUCUCAGCUUUGAUGACAUUGUUUUUUGCAUUUCUUUGUGGUUUGAUAUCUAACUUAUUAUUUUAUCUCAGAAGCAGUAUUUCCCGCUUACUUGGUAUUUAGUUUAAUAUUAUCAUUUACUAAUAUUAUCAUCUAUUUUCCUGACUCUGUUAGGAUCACGUGCAUAACAACCAUGAUGAAAGAUGUAACUAUUUGUAGUGUACAGUACUACAUGCACAAAUAGGAUGAGCACCUGAUGAUGAUGGUUUUUCUUCUUCUGCCCACUCCCUCAGGUUGUCGAUGGUUCUGACAGACAUAUCUAACAGGGUUCCUGAGGACAUUCCCUGUGCUCCCCUUAUUAAGAACAUCACAAUGGGCCUGGCCACUGAAUCACAAGGUAAGCCUAGUUACUUUACUCUUCAUUUACUCUUCAAUUACUCUUAAUUUACAAAUCUAUCAAUUCUUGACUCCCUCCCCUCCUCUCUAACAUGUUGACCACACCGCACGAGUCGCGUGCACGAGCGUUGCAAAAUAAAUGUACACAUACAUGUUAUUCAAUCAUUGCACCCACACUGCUCGCGCGCGUCAACGAGCGUCUGCGUGGCCAGGCGCUAAAAUAGAAUUCGGUUCUAUUUGUGAUGCUCAACGCGCUGCAAGUCCUGCCUCUCCCAUCUCCUCAUUGGUUUUUAGGAGCAUCUACCCACGUGGAUGAUUGAAAGAUGAACUGAGGUCUAUGCUCCAGUCCAGUUGGUCGUGGUAAUGCACCAUAAAGUUGGUUGCCAACCGUCAUAUAAAGUCCAAAGAAGAAGAAGCCUGAAGGAGGCAAGAUAGCUAGAAAACCAACUUUUACCGUUUUAUCUGUGGAUUAAUUGUCGGAGUAGAGUAACUUGUGCAUUUCAGGUAAAAUAACAACCCAAUGUUUAUAUCCCAGGACAAAUUAGCUAGCAACAGCAAGCUAGCUAAAUUGCCAUAAAUGUUUAAUGCUUUUCAACCUGUCCCGAAAUUAAUAUAAUUGGUUCAGAGUUUGUUUUGAUAUUUCAACCUGCGUGUCCUGAUCGCGUCUGGUGUGGGUGGACAAAACCAACUUGUGCGCGAUGGCGCACGCGCGGUCUGAUAGCAUGUAAGCGGCUCAGUCAGGACUCCCUUGAAAACGAGAUGUUUUGCUCAAUAGGAUUCACCUGGUUUAAAUAAAGGAUAAAUAAAUGAGACAAGAGUCUCACUCACUAUAGACCUGGCCGAUUGGCUCCAGAAAGACAUUACAAAGACAAAUAAAUCACAUUUAGUUUCAGUCGUUAGUUAGAUGGAGGGGAAUCCGCGGAGUGGACAAAUUUACUUUUCUUCAUUCUUCCGUUAUCCAUAAUCCUAGCCUCUAAGCAUAGAUUAUCUCUAACUAAGGUUACAUCCCAAAUGGCACCCUAUUCCCUAUUUAGUGUAGCCUCUGUAGCUCAGUUGGUAGAGCAUGGCGCCUGCAACGCCAGGGUUGUGGGUUCGAUUUCCACGGGGGGCCAGUAUGAAAAAUGUAUGCACUCACUAACUGUAAAUCGCUAUGGAUAAGAGCGUCUGCUAAAUGACUAAAAUGUAAAUAUAGUACUUUUGACCAGGGGCCAUAUGUUCUCCUACUAACUCCAUCUCCCCAGUGUCUUUCCUCCUCCUACUCACAUUGUGUCUAAUUGCGUAACGACUCCUACAGACCUAACCCUUGCAGACAACCACAUGCAGUCUUCACACUGUUAAAUGUUCAUAUGCAUAAUUUGAUUUCUUGGCCCCGCAUGUCAGGUGUCCUCUGGUACAGAAGUCAGAAGAAGUCAGAAGUCAGACCUUCCCUCCGCCUCUCCCUUUGACUUUUAUAUACAGUGAGGGAAAAAAGUAUUUGAUCCCCUGCUGAUUUUGUAUGUUUGCCCACUGACAAAGAAAUGAUCAGUCUAUAAUUUUAAUGGUAGAUUUAUUUGAACAAUGAGAGACAGAAUAACAACAAAAAAAUCCAGAAAAAUGUAUGUCAAAAAUGUUAUAAAUUGAUUUGCAUUUUAAUGUCGGAAAUAAGUAUUUGACCCCCUCUCAAUCAGAAAGAUUUCUGGCUCCCAGGUGUCUUUUAUACAGGUAACGAGCAGAGAUUAGGAGCACACUCUUAAAGGGAGUGCUCCUAAUCUCAGCUUGUUACCUGUAUAAAGGACACCUGUCCACAGAAGCAAUCAAUCAAUCAGAUUCCAAACUGUCCACCAUGGCCAAGACCAAAGAGCUCUCCAAGGAUGUCAGGGACAAGAUCGUAGACCUACACAAGGCUGGAAUGGGCUACAAGACCAUCGCCAAGCAGCUUGGUGAGAAGGUGACAACAGUUGGUGCGAUUAUUUGCAAAUGGAAGAAACACAACAGAACUGUCAAUCUCCCUCGGCCUGGGGCUCCAUGCAAGAUCUCACCUUGUGGAGUUGCAAUGAUCAUGAGAACGGUGAGGAAUCAGCCCAGAACUACACGGGAGGUUCUUGUCAAUGAUCUCAAGGCAGCUGGGACCAUAGUCACCAAGAAAACAAUUGGUAACACACUACGCUGUGAAGGACUGAAAUCCUGCAGCGCCCGCAUGGUCCCCCUGCUCAAGAAAGCACAUAUACAGGCCCAUCUGAAGUUUGCCAAUGAACAUCUGAAUGAUUCAGAGGAGAACUGGGUGAAAGUGUUGUGGUCAGAUGAGACCAAAAUGGAGCUCUUUGGCAUCAACUCAACUCGCCGUGUUUGGAGGAGGAGGAAUACUGCCUAUGACCCCAAGAACCAUCCCCACCGUCAAACAUGGAGGUGGAAACAUUAUGCUUUGGGGGUGUUUUUCUGCUAAGGGGACAGGACAACUUCACCGCAUCAAAGGGAUGAUGGACGGGGCCAUGUACCGUCAAAUCUUGGGUGAGAACCUCCUUCCCUCAGCCAGGGUAUUGAAAAUGGGUCGUGGAUGGGUAUUCCAGCAUGACAAUGACCCAAAACACACGGCCAAGGCAACAAAGGAGUGGCUCAAGAAGAAGCACAUUAAGGUCCUGGAGUGGCCUAGCCAGUCUCCAGACCUUAAUCCCACAGAAAAUCUGUGGAGGGAGCUGAAGGUUCGAGUUGCCAAACGUCAGCCUCGAAACCUUAAUGACUUGGAGAAGAUCUGCAAAGAGGAGUGGAACAAAAUCCCUCCUGAGAUGUGCGCAAACCUGGUGGCCAACUACAAGAAACGUCUGACCUCUGUGAUUGCCAACAAGGGUUUUGCCACCAAGUACUAAGUCAUGUUUUGCAGAGGGGUCAAAUACUUAUUUCCCUCAUUAAAAUGCAAAUCAAUUCAUAACAUUUUUGACAUGCGUUUUUCUGGAUUUUUUUUGUUAUUAUUCUGUCUCUCACUGUUCAAAUAAACCUACCAUUAAAAUUAUAGACUGAUCAUGCAGGGGAUCAAAUACUUUUUUCCCCUCACUGUAUCUCUUACUAGUCCUUCAGGAUCCUGCACAAUCAAUUAUUUAUAUAUACAUUAGAUGACUGACAAGGGUGCUGUUUUGAAGCCACCACGCCUCCAUCUUGGCACUACUCCACCAUUGUAAAAAAUAUUUUGGAAGCUAUAGAAAAGCAUUUAUUAAUGUCUACAUUUGUUUUUGCCACUGUUAUGAUAUUACCGACACCUUAAUGCAUACUUUUAAGUUAUAUUAUAAAACGGGUUGUUUGGUUCCUGGAUAAUGAUUGGAUGAGCAGCUUUCCAAGCCGUGUUCUAUUGGCCGUCACAGACACACCAAUUGAAAUACUGUAGAAUUCCAUUCAUUCCUAUGGAGGACUGCUCUUCUGGGGAGUGCCAAUAUGGCCGACAGGUGGCUUCAAAGCCUCUCAUUGGCCAAUACAUAGCAUCAGCAAUCGAGGGUUUAUAUACUUCAUUGCACACAAUGUGUUUUUAAUGUAGACUUAUUCCAGACACCAUUAUUAUAUAAUGGACAUAUUUCAUAUUGAAACCAUGCAGUGCAAUAGGAUAGGCUUAAUAAUGUGAGCUUUGUUAGAACUCCAGAUAAGCCAGGAGGCAUAUGGCGCAUCUCCAAGAGAAAGACACUCUGCACCUUAUUAAACAUUAUUCAAUCUCAUUAGCCAAGUAAGAAUUCAAUCACUAAAUACACCCCACCACCCACACAUACAUGUGCACGCGUAAGUGCACACACACGCACACACACACACACACACACACACACACACACACACACACACACACACACACACACACACACACACACACACACACACACACACACACACACACACACACACACACUCAAAUAUAAUAGCUUUGUGACCACAUUUUAAUUGGCUACUGUACUUGUUUUAUAAUGCGGUGUAACACGGUUAUAUCCCUGCAUAUGCAGUAUAGUCACUUGAAAAACCGCACUACAGCUACUUUAGCUACAACCCUUUCAUUUCCCAGAGGUAUGCUCCUAGCUUGAGGAUCAUACUCUUUUUAUUAUUUUCUCCUCUGCAGUACCCCUGAGAUCCUAAAUGAUUCAAAGAGUAUGUUAAGUCACUCGCUUUUCUCCUGGGUUUUCAAUGCAGUACACCAAUAUUUACUAUUCACCGUAGUCCGUGUCUCGUUUUAAUUAGAUGUUUCACCUUGACCAGAGACCUAAGUAGUGCACUGUGUGAAGAAUAGGGUGAUAUUUGGGAUGCAUAGUGUUGGUCCCUUUGCCUUGUCAGUAGUGUGUAGGGUCCCAGUUUAACCACAUCAUUUGGUGCUUGCUAUUCAGUGAGGCCACCCUGAAAUAGAGGUGGUAAUGAGGUGGUAAUGAUGCCCUGUGGGACACUGUGUUACCAUGUCACCUUAACACAUCUCUACUGCCCUCCCUUUCCCUCCCUCUAUCUCUCUCCCUUUCUAUCUCUCUCUCCCCCUCCCUCCCUCUCUCCCUCCCUCCACAGAGAGCCUCCACCUCCUGCUGCAGACCAUCCAGUUAGGGUCUGAACUCUUCAACAGCAGCUGGUCAGAUGGAAACUUCAGCAACAUACUGGUCCACCUGACCUCUAAUGUUAGAACACAUUACUUCUCAUGAAACCUUCAUCUGUAGGGCGAGAGGGAUACAGAGGCUGUUUCUCUCUGGAAUAAUGUCUAGACUACCAUAACAUCACCAAGACUAGGGUAGACACAGACAUGUGUUGCAACAGCGAGGAGCUACAUGUGUUCUACAACAAGACACACACACAUACAGUAACAUGUUUUAUUUAGUGUUUUGACUGCUACCAUUGGCCUUCAAUACUGACAGAAAUUCACAAUCCAUAUCACUGAUCUUGCAACUUCUGCUUUGUGAGUGAGUAAGAUUGUCAAUGUAGGCCUAUUCAUUACACAUUGCAAAUAAACUUGAAACUUGUGUUGCAGGUGUGCACGCUGGAGGAUAUGGGCUCUAUCCAGCAGUUGAUGCAGGCUCUGUCUCUUGGCCCAGGGUUCCUGUGUGAGACUGCCAUGCCCAUUCUCCAGGCCUUCCACAUAAUGACCCGGAGUCUGUUCCAGGACAGCUCUGACCUGUAUGAAGCUCUGUUUGAAACCUUCGUAGGAGACCCCAACACCUACAAUGUCAACACAAACUGGUAUGGAGACAUUAUAGGACAUGUAGACUUUAAAAUAAAUGAAGAACUAAAUGGUAUAUAUUUUUUGUGUAAAUAGAUGUCAUCGUUGACAAAUGUGCGUGUGUGUGUCCGUGUGUGUGUAUGAUGUGCCUGUGUAUGUGUGUGUGUGUGAUGUGCCUGUGUAUGUGGAUAAUGUGCCUGUGUAUGUGUGUGAUACAGGACCUCUGUACUCACCCAGGCGCUUGGCCUGAACAUCAGCAGCCUGAAGACACUCAACAUCAACAUGACCUCUCCAGGUAUACAGUGAGGGAAAAAAGUAUUUGAUCCCCUGCUGAUUUUGUACGUUUGCCCACUGACAAAGAAAUUAUCAGUCUCCUUUUAAUGGUAGGUUUAUUUGAACAGUGAGAGACAGAAUAACAACAGAAAAAUCCAGAAAAACGCAUGCCAAAAAUGUUAUAAAUUGAUUUGCAUUUUAAUGGGGGAAAUAAGUAUUUGACCCCCUCUCAAUUAGAAAGAUUUCUGGCUCCCAGGUGUCUUUUAUACAGGUAACGAGCUGAGAUUAGGAGCACACUCUUAAAGGGAGUGCUCCUAAUCUCAGCUUGUUACCUGUAUAAAAGACACCUGUCCACAGAAGUAAUCAAUCAAUCAGAUUCCACUCUCCACCAUGGCCAAGACCAAAGAGCUCUCCAAGGAUGUCAGGGACAAGAUUGUAGACCUACACAAGGCUGGAAUGGGCUACAAGACCAUCGCCAAGCAGCUUGGUGAGAAGGUGACAACAGUUGGUGUGAUUAUUCGCGAAUGGAAGAAACACAAAAUAACUGUCAAUCUCCCUCGGCCUGGGGCUCCAUGCAAGAUCUCACCUCGUGGAGUUACAAUGAUCAUGAGAACGGUGAGGAAUCAGCCCAGAACUACACAAGAGGAUCUUGUCAAUGAUCUCAAGGCAGCUGGGAAGGACUGAAAUCCUGCAGCGCCCGCAAGGUCCCCCUGCUCAAGAAAGCACAUAUACAGGCCCAUCUGAAGUUUGCCAAUGAACAUCUGGGUGAAAGUGUUGUGGUCAGAUGAGACCAAAAUGGAGCUCUUUGGCAUCAACUCAACUCGCCGUGUUUGGAGGAGGAGGAAUGCUGCCGAUGACUCCAAGAACACCAUCCCCACCGUCAAACAUGGAGGUGGAAACAUUAUGCUUUGGGGGUGUUUUUCUGCUAAGGGGACAGGACAACUUCACCGCAUCAAAGGGACGAUGGACGGGGCCAUGUACCGUCAAAUCUUGGGUGAGAACCUCCUUCCCUCAGCCAGGGCAUUGAAAAUGGGUCGUGGAUGGGUAUUCCAGCAUGACAAUGACCCAAAACACACGGCCAAGGCAACAAAGGAGUGGCUCAAGAAGAAGCACAUUAAGGUCCUGGAGUGGCCUAGCCAGUCUCCAGACCUUAAUCCCAUAGAAAAUCUGUGGAGGGAGCUGAAGGUUCGAGUUGCCAAACGUCAGCCUUGAAACCUUAAUGACUUGGAGAAGAUCUGCAAAGAGGAGUGGGACAAAAUCCCUCCUGAGAUGUGUGUAAACCUGGUGGCCAACUACAAGAAACGUCUGACCUCUGUGAUUGCCAACAAGGGUUUUGCCAACAAGUACUAAGUCAUGUUUUGCAGAGGGGUCAAAUACUUAUUUCCCUCAUUAAAAUGCAAAUCAAUUUAUAACAUUUUUGACAUGCGUCUUUCUGGAUUUUUUUGUUGUUAUUCUGUCUCUCACUGUUCAAAUAAACCUACCAUUAAAAUUAUAGACUGAUCAUUUCUUUGUCAGUGGGCAAACGUACAAAAUCAGCAGGGGAUCAAAUACAUUUUUCCCUCACUGUACCAAUUACUUUUUUAUAUUUAUUUCUUAGGAUUUUAUUGUUGUUUUUGGCAGUGACAGGCAUGGAUGAAGGGGAGAUAGAUAGAUUAAUUAAUUAAGGGGAGAUACAGAGGUGAGAAUGAUGGUGAGGCCGGGAUUCGAUCUCAUGCAGGCAGGGGAACCAUAUGUACUGGAGGCAGUGGCCUUAACCACUAGACUAGAUAAACUCCAGGCACUACUUCCCCAUUACUGUAAUUACUGCACUCGAUAAGCUAAGUUAUUAAUUAGCUAAUUGCUUGUUAAUUAAGUGUUAAUUAGCUAAUCACUUAGAUAAUUUGUUAGCUAAUUGCCUAAUUAUACAAUGAAGAGUAAAGCUCAUGUAAUGUAUUUUGCUCUGCUGAACAUGCGGUCCAUACUGCUUUUAGAAUUAAUUAUAAUAUACAACCUUUAAAUAUAAUUAUAACCUGGGUGGUUCGAGCCCUGAAUGCUGAUUGGCUGACAGCCAUGGUAUAUCAGACCAUAUAUCACGGGUAUGACAAAACAUGUAUUUUUAGUGCUCUAAUUACACUGGUGACCAGUUUAUAAUAGCAAUAAGGCAACUCAGGAGUUUGUGGUAUAUAGAAGGAUUACUUUAUCCUAUCCCAGGUAUUCCUUAAAGAGGUGGGGUUUCAAAUGUCUCCGGAAGGUGGUGAGUGACUCCGCUCUCCUGGCGUCGUGAGGGAGCUUGUUCCACCAUUGGGGUGCCAGAGCAGUGAACAGUUUUGACUGGGCUGAGCGGGAACUGUGCUUCCGCAGAGGUAGGAAAGGAACUUAUCAAGGCGUCAAGCUCAUUGAUGAACUCUCCAAGGGAACCUGGAGGGCGAUAAAUGACAAGGAUGUUAAGCUUAAAUGUGCUAGUGACUGUGACAGCAUGGAAUUCAAAUGAGGAGAUAGACAGAUGGGUCAGGGGAAAAAUAGAGAAUGUCCACUUGGGAGAGAUGAGGAUUCCUGUGCCACCGCCGCGCUGACCAGAUGCUCUCGGGGUAUGCGAGAACACAUGGUUAGACGAGGAAAGAGCAGUAGGAGUAGCAGUGUUUUCUGUAGUAAUCCAUGUUUCCGUCAGCGCCAAGAAGUCGAGGGACUGGAGGGUAGCAUAGGCUGAGAUGAACUCUGUCUUGUUGGCCGCAGAACGGCAGUUCCAGAGGCUGCCGGAGACGUGGAACUCCACGUGGGUCGUGCGCGCAGGGACCACCAGAUUAGAGUGGCAACAGCCACGUGGUGUGAAGCGUUUGUAUGGCCUGUGCAGAGAGGAGAGAACAGGGAUAGACAGACACAUAGUCUGACUAUCCCUGGGAAUACAGAUACAAAAUAUUAUUGCAAAAUAAAGUAGUGCCGUGGAUCAGAAAACCAGUCAGAUUCUGAUGUGACCCCCAGGUUAGAGAGGCAGCAGCCACGCGGUGUGAGGCUUUUGUAUAGCCUGUGCGGAGAGGAGAGAACAGGGAUAGACAGAGGUAUAGUUGACAGGCUACAGAAAAUGGCUACAAUAAUGCAAAGGAGAUCGGAAUGAAAUGAACUAAACAUCUGGGAAAGGAGAGAGCGGGGCCUCCCUCACCACAACACCCAAAUAUAACUCUCCCAACUUCCACCUCAGAAACUAUAAUUGUUUUAAACUACAGCGGUUCAAUGUUUUCUAGGAAUAGACUAACUUAGUUUAUAAUCGCAAUAAGGCACCUCGGGGGUUUGUGGUAUAUGGACAAUAUAUCACGGCUAAGGGCUGUAUCCAGGCACUCCGCGUUGCGUCGUGCGUAAGAACAGCCCUUAGCCGUGGUGUAUUGGCCAUAUACCACACCCCCUCAGAUCAUAUUGCUUAAAUAUAUGGUGUGGUCAAGAUCCUGUAUUUUCUCUGCAGUCACCUGUUAAAUCUUUUCUACCGGUGUGGUCAAGGUGUUGAACCUCCUGUAUUUUCUCUGCAGUCACCUGUUGUAUUGUAUUUCAUAGAAGUGGUGAAAAUGUCGGAGCUCUUGAGAAACAAGACAGCGUUCGCUCUGGCGGUCCAGCGUCACACUGACAUCCCACCUGAGAUCCUCCACCUGCUGAUGGAGACCACCAUGCCUAACAGAAACUUCCAGGUGAGCUAACCUCAGCUUAUUCAAGCCUCAGAUCAGCUGUGAUGCCCAUGUGAUGUGUAACAAUAACACCAAAUGCAAUUGUCUCAAAAAGAGAGAGAAAAAAUGUAAUCGUCAUUUUUAGAAGUAGUCAUGAAAGUCAGACCACAAUAUAGCCUACCUUCAAUUUCCACAAUAAACUGUAUUAUCCCCUUUCCUCUUCUCAAUCCUAUGUUGUUUAGCUUACAUCUCAACCCUCUGAGACACACACACACAGAGGGGUUGGAAGCACAGGGUCCGCCUUCUGUAGCUAGUGUUCUGACCCAUCUUCAACCUCUCUAUGUCUACUGUAGAUCCUAGCCUGGCUGGCUAACAUGCACCACUGCAGUGACAUAUUCUCUCUCCCUCUUCUCUCCAUCAUAUGUUCUCACUCUUCUAAUUUGCUACUAGCUAGUACUGUAUCUAGUGAUCUGACCUAUACACAAUCUCUAUCUCCCCUCUAUAGAUGCUAGCGUGGCUGGCUAACAUGCACCACUGCAGGGACCCAACAAGCCUGCAGAUGAAUAGCACAGAGCAGCUCCUCUUCCAGGUCUUCUGCAACCUGCCUACAAACCAGUGGUACAACUUUGUGGUCAUCGUGGCUCGCUACAUCCACAUGGAGAAUGUGAUAUACAAGGUAUGUGUGUGUAACCUGCCACCUCAGCAGUUUUACAGUACAACUUCAUAGUGCUGUUUGCUUGCUACGUCCACAUGGAGAGUGUCGUCUACAGGGUAAAGAAUGGUCAUCUCUCAGUGCCAGGGCAGGUCAUGUAAAGGUUACACAUCAGGAUUCUCUGUGGCUAUAUGUGGGUCUGUGGACCCAAACGGGUGCACAUUUUUGUUUUAUCACUAGCAAUACACACCUGAUUCCACUAAUCAAAGGUUUGAUGAUGAGUUGAUUGCUAGGGCAAAAACAAAAAUGUGCAUCCCUUUGGAUCACCAGGACUGGGAUUAAGAAACACUGAGAUAGGUACACGUGCAAUGUAAUUAAGGACAGUAAGACCGAAGGGCAUUCUGUCCACAGGCUCUCAGACAGAGGGUUCAGCUGUCUACAGCCUAGUCCUAGUGACAGAGGGUUCAGCUGUCUACAGCCUAGUCCUAAUGAGAGAGGGUUCAGCUGUAUACAGCCUAGUCCUAGUGACAGAGGGUUCAGCUGUCUACUGUGUGAUACUAAUGCCCCUCCAUGUGUCUCUCCACAGCUGAUGCUGUCCAGUGAGAUGCAGAGCGUGGUGGGGUUCAUGCUGCAGAUGGUCAAGUUCCUGACGGACAUGAUGAGCAAGCUGCUUCCUGCCGUCGGCCGCCUGCAGGACUAUAUGUUCUCCAUACGAGACCUCAACCUGGUCUCUGACCCAGAGUUCCGCAGCGUGAGUAUUGAGGCGUGAUGCUGAGACAAUCUGAGAGGGUUGUAGCUAGCAGUCUGUCUACCUGUCUGUCUGUCUUCCUGUUUCUUUCUCUCUUUCUGCUCAUACUGAGACAGACACAGAAUUAGAUAGAACAGAAGUAUUGUGUUUCUCUAUGGAGCUCUACCCAUACUGAGAUAGUAGUGAAUGGCUGAGUCUGAGAGGAUUGCUGCUAUCAGUCUGUCUAUCUGGCUCUGGGUCUGUCUGGCUGUGGGUCUGUAUGGCUGUGGGUCUGUCUCUCUCUGUCCCUCCCUCCCUCCUGCUCACCUACAUUCAUCCCUCCUAACUCUUCUCUUCCCUCCCCCAGAUGGUGCAUGGUAAAACCAGAUCAAUGUCCAGCAGAGCGACAUUCACCACUGUGUCCAGAGCCAUGUGUAACCAUGGCAUCAUGUCCCUGUUUGGCAUCUCUAAGCUGCCCAUCAUGACUGAGACAGACCCCUCCACACAGCAGGAGCACAGGGUGGAGGAGCUGGUCAACAAGUUCAAGAUCCCUCGCAAUGCCAGUAUGGAACCCACUUUGCACAUGAUUGAUUGGUUGAUUAGUUGAUUGAUUUGUUGACUGAUUUAAUUUAUUAGAUAAUUAAAAGUAGUAGGCUGCUCCAGCCGGAGACAACAUUACAUACAUUUUACAUACAUAAGCACACAUUGCUUAUUUGAUUUAAGUAUAGACCCGGUGUUCAAAGCUGAUUGAAAUUACGUCAUUACAACAAGAUUCUGAAUAUCUUAAUUAUUCAUUAUGAUUUAAUAUGAGGUUGAAAAUUGUGACAUUUUCCUUUAAGAAUGUAGGACUGACAUAUCUUAUAACCUGCACCUUCUCUUCCCCUGGACAGCUCCUUUCUGUAUGAACUUCUACCUGGACAUGGUGAACACCACUGGAGGAGCCAUAGCCUGGGCCUUCCUCAAGCCGAUGCUGCUGGGACAGGUCCUCUACAGCCCAGACACACCACUCACUAGGGCCAUCAUAAAAAAGGUACAAUCACACACACACACACGUGCACACACGUGCACACAGACAAACAUGUGCACGCACACGUGCAAGCACAAUACACACACACACACUUACUACACUGUAUCACCAUCUGUAUGUAUUGUCUUCCAGUCCAAUGCCACAAUGCAGCAGUUUGCCAACCUGAAGAUGUACUCCCAGGAUUGGCUCCAGUCCUCUUCCUACAUUAUGGACUCAGCCAAGAUACUGAAUCAAACCCUGCCAAUGCUCCAGGUAUGAACCAGCUAUUCUUAAAGCUACACUGGGUUUAUAUAAGCUACAAUCUGCUUUUUCCUGGACUCCAUGGGUGCGUUCCAAAUGGCACCCUAUUCCCUAUAUAGUGCGCUACUUUUGACAAGGGUUCUGGUCAAAAGUAGUGCACUUUCUAGGAAAUAGGGUGCAAAUUCCAUAUAUCUAGGAAAGUAGAGGAAAAUGCUAGAAAGUUUUUUUCAGCAACUGAAAGUUUCAGCAACUGUAUCUUGAUGUUAUUUUAUUCAACUUCUUCCUCCCUCCUAGAAUUCCCUUGGCAAUUCCUUUGUUCAGAAUUUCAUCGAGAUGCAGACAGACAUUGAUGUGAGCAAGAUGAAGGAUACUCUCAAGAACUUCUGUGAGUUUUGUAUUUGAAGGUCUUACUUUUGAAAAUGGCUACAGACAAGACAACCCUUAUCCCUUAUUCUCUAGCUAUCUCCCUGUAAAAUAUCCCAAAAAUCAAGGCUUUCAAUUAAGACACAUUCCAAUAAAAUGUGUCUUAAUAUAUCUUCUGCAUUCAAAUUCCCUUCGGGGCAAUACAUGUUUUCAUUAAUUCAUACAUUCUUUAUAAUGUGGAUCUUUUUUUCUUUAGUGUUUAUAUUAUCUUUGUAUUUAAUAUAUAUCUCCACCCUGACCCCUGACCCCCUCUCACUACUUCUUUGCUAAUCUGUUUUAAGAUAUUUCUCCACUUUAUUAGCUAUAGAUCUUCUUUAUCUUUCUAUUAUUAUUAUAUCUAAUAUAACCUUGGCCUCCCCCUAGCAAGCACGACGACCCUCCUGGAGAAGAACAAGGACAUUGUGACCCAGAUCACCACUCUGUCCAACCUGAUGAUGAACCUAUCCUCCUGUAUUAACUUUGACCGCUUCCACGGCAUCAACUCUACUGACGACCUCAACACCAUGGCUGAACACCUCACCCAGACCAGAGACCUCUACGCCAGUUAGUUGAUCCUUUAUAUUUCAAAAUAAAAGCCUUGUGUUUUGGCAUCAACCUUUUUUGUUUGGCACAGUACAGCCAUCUUGAUUCCCAUAUGAAAUAAUUUCUCUGUAACAAUAAAGUUACUUAAUAUAAUAGUUUUCAGUUAAAAUAGUCAAAAAGAAACAAAAAUAGCAGUUUGGGUUCUGUUUCUGUGUCUCUGCAGGUAUCAUCUUCAAGCUGCCCAAGGAUGAUGAUGACUCACACAGGAAGCGGCGAGACACCUCAGGCUCCUCCUCCUCCGCGCUGCCUCCCAAGGUGGACUACACCAUCCGCAUGUCCAUCGAGAACGCCAUGCGGACCGACCGCUCCCGCAACCCUUUCUGGGUGAAGGACCCCUACAUCUCCUCCUUGAAGACCCAGCGCUACAACCGAGGCUUUGUAUACCUGCAGGAGAGCAUCGACAGGGCCAUCAUAGGUAACGUUAUGUUGUUCAUGAUAUGUUUACAUUUACAUUUUGGUGAUUUAGCAGAUGCUCUUAUCUAGAGUGACUUACAGUACUCUUUUUAAAAAAUUGUGCUAUCUAGAACCUAAAAGGAUACUUUGGCUGUCCCCAUAGGAGAACCAUUUGAAGAACGCUUUUUGGUUCCAGGUAGAACUGUUUUGGUUCCAUGUAGAACCCUUUCCACAGAAGGUUCUACCCAGAACCAAAAAUAGUUCUACCUGGAACUAAAAAGAGUCCUUCUAUGGGGAACAGCCGAAUAACCCUUUUGGAACCCUUUUUUCUAAGGGUUCCAAAGGGUAGGUAAGGUAGGUAAGACACAACCCAUAUCAUAGUCAUUGGAAGUAAAAACAUUCCUAAAAAAAGCAGCUGUCAGCUAAAUCAGUGCUAGUAAGAAAAGAGGAAUACAAAAGUGUUCUGUGUUAUGUUAUGUGAUGUUUUACUGUCUAUCUCAUCAUCUCACAGAGACGCAGACAGGACAGCAGGUCACUGAGCCAGCAGUCCAGCUACAGGCCUUCCCUUACCCCUGCUUCCUCAAGGACGAGUGAGUAGGCCCAACACACACACACACACACACACUUACUAAAAAACAAUAAUAUGCACUACAUAGGCAUGCAUAUGCACACACACACAUUAUCUCCCCUCCUGUCGAUGAGCAGAGCCACAAUAGAAAAACGGCCACAUCUCUCCUCCAGCCUCCGAUCCAACAUCGGUUACACAUAAACUACUAGCUAUGUCCUUUGCAUCAAUACAGUACACGCUUCGCCAUAAAUCAUGGUUGAGCAUAAUGUCUAUGUUUACAUCUUACUGAGAGUGCUUCUGAAGCCAACAUUGAUAUCUCAUCUCACAAACGCAGCGUACCCGUGCUGCUCUCUCUGCCUGGCUGCCUCCCAUUGAUGUGUGAGAUAUAGUGUGCACCCCAAAUGGUACCCUAUUCCCUAUAUAGUGCACUACUUUUGACCCAAUGGGCCUAUGGGCCCUGUUUAAAGGUAGUGCACUAUAAAGGAAGUAGGGUGCCAUUUGGGACGCAUACAUGGUGAUCCCUGCAGCUCUGGUCCAUUGAUUUAUUAGGGAACAACACAUUAUUCCCGAUACGAUCACUUUGAAAUAUUACUUGUUUUAUAAUAAAUAUUGACAAGGUCCAAGUAUCAGGGUAUACCCUCUCUGAUUAUGGAAAAAAGCUUUGAGUGAAUUAUGAGGUUAGGACAUUGUCGUUGUUAUUGUUUUUUCUAGGGCACUGUUUUUGUUUCUGUGUGUGUAUGAGUGAGUGAGUGAGUGAGUUAUAUACAGUACAUGCUCAUCAUAAUGUGUUCAUCUGAGAGUGAUUGUAUGAGUGUGUGCAUGCAUGACUAUGUAAUGCAUAUUUUUUGCAAGUGAGUGAAAAUGUUGUUUUUCUUUCUCAGGGGCUACUGUGGUAGUCCCAGCGCUGGUAGCUAGGCUGUGACAUUGAUUGAUUGAUUGAUUGACAGCUGUCAUGUCUCUUCCUAAGGUACCUGAACAGCAUCGCGUUUGCCUUCCCUCUGGUCUUGAUGAUUGCCUGGGUUCUGUUCAUCGCCAACUUUGUGAAGAAACUGGUUCAUGAGAGAGAGCUCCGACUUCACGAGGUAUAGUAGGCCGCCAACCAUCUCCCCUGGCAAUUAUGUCAUUUCCUGUAGAUGUCUCUUUCAAACAAACACAUAUUUUGCAAAUCACAAGGGUGGCAGGACAUGAAUAUUUAUUAAUUAAUUAUUCCAUUCAUUCAUACUGUAUUUGAGUCAUGAGUUCUGAUUGGUUGAUUUCCUAACCCCUGCCUUUUGACCUCAACAGUACAUGAAGAUGAUGGGGGUCAAUCCCAUCAGUCAUUUCUUCGCCUGGUUCAUAGAGAGUGCAUGCUUCCUUAUCAUCACCAUAAUCAUCCUCACCAUCAUCCUGAAGGCUGGGCGUGUCCUGCCCCACAGUGACAGCUUCCUGCUCUUCCUCUACCUCAGUGACUACGGACUCAGGUAGGCUACCUCAGGGUGGAAGGUUAGCCUGUGGUGUGUGUGUGUGUGUGUGUAUGAAUGGGCAUUGUGAUGGCAAAUAUUUCCAUUCUAUAAAAUCAAUUUCUAUUGAAAAAUGUGACAUAGGAUUCUCCUCUCCUCUCCUCUCUUCUCUUAUAUUCUAUAGCAUCCUGGCCAUCAGUUUCCUGGUGAGCUCAUUCUUUGACAAGACCAAACAUCGCGGGGCUGAGCGGCGCCCUCAUCUACGUCAUCAGCUUCUUCCCAUUCAUCGUAGUGAUGUCAUUGGAGAGCUCACUAUCGUUCUCCGCCAAGAGCGCCCUGGUGAGAGAGAGGGGGAGGGAGGGAGGGAGGGUGGGAGAGGGAGGGACGGUCAACGGAAGGGGGAGGGGCUGAGGGAGGGAGAGGGAGAAAGAGUGAAAUAGAGAGAGAUCGAGAGACAGAGAUGAAAAGGAAGAGUAACAGAGAGAGGGGUUGAUACAGAUUUUUUUUUAUUGAUGUCCCUGUGUUAUGCCUUAUCCGUGCCUCUUGUUUCCCUCAGAGUUUGUUUGCCCCCACCUGUUUCAGCUACGCCAGUCAAUACAUCUCUCGCUAUGAGAGCCAGGGAGAAGGUAUGCUGGGAAGAUGGCCGUCUGUGUGUGUGUGUGUGCAUGCUAGGCGUGUGCAUGUGUGUGUGUGUCUACGUGCGUGCAUGCGUAUGUUCGUAAAUGUGUGGUGUGUGGGAAUGUGUGUGUCACAAAGCCAUCACAGAUGCUUACAAAAACAAACUCAUGAGGAGACUCCCAGAAAACUAAAGCAGCCUCUAUACUAGCCAUGAAGAUAGAGAGAGAUCUAACAAAUGAACUGAAACUUUUUAUUGUUCCUACUUUCUACUUUCUUUAGGCAUCCAGUGGAGCAACCAAUAUAUCUCACCCCUGGCCGGUGACACGUCAUCCUUCGGCUGGCUGUGUUGGCUUCUCCUCAUCGACUCAGUUUGCUACUUCAUCAUUGGAGCCUACAUCCGCAUAGUCUUCCCAGGUAAUCACACAAAACAGCGUCAAGUAAUAAAAACACACAGCAAGCCAGACUAGACUGGAGACAGAGUCAAAUACUGUUCAACAGUUGGGGUCAAUUCCAUUUCCAUUCAGUCAAUUCAGGAAGUAAACUGAAAUUCCAAUUGCCAAUGUAACUCACUGCAAUGAGGAAUUACAUGGCAUGUCAGUUCACUUCCUAAAUUGACUGAAUUGAAAUGGAAUUGACCCCAACCCUAUGGGAAAUUAUGUAUUGCUUUUCCUCUAUUGAUCAUAUACUUUUUGCCCAUCAGGAAAGUAUGGCAUUGCUAAACCCUGGUACUUCCCUGUGAUGCCCUCAUUCUGGGCUGAUCUCUUCUGCUGCUGCAGCAAGGUCCCUGAGAAGGUCAACAGGGGACUGCUCUUCUCCAACAUCAUACGGAAUAACCUCUCUGUCUUUCCCAAUGAGAAGGACAACAAAGGUACAGUACUGCAACACAACAGCCUUCUUCCUAAAGCAGCUUGCAGCAGCUAACAGAUCAAGAGAUGUGACUGUUGUUAUAUGUUUUGAUCUCGCUCUCGUGCUCGCUUGUUCAAUCUCUCUCUUUCUGCCCCCUCUCACUCUCUUUUUCUCUUUCUCUUUCUGCCACUCCCUCCCUCUCUCUGUCCCCCUGCUCUCUGCCUUCCUCUCUCCCUCCCUCCAUCCUCCUCUCUCUCUCAGCUAAGGGGGGCUUCCCCUCUCAUAUGGAAGAGGAGAUCUCAGGUCUUCCUGUGGGUGUGGCUCUCCAUGGACUGACUAAGACCUAUGGGGACAGAGCAGCCAUAGAGAACCUGAAUGUCAAAUUCUAUGAGGGACAAGUCACUGCACUGCUGGGACACAACGGAGCUGGCAAGACCACUACCAUGUGAGUUCUGACAAUGAUCUAUCUGUUCUCUACUUCUCUUUAAUCAGAGAUAAUCUAUUAGGCACACUAAUUUAUACUAGCUUAUACAAUAGCUUAUACUCUAGUACACUAGCCUAUAAUACCCGCUAUUAGGCACAUUGUAAUAUGUCAUUGGUGUUAGGGAUUUAGGCCUGCUGAAUAUGUUUAUUCAUUGCUUUUUCACCAUGUCUUCCCUAUUGAAAAACAGGAGUUUAUGCUAUGUAUUGAUGUCUCUGUUUCCAGGUCUCUGCUCACUGGUUUGUUCGCCCCCUCCUCUGGUACCAUUGAGGUGUAUGGGAAGGACAUGGAGACUAACAUUGAUGACAUUCGCCGGGAGCUGGGUGUGUGCAUGCAGUAUGACGUCCACUUUGACCAUCUGACCACCAAGGAGCACCUGCUACUGUACGGACAGAUCAAGGCACCACACUGGUCACAGAUGGAACUGAAGGAGCAAGUCCGCAAGUGAGUAGUCACUUACCACACGGCUGGUGUGUCUAACAUUACCCAUGAGUUAAGCAAAGCGAGACUAGCAAGUGAACCUACAGUACAUUCUGAACCAAGAUCACAUCCAAAUCCAUACAUCAAAGCAUUUGGAAGAAAACAAAUCUCAAAAUGUAAUCAUAUUAACCCUGUAAGAUGAAUUGACUUAACACAUAGAUUCGUUUUUAGAUUGUAGUGACUAAAUAUGACUGAAAAGCUCUGAGUCAAAGUGAUGUUUCCCACAUACAGCAACACGUCUUUUCCUUCUACUGUCUUUCCCAGAAUCCUGGAGGAGACUGGCAUGUAUGCCCACCGACACAAGAGAGUGGGGACACUGUCUGGAGGAAUGAAGAGGAAGCUGUCCAUCUCCAUCGCCUUCAUCGGGGGCUCUCGUCUGGUGGUCCUGGACGAGCCCACCACCGGGGUCGACCCCUGCUCCCGACGCUCCAUCUGGGACAUCGUCAUCAAGCACAAGAAAGGUGAGUCUCACAGCCCAAAUAACCCCACCCCUUCUCUCUCUCUCUCUACAUUUAAUGAAGCAGAAAUAUAUUUUCUCCAAGUGAACGUAGCAGUGUAGUGUGUUGUGUGUUGUGUGUGUGUUGUGUGUGUGUGUAGCUGUGGAGAAAGGAGAUCCCACAGCAGCUGUAGUGGGGGAGCAGAGGGAUUGGUAUCCGUCGUGGCUGUGGAAUCUGCUAUUUAACACACACACACACACACACACGCCUGCUACUUAAUUGGGUUUGUCUCAGUCGAUGUGACUGAGAGUUGCUGCUCAGGGAGGGAAGGGAAAACUGAAAAGGUUCAGAAUGGGAUUGCUCAUACUUUUUGUCUCUGUGUUUGUCACAUGUCUCUGUGUGUGUGGGGGGGUACCUCUGUCUGUAUGUGGGUGUCUCUUUGUCCUUUUCUUUUCCUGUCUUGUGUGUGUGUGUGGGUGUGCUGCAUACAUCUGUGUAUUUGUGUGUGUGUGUGUGUGUGUGUGUGUGUGUGUGUGUGUGUGUGUGUGUGUGUGUGUGUGUGUGCUUCCUUGCAUCCUUGCCUGUGUGUGUGUCCUUGUGUGUGUGUCUCUCUCUUCACCUGCUCUCAGACCAUACCAUUAUCCUGUCUACCCACCACCUGGACGAGGCAGAGGUGCUGAGCGACCGUAUAGCCUUCCUGGAGAGAGGAGGCCUCAAGUGCUGCGGCUCCCCCUUCUACCUCAAAGAUAAGCUGGCCCAGGGAUACAACCUCACACUCACCAAGAAGGUACUUAUGAGCCUUAUUAUAAGACAUUGAAAAAAAUACUUCUACACGCUUAUAUCAAGUUUUAAAACUAACACAGGGACUACAGAUGAAAACAUUUAUAGAAAUGUUAAUUGAUGUGUAUUGUCCCUGUCAAAUAAAUAACGUAAUAAAAUUAGUUAAUAAAAUGGCCUGACGUAGGCCAUACUGUAUGAGCACUCCUCUUCUUCCUCACCCGGUCUCUUGUUAGGUCCAGGCCCCAGACUCCCAGGCUAGGUUUGACGGAGUUGAGGUCAAGACGUUCAUCCAGUCCUACAUGCCAGACGCUCGUCUGAAGGAGACUGAGUUGGGAGACCUGGUCUACUCCCUUCCCCCAUUCAGCUCCUCCAAUGCUGAGGCCUACCGCUCCCUGCUCUCCAGCCUGGACUCUAACCUGGACCUUCUACAGCUGGGCUGCUACGGCAUCUCUGACACUACCCUGGAGGAGGUUAGAGAUACACAGAUGCUUUUCAAUGUGUUGAGAGAUAGACUUUUCUCCAAUUUACCUUGCACUCAUGGAUAUACAGUGUACUUCAUAUACAGAGAUAGACACACCCACAUAAUGUGCAUGACAUACAAUUACAGUUCACACCCAUUGACACACUUCUGUUUUUUGUGGUCUGUGCAGGUGUUCCUCCAGCUGACCCAAGAUGAGACAGAGCCUGCAGAAGAUAAGCCGUAUUCUGUGUCUGAAUCCAUGCUAGACCUGUCUGCCUCCAGAGACAGCUUACCAGAGGACCUCCAGAGCAACUCCAGCUUCGGAGACAAAGCCAGUGAGUCACAUCCACGCCACUGCUCUUUGACAUCCUAGACUAGACUGACCAGCUGUUAUAGUGGUAUCUUACCCAGGAGGAAGAACUCUGGGUCCUAGAUACAGGCUAGUUAUUCACAUUCAGUUAAUGAAAAACUCAUACAAAAACUCCUGGUCCUAGGAAUAAAACAUACUUACUUAGACCUUAUUGUGCCAAGUGGCAUAGAAGAUCUCCACAAAGUCCCUCAAUCUCUUCCUGUCCUCUGGGCUAUUUUAAACGCCUCUUUCCCGUUGGACCCUAGUCUGGUCUUGUCUGGUAAUAGAAUCACACCAGCCUCUUACUACUGCAAGCCUUGGCGCAGACCCUAAUUAUACUAAUAAUAACAAAACCCUUGUUUUCCUGUAGGUCUGACGGGCUCGUCCACAGUGCACGGCCUGGCCCUGACCUGGCAGCAGGUGACUGCUAUGUUGAUGAAGAGGGUUCACCACUCCAGACGGGACUGGAAGGGUCUCUUCUCCCAGGUGGUUCUACCUGUUUUGUUCAUCAUCCUGGCCAUGGGUCUGGGCUCCAUCAAGAGUGACCUGCAACACUUCCCAGAGAUGGAGCUGUCACCUGCCCUUUACCACCUCGGACCACAGUACUCCUUCUUCAGGUCAGAGACACUGAUAGACACAUAUUACUUACUUACACACAAAAACACACACGCCCUCUACCACCUCGGACCUCCUUCUUCAGGUCAGGGACAGGACACACUGCACUGCUGCAUUAUGGGAUAGGAGAUCAGGGGCCAUAUAUAUCAAGUGUAGGAGUGCUGAUUAAGGUUCAGCUUUGCAUUUUAGAUCAAAAUGAACUUGGGGAACCUGAUCCUAGAUCAGCACUCUUUGAGACAUCUGAUAUACACAGUGCAUUCGGAAAGCAUUCAGACCUUCACUUUUUCCACAUUUUGUUAUGUUACAGCCUUAUUCUAAAAUUGAUUAAAUGUAUUUUUUUCUCAUCAAUCUACACACAAUACCUCAUAAUGACAAAGCGAAAACAGGUUUUCCCCCCCCAAAAAAUACAGAAAUACCUUAUUUACAUAAGGAUUCAGACCCUUUGCUAUGAGACUCGAAAUUGAGCUCCGGUGCAUCCUGUUUCCAUUGAUCAUCCUUGAGAUGUUUCUACAACUUAAUUGGAGUUCACCUGUGGUAAAUUCAAUUGAUUGGACAUGAUUUGGAAAGGCACACACCUGUCUAUAUAAGGUCCCACCAGUUGACAGUGCAUGUCAGAGCUAAAACCAAGUCAAGAGGUCGAAAGGAAUUGUCCGUAGAGCUCAGAGACAGGAUUGUGUUGAGGCACAGAUCUGGGGACGGGUACCAAAACAUUUCUGUAGCAUUGAAGGUCCCCAAGAACACAGUGGCCUCCAUCAUUCUUAAACGGAAGACAUUUGGAACCACCAAGACUCUUUCUAGAGCUGGCCGCCCAGCCAAACUGAGCAAUCGGGGGAGAAGGGCCUUGGUCAGGGAGGUGACCAAUAACCCGAUGGUCAAUCUGACAGAGCUCCAGAGUUCCACAGUGUAGAUGGGAGAACCUUCCAGAAGGACAACCAUCUCUGCAGCACUCCACCAAUCAGGCCUUUACGGUAGAGUGGCCAGAUGGAAGCUACUUCUCAGGAAAAGGCACGACAGCCCGCUUCGAGUUUGCCAAAAGUCACCUAAAGGACUCUCAGACCAUGAGAAACAAGAUUUUCUGGUCUGAUGAAACCAAGAUUGAACUCUUUGGCCUGAAUGCCAAGCGUCACGUCUCGAGGAAACCUGGCACCACCCCUACGGUGAAGCAUGGUGGUGGCAGCAUUAUGCUGUGAGGAUGUUUUUCAGUGGCAGGGACAGGGAGACUAGUCAGGAUCGAGGCAAAGAUGAAUGGAGCAAAGUACAGAGAGAUCCUUGAUGAAAACCUGCUCCAGAGCGCUCAGGACCUCAGACUGGGGUUGAAGGAUUACCCUCCAACAGGACAACGACCCUAAGCACACAACGCAGGAGUGGCUUCGGGACAAGUCUCUGAAUAUCCUUGAGUGGCCCAGCCAGAGCCCGGACUUGGAACCCGAUCUAACAUCUCUGGAGAGACCUGAAAAUAGCUCCCCAUCCAACUUCACAGAGCUUGUGAGGAUCUGCAGAGAAGAAUGGGAGAAACUCCCCAAAUACAGUUGUGCCAAGCUUUUGGUGUCAUACCCAAGAAGAAUCAAGGUUGUAUUCGCUGCCAAAGGUGCUUCAACAAAGUACUAAGUAAAGGGUCUGAAUACUUAUGUAAAUGUAAUAUUUCAGUUUUUUUAAUUUUAUAAAUGUGCAAACAUUUCUAAAAGCCUCUUUUUGCUUUGUCAUUAUGGGGUAUUGUGUGUAGAUUGAUGAGGGAAAAAACAAACAUUUUAAUCAAUUUUAGAAUAAGGCUGUAACGUAACAAAAUGUGGAAAAAGUGAAGGGGUCUGAAUACUUUCCGAAUGCACUGUACAGUCCCAGAUCAGUCCCAUCCAGUCACUGUCUGUUGCUGUGCAAUCUUUCUCAUUUUCAGGUUGUAAGUUAGGUUUUUUGGGGUAAGAUAGUAGAGGUUUCUUGAAGGUUGAUAGAGGGGGGAGGGGGGCAGUGAGAGGUAGAAAGAGAGCGAGUGAGAUUUAGAGAUAGAGGGAGUGAGAUGAUUAUGAUGAUGUGAUCUGAGGUGUGAGAUGAAAGUAUAGAGGAGGAAGGAGAUAGUCGAAGUGAAGAAGUCUUGAUUGUGAAGAGCAGUUCUUUGAUCUGAGGGAAAGGUAGAGAGGAGAGAUAGAGAGAGAUAUAAAGGAGAGGAGAUGCUGUGGUAGGAACACAUCAAACACUGUGUGCCCUCUCACUGUCCUUGGUUGAUGGUUAAAUGAGAUUGAAUUAGCCUUUUUUGAUGUUGGGCUCAUAUUAGUUUCCAAACCACUGUCCUACUUGGAUCAUUUACUAAUACUGUACUGAAGGAUUUGCUCAAAGUCCCUUGAAAGUAUAGCCUGGUCCCAGAUCUUUUUGUGCUGUAUAACCAACUGUCAUGGUCAGUGGCAUGCUAAAUUUGGAAAACAUGGCAUGACAAUGAUCAUAGGACUUGACAAGCUAGACAACACAAACAGAUCUGGGACCAGGCUAACUUGAGAGCAUUAGACAAUACAUAAUGUUGCGUUCUGUAAUAAGUUUGUCCUGAAACAUUUUGUUUUUUUUGUCGUCAACAGCAACCAGAAUCCAAACUCCAGCAAUCUGGUCAACACUAUGAUGUCAUUCCCUGGGAUUGAUAACGGGUGUCUGAACAGCCCUGGUAAACCGUAUGUACCUGACCAACUUCUACAUAAUCACUGUAUUGAAGAUAGAUCUCUUACUUGUCUGGCUACUUCUCCUACUUUGUCUAUAUCUGGCACUUCCGAAUUCUCUUCUUACCCUCUUUUCCUUCAUAUGUCAAUCUUUUCCCUUUUAGUAUCUGUCUUUGUUCCACUUCUCUCACUCCCCACUAUCCUCUCUCCAUACGCUGUACUCUUCAGCUUUACUACAUGGUGCAUGUAUCUAAAAGCCUGGAGCAGCUCUGCUUUGCCUUGUGUGUAUGUGUGCGUGCAUUUGUGCGUGUGUGCAUCAGUGGCGGUCAGUGCCAUUUAAGAUGAGGGAGGACAAUAUUAUUUUUUCAUGAGCAUGGCCUUAUUUCUAUUACAGCAUAUUGGAUGACUGUCAUUCAUAUUCCAUUCACCCAGUUCAAUGUAACAUCGAUAGGUUUAGGCUACUACCUGAUAGUCACAUUUUCCCUUUACCCAUCAUGAGGUUGCUACAACCUAGCCUAUGAAUGAAAGUUUACAACGUAUGUGCACACAGGUUGAGAAUUUGUUUUGAGGUGACAGACAGGGACACAUUCAAUACCGCCUUGCACACUCUUGCCUGCAAUCAUUAGUUCAACAGUUGCAAACGAGAGUUUCAAUUGGACAAAUUCAGGUAUGUUUAUUCCCGUUUGCUUCCGUUUAAGAUACGUUUUUCAACAGAAUCGGUGGAAUGAAUACACCCCUGAUCACAGUUCACUUUCAUAGCAGCCACGUUGUAUUCCUUCUCGCAUCUAUGCGCUCUCCUCCUCUCACCUUUUCCCUUCGCUUCUGGACUUCAAUGCAGAACACAUCAGCUGUAUGUGACCAGGCAAAAAUAUAUUUCCAAGCCAAACCAUAUCAUAACCACUACACACAGCCUACAUCGUUGUCACCAUAUUAGCUAAAGUAAUGUCAUGUCAACAUAGCAAAUAGAACUAACGUGUUAGUAAACCUGCUACAAUCAUGGAGUAACGUUAGUGUACAGUCAGUAAGCAGUUUAGCACUUACACUGGCAGGCCCCGGUGGCAAUAAAUUAGUAAAACCAAAAGCUUACCUUGAAUUGGAAGAGUUCCAGUGUUGUGUUGGAUAGUCAUAGCCAGCUAGCUAACAUAGCAUCCUUCUGUUUGAGCAGGGUGUUUGAGUAGGCUAAACUAGCUAGCUCCAUUUGCUAGCUAAGUAAGUGAAACUGAAAGUGAAGAAGAAAAAGAUAAAAUGUCUCUUGAUUCUCCUUUAAAACUGUUCAACUAUUGUCUUUCUCUCUCUUUGAGCCUACUACUCACUACCUUUUAUGCAUUGCAGUGAUAGCUAGCUGUAGCUUAUGCUUUCAGUACUAGAUUCAUUCUUUGAUCCUUUGAUUGGGUGGACAACAUGUCAGUUCAUGCUAAAAGAGCUCUGAUAGGUUGGAGGACGACCUCCAGAAAUUGUCAUAAUUACUGUGUAAGUCUAUGGAAGGGGGUGAGAACCAUGAGCCUCCUAGGUUUUGUACUGAAGUCAAUGUACCCAGAAGAGGAUGGAAGCUAGGUGUCCUCCAGCUACACCAUGGUGCUACCCUACAGAGUGCUGUUGAGGCUACUGUAGACCUUCAUUACAAAAUAGUGUGUUUUAAUCAAUUAUUUGGUGACAUGAUUAUAUUUAGUAUAGUUUUAUCUAAAAGGAUAACUUUUUUAAUGUUUUCAAAAAAUGUAUGAAAUUCACUGAGGAGGAUGGUCCUCCCCUUCCUCCUCUGGGGAGCCUCCACUGGUGUGUGUGUGUGUGUGUGUGUGUGUGUGUGUGUGUGUGUGAGGAAUCAUUGGUAUUCCAUAAACACUCUGUGUUUAUAGGAUAGAUUUCCCCUUGCAGGCACUCAAAUCAAUGUUGGCACUCAUGAACCAGACCUCAGAGGCACUAUAAAAUUGUCAGCCAAAAGAAAAUACAUUUAGCUAGACGUGCAGCUAGGCAGCAGAGCUUCUCUGUGUGUGUGUGUGUGUGUGUGUGUGAGAGAGCGAUAGAGAUGCCCUGUGGACAAUCACUGAAGAGUGCUGAGUGCCGUGACGCUUCCUGACUACUGAUUAUAUCUCUCCACCACUCUGUGAUGUCAUGCCUGUUUUACCUCGAGAAUAAAUACUUAUUUACGGUCAUCCAUAUGAAUGGAACACUGGUAUUGGUGUGUUACUGUGGUGGUGUUUAUGCAUGUGUGUGAGUGUAUAUACAAGUGUAAGUGGAGUGGGUAAGCUAGUGGCAUUGUGAAUCAGUACAUGUAUGCAUUGUUUUAGUCAUCUUACCAUUUAAAACGGGCCUGUGGUUCACCUUGUGAAUGUAUUUUGUCUUUUUGAAGGCUCUGCACCAGAAGCACCAAGUCUGACAGCUGGGAAACUAAAGGAGACAGUUCAGUGCAAUUUGAGUCCUGCAAAUGCACCAAAUAUCAACAGGUGGGUUAGAGUUAAUUAAAGGACAUAAGUGACAAAUCAGCAGAUGUACUGUGUGUGUGUGUGUGUGUGUCCUACACUCACUCUACUCUCUGCUCCUCCAACCAGGUGUGUCAGAAUAACCAGUACCAGCCUCCCCAUAAGAUGAACCCCUCCUCCCAGAUCGUCUAUAACCUGACUGGCAUCAACGUUGAAAACUAUCUCCUGGCUACAGCCAAUAACUACAUCAGGAACAGGUACACAGGAUCUUUCAAUGCAGUCUGCAUACACUAAUGUGUCUGUUUCUAGAGAUGCUCUAUACUGUAUAUCCCUCUCUCUCUAUCAUAACAACUCUCCACAGGAAAAAACUGUUUUCAAUUACAUGAAAUGCAAAGGAUCACUGGCCUGAUAGUAAAUGAAUGGAACUGGGAAAUCUGAUGUCCUGAACCAUGCAUCUUCAUCCAGCUCAGUUCUGUUCAGUUCAUUUUAUGGUCUUAUUCAGGAAUGAGUCUCACGCCUUGAUCACUGAGUUAAAGAGACAAUAACAUUGGGUAAUUACUUAUUACUAAUGAAUAAUCGAUAUCUAUAUGAACAAUUCAUCAUAGGUAAGGAGGCUAUGGUUUCUCUCUCUCCCAACUUUCCAUACUCCUUUUUUAUCCAGCUUUACUACAUGGUGCAUGUUUCUAAAAGCCUGGUGUAGCUCUGCUCUGCCGUGUGUGUGUGUGUGUGUGUGUGUGUGUGUGUGUGUAAACAUGUACAUUAUGUAAAUAAUAAUCUAUUAUAUAUAUGAACAACUCAUCAUAGGUAUGGAGGCUUUGUUUUCGGGGAGCCACUCCCAACUAGUCUCCAGAUGGACCUCUUGGAGGUGCCUGUAAACCGGACCCUCUCCAAGGUAGCUAUAUAUAUAUAAACACUGAAUAUGUAUGAAUAUAUAUGCUUAUGGGUUACUAUAGUGUAACUGACCUUUUGUACCAAUAUAAGUCUCCUGCUGUUAUGUACAGUUGAAGUCAGAAGUUUACGUACACCUUAGCCAAAUACAGUUUUUCACAAUUCCUGACAUUUAAUCCUUGUAAAAAAUCCCUGUCUUAGGUCAGUUAGGAUCAACACUUUAUUUUAAGAAUGUGAAAUAUCAGAAUAAUAGUAGAGAGAAUGAUUUAUUUCAGCUUUUAUUUAUUUCAUCACAUUCCCAGUGGGUCAGAAGUUUACAUACACUCAUUUAGUAUUUGGUAGCAUUGCCUUUAAAUUGUUUAACUUGCGUCAAACAUUUCGGGUAGCCUUCCACAAGCUUCCCACAAUAAGUUGGGUGAAUUUUGGCCCAUUCCUCCUGACAGAGCUGGUGUAACUGAGUCAGGUUUGUAGCCCUCCUUGCUCGCACACCCUUUUUCAGUUCUGCCCACACAUUUUCUAUAGUAUUGAGGUCAGGGCUUUGUGAUGGCCACUCCAAUACAUUUAUUUUUAUUUUUUUUCAAUACCUUGACUUUCUGUCCUUAAGCCAUUUUGCCACAACUUUUGAAGGAUGCUUGGGGUCAUUGUCCAUUUGGAAGACCCAUUUGCGACCAAGCUUUAACUUCCUGACUGAUGUCUUGAGAUGUUGCUUCAAUAUAUCCACAUAAUUAUCCUUCCUCAUGAUGCCAUCUAUUUUGUGAAGUGCACCCACAGCAUGAUGGUGUUCUUCUGCAACCCCCUUUUUCCUCCAAACAUAACGACGGUCAUUAUGGCCAAACAGUUCUAUUUUUGUUUAAUCAGACCAGAGGAUAUUUCUCCAAAAAGUACGAUCUUUGUCCCCAUGUGCAGUUGCAAACCGUAGUCUGUCUUUUUUAUAGAGAUACUGGGGUGCAAAUGAGAAAAAUAAAUAACAAUAUGGGGAUGAGGUAGUUGGGUGGGCUCAUUACAGAUGGGCUGUGUACAGGUGCAGUGAUCGGUAAGCUGCUCUGACAACUGAUGCUUAAAGUUAGUGAGGGAGAUAAGAGUCUCCAGCUUCAGAGAUUUUUGCAGUUCGUUCCAGUCAUUGGCAGCAGAGAACUGGAAGGAAUGGUGGCCAAAGGAGGUGUUGGCUUUGGGGAUGACCAGUGAGAUAUACCUGCUAGAGCGCAUACUACGGGUGGGUGUUGCUAUGGUGACCAAUGAGCUAAGAUAAGGCAGGGAUUUGCCGAGCAGUGAUUUAUAGAUGACCUGGAGCCUGUGGGUUUGGCGACGAAUAUGUAGUGAGGGCCAGCCAAUGAGAGCGUACAGGUCACAAUGGUGGGUAGUAUAUGGGGCUUUGGUGACAAAACGGAGGGCACUGUGAUAGACUACAUCCAAUUUUCUGAGUAGAGUGUUGGAGGCUAUUUUGUAAAUUACAUCGCCGAAGUCAAGGAUCGGUAGAAUAGUCAGUUUUACGAGGGCAUGUUUGGCAGCAUGAGUGAAGGAGGCUUUGUUGCGAAAUAAGAAGCAGAUUCUAGAUUGAACUUUGGAUUGGAGAUGCUUAAUGUGAGACUGGAAGGAGAGUUUACGGUCUAACCAGACACCUAGGUAUUUGUAGUUGUCCACAUAUUCUAAGUCAGACCCGCCGAGAGUAGUGAUUCUAGUCGGGCGGGCAGGUGCAAGCUGCGUUCGAUUGAAGAGCAUGCAUUUAGUUUUACUAGCGUUUAAGAGCAAUUGGAGGCUACGGAAGGAGUGUUGUAUGGCAUUGAAGCUCGUUUGGAGGUUUGUUAACCAAGUGUCCAAUGAAGGGCCAGAUGUAUACAAAAUGGUGUCGUCUGCGUAGAGGUGGAUCUGAGAGUCACCAGCAGCAAGAGCGACAUCAUUGAUAUACACAGAGAAAAGAGUCGGCCCAAGAAUUGAACCCUGUGGCACCCCCAUAGAGACUGCCAGAGGUCCAGACAACAGGCCCUCCGAUUUGACACAUUGAACUCUAUCUGAGAAGUAGUUGGUGAAACAGGCGAGGCAGUGAUUUGAGAAACCAAGGCUAUUUAGUCUGCCAAUAAGAAUGCGGUGGUUGACAGAGUCGAAAGCCUUGGCCAGGUCGAUGAAGACGGCUGCACAGUACUGUCUUUUAUCGAUCGCGGUUAUAAUAUAGUUUAGGACCUUGAGCGUGAAUGAGGUGCACCCAUGACCAGGUCGGAAACCAGAUUGCAUAGCGGAGAAGGUACGGUGGGAUUCUAAAUGGACGGUGAUCUGUUUGUUAACUUGUCUUUGAAAUAAUUUCGAAGGGCAGGGCAGGAUGGAUAUAGGUCUGUAACAGUUUGGAUCUAGAGUGUAACCCCCUUUGAAGAGGGGGAUGACCACGGCAGCUUUCCGUUUUGUCUCCAAAGCCCCAUACACUACCCACCACUGUGACCUGUACGCUCUUGUUGGCUGGUCCUCACUACAUGUUCGUCGUCAAACCCACUGGCUCCAGGCCAUCUAUAAAUCACUGCUAGGUAAAUCCCCGCCUUAUCUUAGCUCAUUGGUCACCAUAGCAGCAGCCACCCGUAGUCUGCGCUCCAGCAGGUAUAUCUCACUGGUCAUUCCCAAAGCCAACACCUCCUUUGGCCGCCAUUCCUUCCAGUUCUCUGCUGCCAAUGACUGGAACGAAAUUGACCAGUCUGAAAUUAGCCCACCCAACUACCUCAUCCCUAUAUUGUUAUUUAUUUUGCUCUUUUGCACCCCAGUAUCUCUAUUUGCACAUAAUCUCUUGCACAUCUAGCAUUCCAGUGUUAAUACUAUUGUAAUUAUUCUGCACUAUAGCCUAUUUAUUGCCUUACCUCCAUAACUUGCUACAUUUGCACACACUGUAUAUAUAUUUUCUGUUGUAUUUUUGACUUUAUGUUUUUUACCCCAUAUGUAACUCUGUGUUUUUUUUAUUGCACUGCUUUGCUUUAUCUUGGCCAGGUCGCAGUUGUAAAUGAGAACCUGUUCUCAACUGGCUUACCUGGUUAAAUAAAGGUGAAAUAAAAAAAAUAAAAAAAAUCUCUGGGGAUCUCAGACGAUAAGAAAGAGAGGUUGAACAGGCUAGUAUUAGGGGUUGCGACAAUUUCGGCGGCUAAUUUUAGAAAGAAAGUGUCCAGAUUGUCUAGCUCAGCUGAUUUGUAGGGGUUCAGAUUUGCCGCUCUUUCAGAACAUCAGCUAUCUGAAUUUGGGUGAAGGUGAAGCGGGUGGGGCAUGGGCAAGUUGCAGCGGAGGGUGCAGAGCUUGUGGUAGGGGUAGCCAGGUGGAAAGCAUGGCCAGCCAAGGCAAAAUGCUUGUUGAAAUUCUCGAUUAUCGUAGAGUUAUCGGUGGUGACAGUGUUUCCUAGCCUCAGUGCAGUGGGCAGCUGGGAGGAGGUGCUCUUAUUCUCCAUAGACUUUACAGUGUCCCAAAACUUUUUGGAGUUAGUGCUACAGGAUGCAAAUUCUGUUUGAAAAAGCUAGCCUUUGCUUUCCUAACUGAUUGUGUAUAUUGGUUCCUGACUUCCCUGAAAAGUUGCAUAUCGCGGGGGCUGUUCGAUGCUAAUACAAUACGCCACAGGAUGUUUUUGUGCUGGUCAAGGGCAAUCAAGUCUGGGGUGAACCAGGGGCUAUAUCUGUUCUUAGUUUUGCAUUUUUUGAAUGGAGCAUGUUUAUUUAAGAUGGAGAGGAAAGCACUUUUAAAGAACAACCAGGCAUCCUCUACUGACGGAAUGAGGUCAAUAUCCAUCCAGGAUACCCGGGCCAGGUCAAUUAGAAAGGCCUGCUCGCUGAAGUGUUUUAGGGAGCGUUUGACAGUGAUGAGGGGCGGUCGUUUGACCGCGGACCCAUUACGGACGCAGGCAAUGAGGCAGUGAUCGCUGAGAUCCUGGUUGAAGACAGCGGAGGUGUAUUUAGAGGGUAAAUUAGUCAGGAUGAUAUCUAUGAGGGUGCCCAUGUUUACGGAUUUAGGUUUGUACCUGGUAGGUUCCUUGAUAAUUUGUGUGAGAUUUGUACCUGGUAGGUUCCUUGAUAAUUUGUGUGAGAUUGAGGGCAUCUAGUUUAGAAUGUAGGACGGCCGGGGUGUUAAGCAUAUCCCAGUUUAGGUCACCAAGCAGUAUGAACUCUGAGGAUAGAUGGGGGGCAAUCAAUUCACAUAUGGUGUCCAGGGCACAGCUGGGGCCUGAGGGGGGUCUGUAGCAAGCGGCAACAGUGAGAGACAUUUCUGAAAAUGUGGAUUUUUAGAAGUAGAAGCUCAAACUGUUUGGGCACAGACCUGGAUAAUAAGAUCUCUAUAGUAGAUUGCAACUCCGCCCCCUUUGGCAGUUUUAUCUAGACGGAAAAUGUUGUAGUUGGGGAUAGACAUUUCUGAAUUUUUGGUGGCCUUCCUAAGCCAGGAUUCAGACACUGCUAGAACAUCAGGGUUGGCGGAGUGUGCUAACGCAGUGAAUAACUCAAACUUAGGGAGGAGGCUUCUGAUGUUAACGUGCAAGAAACCAAGGCUUUUACGGUUACAGAAGUCAACAAAUGAUAGCGCCUGGGGAGUAGGAGUGAUACUGGGGGCUACAGGGCCUGGGUUAACCUCUACAUCACCAGAGGAGGAAUAUAAUAAGGAUAUGGCUAAAGGCUUUAAGAACUGGUCUUCUAGUGCGUUGGGUACAGAGAAUAAAAGGGGCGUUGUAGAAUACAUUCAGGGCAUUAUGUACAGACAAGGAUAUGGAAGGAUAUGAGUACCGUGGAGGUAAACCUAAGCGUUGGGUAAUGAUGAAAGAGAUAGCAUCACUGGAGGCACCGAUUGAGCCGGUCUCCGCGUGUAUGGGGGGUGGGACAAAGGAGCUAUCUGAGGCAGGUUGAGCGGGACUGGGGGCUCUACAGUAAAAUAGUACAAUAAGAACUAACCGAAACAGCAAUAGGCAAGGCAUAUUGACAUGGGAGAGAGGCAUAAAGCAAUCACAGGUGUUAUUCGAGAGAGCUAAGACAACAGCUGGUAAUGGCGACGAAAGUUUGGGCUGAGGCUAAACCGAUAAACAGGAUGGGGUACUGUAUAAAGGAACAGUCUAGUAGGCAUCAGCUGUGUAGCUGAGUGAUCACAAUGUCUAGUGAACAGCAAUAGGUGAGUCCGGGAGCAGUUCGGUGGCUGCUAGGGCACAGGCGAGCAGGAGGCACGGCUGUUGAUUGCGUGUGCUAGCGGGCCGAGGCUAGCAGAUGGAUCCUUGUGGUCGUCGCAACGGGAAGCCCGUUGAAACCACAUCAGACGAUUACGUCGGCAGACCAGUCGUGAUGGAUCGGCGGGGCUCCGUGUCAACACUAGGAGGUCCCUUCCGGUUGACAGAGAGGUAGAUAGCCGGGAGAUGGGCCUGGCUCGAGGUUAGCUCAAGGCUAAUUGGUGGUGCUUGCUUCGGGACAGUGGUGAUUAGCCAACAACAACAACAACAGACAUUCGGUUGCAGCUAGCUAGUUGCGAUGGUCCGGUGUUAAGGUCCAGUGAUUCAGUGAUUCCGGCAGAAAAUCCAAUAUGCUCUGGUUCGAUAGCCCGCUGUGCAGAUUGUGCAGACUGGCCGAUAAUUGUCCAGGCUAGAGCUGGCUGGUAGGUAGUGCAGGCCACGGACAAUGGUGAAGACCGCUAACGGUGGCUAAUAGCAAGUAGCUAGUUAGCUGGCUAGUUUCAGCCAGAGGUUCUAGAUAAAAAGGUAUGAAGAAAUAAUAGAAUUUAUUCCACAUUGGGUGAGGCGGGUUGCAAGUAUAUUUAGUCAAAGGAUGGAAAGUGAGAUUGAGAAAUAUAUAAAAAACAAAAAACAGGCUAUUUACACGAGGACACUAAGCCAUCUUGUAUGGUGGCUGCGUGGUCCCAUGGUGUUUAUACUUGCGUACUAUUGUUUGUUCAGAUGAACGUGGUACCUUCAGGUGUUUGGAAAUUGCUCCCAAGGAUGAACCAGACUUGUGGAGGUCUACAAUUUUUUUUCUGAGGUCUUGGCUGAUUUCAUUUGAUUUUCCCAUGAUGUCAAGCAAAGAGGCACUGAGUUUGAAGGUAGGCCUUGAAAUACAUCCACAGGUACACCUCCAAUUGACUCAAAUGAUGUCAAUUAGCCUAUCAGAAGCUUCUAAAGCCAUGAUAUCAUAAACUUCUGACCCACUGGAAUUGUGAUACAGUGAAUUAUAAGUGAAAUAAUCUGUCUGUCAACAAUUGUUGGAAAAAUUACUUGUGUCAUGCACAAAGUAGAUGUCCUAACCGACUUGCCAAAACUAUAGGUUGUAACAAGAAAUUUGUUGGAGUGUUUGAAAAAACGAUUUUAUACUCCAACUACAGUGGGGGAAAAAAGAUUUAGUUCAGCCACCAAUUGUGCAAGUUCUCCACUUAAAAAAGAUUGCAGAGGCUGUAAUCUUUCACCAUAGUAAACGUCAACUAUGACAGACAAAUUGAGAGAAAAAAUAUCCAGAAAAUCACAUUGUAGGAUUUUAGAUGAAUUUUAUUUGCAAAUAUGGGGAAAAUAAGUUAUGGUCACAUCAAAACAAGGCAAGAUUUAUGGCUCUCGCAGACCUGUAACGUCUUCUUUAAGAGGCUCCUCUGUCCUCCACUCGGACCUGUAUUAGGCACCUGUUUGAACUUGUAUCAGUCUAAAAGACACCUGUCCACAACCUCAAACAGUCACACUCCAAACUCCACUAUGGCCAAGACCAAAGAGCUGUCAAAGGACACCAGAAACAAAAUUGUAGACCUGCACCAGGCUGGGAAGACUGAAUCUGCAAUAGGUAAGCAGCUUGGUUUGAAGAAAUCAACUGUGGGAGCAAUUAUUAGGAAAUGGAAGACAUACAAGACCACUGAUAAUCUCCCUCGAUCUGGGGCUCGACGCAAGAUCUCACCCCGUGGGGUCAAAAUGAUCACAAGAACGGUGAGCAAAAAUCCCAGAACCACACGGGGGGACCUAGUGAAUGACCUGUAGAGAGCUGGGACCAAAGUAACAAAGCCUACCAUCAGUAACACACUACGCCGCCAGGGACUCAAAUCCUGCAGUGCCAGACGUGUCCCCCUGCUUAAACCAGUACAUGUCCAGGCCCGUCUGAAGUUUGUUAGAGUGCAUUUGGAUAAUCCAGAAGAGGAUUGGGAGAAUGUCAUAUGGUCAGAUGAAACCAAAAUAGAACUUUUUGGUAAAAACUCAACUCGUCGUGUUUGGAGGACAAAGAAUGCUGAGUUGCAUCCAAAGAACACCAUACCUACUGUGAAGCAUGGGGGUGGAAACAUCAUGCUUUGGGGCUGUUUUUCUGAAAAGGGACCAGGACGACUGAUCCGUGUAAAGGAAAGAAUGAAUGGGGCCAUGUAUCGUGAGAUUUUGAGUGAAAACCUCCUUCCAUCAGCAAGGGCAUUGAAGAUGAAACGUGGCUGGGUCUUUCAGCAUGACAAUGAUCCCAAACACACCGCCCGGGCAAUGAAGGAGUGGCUUCGUAAGAAGCAUUUCAAGGUCCUGGAGUGGCCUAGCCAGUCUCCAGAUCUCAACCCCAUAGAAAAUCUUUGGAGGGAGUUGAAAGUCCGUGUUGCCCAGCGACAGCCCCAAAACAUCACUGCUCUAGAGGAGAUCUGCAUGGAGGAAUGGGCCAAAAUACCAGCAACAGUGUGUGAAAACCUUGUGAAGACUUACAGAAAACGUGUCAUUGCCAACAAAGGGUAUAUAACAAAGUAUUGAGAAACUUUUGUUAUUGACCAAAUACUUAUUUUCCACCAUCAUUUACAAAUAAAUUCAUUAAAAAUCCUACAAUGUGAUUUUCUGGAGAAAAAAAAUCUAAUUUUGUCUGUCAUAGUUGACGUGUACCUAUGAUGAAAAUUACAGGCCUCUCUCAUCUUUUUAAGUGGGAAGAACUUGCACAAUUGGUGGCUGACUAAAUACUUUUUUCCCCCACUGUAAGUGUAUGUAAACUUCCGACUUCAACUGUACAUAAUAAAAAACCCUGUCCUUACCCCCACCAAGAUAACUACAGUCUUAACUGCUCUUCUGUCCUAGUAUGUCUCUUGUUGGUAGCCUGGUCCCAGAUCUGUUUGCGCUGUCUUGCUUGGCGUGAUAAUGACUGUAGCAGUUGGCUAUACAGUACAGCACAUACAGAUCUAGGACCAGGCUAUCUUGUUGUGAUGUAUAGUGGUUAAAUUAGCCAUGAUUUCCUAAUUGGAGCCGUUAUGAUACGGAAGCACUAAGCACUGUACCAAGAUGGGACGGAAUUAUUACACCAUCAAUGUCGUCGUUAACAUUGUUAAUCGCAGCUACUCGCAGCAAUUAUGUUUUUGUCUGAAUCUGAAAUGGGGUAAUGAUGCUAGUGAUUUAGACUUAGACACCUCCUCUGGAAAGUUUCAAGAUAAGCUUAUUACUAGAGAUAAGAGAAUUAGAAGUAGAAAUGUCGAGAAGCAUGUGCUGCAAUCCUGAGAUAUUCAUGAAUGUGUGUGUCUUCAAACUUGAAGUUUUACUUGAACUUGAACGUUUGUCUGUGUGUGUGUGUGUGUGUGCGUUUUCUUGUCUUCUAGGUCUGGUACAACCCUGAGGGUCACCAUACCAUGCCUGCAUACCUAAACAGCCUCAACAACUUCAUCCUACGUACCAGCCUUCCAGCCGGCAAGGACCCACAAAAUUACGGUGAGCAGUGUAUUUCUGUGAAAGAAAACAACAGCUUUAUCUCUAAAGACACCAGGAGCUUGUUUCACGCGCCACUAAUUCAUCAAAUCAGAGCUUGGAAAUGCUCCUUGAAGAAUUGUGAUGCACCAGCUCUAGGGAUAGCAUAACAAUUGUAAUUUGAUAAACAGUAUUAAAAACUUGGUGUGCUGAAGCUAGCUUCUCAGGGGGUUCACACCGAUCAGCCACACUACCUGGAAUCACUUUCACUUUCAAAUCCAAUUGUAUGUAUCAGAGCCAAGCUUUAAAACCAAGCUAAUCUGCUGAAAGGUUUUAGGCACACACACACACACACACACACACACGCACACACACACCCUCUCAAAAUAGUUUUCAGAGAGAGGCCCCUGUCACAUUUAGAGAGACCUCUGUCUGUCAUUAUAUAAUCUGAUGGAUAUUUUGGGUAUCACAGGAUAGCUUCGCACCCAUUUGGAUCCUAUAGGCUGAAAGGCUCAAUUUGCCACCCUUUUCCAGAAGUGUGCAUUUGCACACUCCCUGCCAUGGAUUUAAAAGCAGUGGAUUGUGUAAACAUUGGCUGGAGGGUUUCCACCAUUUGUUAAAUCCAUGCGCAAAAGUGUUCAAAGUUGGGUCAUAGUUAGGUCAGUUCCAUUGUUUAAAGCCAGGGGGCAGUAGUGUGUUCUCCUCAGUCUACCAUCACUAUGCAGGCUGAAUACCAAUCAGGGAGUGUUGAGAGGUGUACUCAGGGACUGAGGCAGGCAGACUGGCGUUUCAGCCUUAUUUCAGCACCACCUGAGAUUUACUGUCUGCCCCCGGGCAAGAUUAAUACAACCCCCCCCCCCCCCAGCCCAGUCAAUAAGGGAGCCGAGGGGAGGAAGGAAGGAAUGCAAUCAUUCAAAUGUAACCUGUAGACUCACAUAGGCCGAGGAGGAGGAAGGAGAGGGAGGAGAAAUCUAGAGGAUUGUGUCUAGUGCUACCCUGGCUGACUCUUUAGUUUUAUCGUUGGUUCAGUAUAUCUGUGCAGUGUCAUGGUUUUAUCUUAUGAAUGUGUCUAAAGUGAUUCUGUUUUUGUGUCUAAACAGCCAUCACUGUGUCCAGUCAUCCCUAUCCUGGUGAAGUACAAGAAGAAGAUGCCAUGUAAGAACACAGUACACACUCUCUCUCUUUCUCUCUCUCUACAAAUUAUGUUGCUUGUCGCUAAACGGAGUUACCAUGCCUUUCAAAAAAAAUUUGAAUUCAAACUUUCAUUGGUGCUUGUGAGAUUGCUUCUAUCUUGGUUGGGGAGCCAAAGCCUGAUGAUCCGGUGUCUGCCUGGCAUACCUAAAGAUACUUCAAUGUUUAUUACUGUCAUUAACCUGAGUUGAUAUCUCCAAAAGGAAACCAGUCUAGCGCUAGACUGAGAUAACAAGGAUUAUGUGGAGACUAACUCUGACAUUUAAAUUAAAGUCCUAAUGUAAUCUGACUUGCUGUAUUUACCAAUAUCUGAUUUGAUAAAUGGAUUUUCCUGAGCUGGCAUUAUUGAUCAGGGACAGACAGCAGACAGUAGGCCAAAUAUAAUGUGGAUGUGUGCAAAAUGGCACCCUAUUCUCUAUAUAGUACACUACUUUUGAAAAGGGUCCAUAGUGCUCUGGUCAAAAGUAUUGCACUUUGUAGGGAAUAGGGUGCCAUUUGGGACUUAGCCUAUGUGUGUUUACUACUCAGGGUGGUGCAGAGGUUGAUUGAUUCACAGAGCUUCCCACUUCUCUGACCGUGGCUGUUUUUAACACUGACUGCAGGCUAUUUUAGGGACCUGGGAUUGUUCUUCUCAGUUGUAGGCUAUGCAUCACGGCAGUAUCCCCCCACCCACAACCUGGGUUAGCUUCAGUUUUUUUCAGACUGAGAGGAAUUGACAGAGCAGAGGACAGAACCCUGCGUUGAGAAAGAUGUUCUCCAAUACUUUCAUCAUUAUCAAAGAUCUCUUGAGGUUUUGUGACCUCAACUUUUGCUCUUCCUUCAGAUGAAAAAUCACAAUCAAUAGCUCAUAUUUGUUGUGUCUACUGUUACUAGUUGACCUAAUUGACUAGGCUAUGCAGUGUGGCAGCCCCCCCGACUACACACACACACUGGUCUAACGUUAGCCCAAAGCCUGUUAUUUUGUUCUGAGGGAGCAGGUCACUGCUUUGAUCAAGGGGUUCUAUUAUCAAAGAUCUGUUGAGUCUCAACUGCUGUAGUUAUUUUAACUUCAAUCUUAACUUUUCCUUCAGAUGAGAAAUGAAAAAUCACUAGCUAAUAUUUGUUGUGUCUAAUAUCAUUUUUGGCCUAACUAGAGUUAAAGAUGACCCCAAAUGAUGUCUCAUCCUUACUAUGGUGUUCAUGUAUCUGCCUUAGUGGGGUUCAGUAUGGCCUGUUGGUCAUAUUGAUAAUAAGACUGUCUGUGCUUCUGGCUACAGGACAUACUACAGCCUGUCUCUCUGUUCCUCUGCCAGUGAUUCUCUUUCAUUUUUCAGCUAUCCUCGUCCAACAUAUUAUCUUUGUCCAUGGUCCUCUGUCCGUGGUUCUCCUGCAGCCUAGACAAAAUGAAAUGAAGAGGGAGGCAGAACACCAAUCAUGUAGGGUAGCUAGCUCAAAAACAAAAUAAGUGAAGGGGAGGCAUGAAUCUAGCUGAGUGAACUUGAAUGGGGAGGCAUCAAAGACAAAGACUCAGUAGGUGAUAUCUUAAAGAGCUCCAGCCAGUUCCUAUGAAUCUGACAACCCCAUGACGCUUCUCAUCAAUGCCUCUUAAAAUAUCUUUAUCACAUAGACGUCUCAAUAGCAGGAAGCAGCUGGUUCGAUUAAUAAAUUGUAGGAGAGCUCUGGCAGGUGGUGUUGGUAAAACAGUAAUUUCUUCUUCGUGGCUAUUAUCUUGUCACUGCUGGAGUUGGAACAUCUCUCUUAGCGAGAUACUAUUUAUUAUUAAUGAAAUCCUGUUUGUUGUGAGUUUCUCCAAUGAACCCUUCAAAUGAAUUACUGGCUCAGCUGGCCUGGAAACCUACUAACAAUGUCUUCAGGCCUGUCAAAUAAGGACAGGACUUUUCAUAGGAGGACUAAUAAACAUGGGACACUUGGCUCUGUGAUCGAUCAAUCAAUCAAAUGUAUUUAUAAAGCCCAUUUUACAUCAGCAGUUCUCCUUCCUCUUCUGCCUAUAAGAGGACACUUGGCUGUGUGGUCCACUAGCUUAGUGACCUCUCUCUCUCUUUUUCUCUUCUCUUUCUCUCUCUCUCUCGCUCCCUCCCUCUCUCUCUCUCUCUCUCUCUCUCUCUCUCUCUCUCUCUCUCUCUCUCUCUCUCUCUCUCUCUCUAUCUCUCUCUCUCUCUCUCUCUCUCUCUCUCUCCAGGGUGCAAGGUCUGGUCCAUAUCCUGGUGGCUAUGUGUGCCCUGACUGGCUACUCCAUUAUGACGGCUAGCUUCGUGAUCUACGAGGUCCAGGAGCACCACAGCGGCUCCAAGAGACUGCAGCACAUCUCUGGGAUAGGAGAACCCUUCUACUGGGUUAUCAACUUCUUCUACGACAUGGUAGGACUACGUCAACACAUCAUGCUAGGCUAACUGAUACAGUGGCUUGCGAAAGUAUUCACCCCCCCCCCCCCCCCGGCAUUUUUCCUAUUUUGUUGCCUUACAACCUGGAAUUAAAAUGGAUUUUUGGGGGGUUUGUAUCAUUUAAUUUACACAACAUGCCUACCACUUUGAAGAUGCAAAAUAUUUUUUGUUGUGAAACAAACAAGAAAUAAGAGAAAAAACAGAACUUGAGUGUGCAUAACUAUUCACCCCCCCAAAGUCAAUACUUUGUAGAGCCACCUUUUGCAGCAAUUACAGCUGCAAGUCUCUUGGGGUAUGUCUCUAUACGUUUGGCACAUCUAGCCACUGGGAUUUCUUCCCAUUCUUCAAGGCAAAACUGCUCCAGCUCCUUCAAGUUGGAUGGGUUCCGCUGGUGUAUCUUUAAGUCAUACCACAGAUUCUCAAUUGGAUUGAGGUCUGGGCUUUGACUAGGCCAUUCCAAGACAUUUAAAUGUUUCCCCUUAAACCACUCGAGUGUUGCUUUAGCAGUAUGCUUAGGGUCAUUGUCUUGCUGGAAGGUGAACCUCCGUCCAAGUCUCAAAUCUCUGGAAGACUGAAACAGUUUUCCCUCAAGAAUUCCUUCAAUUCUGACCAGUUUCCCAGUCCCUGCCGAUGGAAAAACAUCCCCACAGCAUGAUGCUGCCACCACCAUGCUUCACUGUGGGGAUGGUGUUCUCAGGGUAAUGAGAGGUGUUGGGUUUGCGACAGACAUAGCGUUUUCCUUGAUGUCCACAAAGCUCAAUUUUAGUCUCAUCUGACCAGAGUACCUUCUUCUAUAUGUUUGGGGUGUCUCCCACAUGCCUUUUGGCAAACACCAAACGUGUUUGCUUAUCUUUUUCUUUAAGCAAUGGCUUUUUUUCUGGCCACUCUUCCAUAAAGCCCAGCUCUGUGGAGUGUACGGCUUAAAGUGGUCCUAUGGACAGAUACCCCAAUCUCCGCUGUGGAGCUUUGCAGCUCCUUCAGGGUUAUCUUUGGUCUCUUUGUUGCCUCUCUGAUUAAUGCCCUCCUUGCCUGGUCCAUGAGUUUUGGUGGGCGGCCCUUUCUUGGCAGGUUUGUUGUGGUGCCAUAUUCUUUCCAUUUUGUAAUAAUGGAUUUAAUGGUGCUCCGUGGGAUGUUCAAAGUUCCUGAUAUUUUUUUAUAACCCAACCUUGAUCUGUACUUCACCACAACUUUGUCCCUGACCUGUUUGGAGAGCUCCUUGGUCUUCAUGGUGCCGCUUGCUUGGUGGUGCCCCUUGCUUAGUGGUGUUGCAGACUCUGGGGCCUUUCAGAACAGGUGUAUAUAUACUGAGAUCAUGUGACAGAUCAUGUGACACUUAGAUUGCACACAGGUGGACUUUAUUUAACUAAUUAUGUGACUUCUGAAGGUAAUUGGUUGCACCAUAUCUUAUUCAGGGGCUUCAUAGCAAAGGGGGUGAAUACAUAUGCACGCACCACUUUCCCGUUAUUUAUUUUUUAUAAUUUUUUGAAACAAGUGAUUUUUCAUUUCACUUCACCAAUUUGGACUAUUUUGUGUAUGUCCAUUAUAUGAAAUCCAAACAAAAAUCCAUUUAAAUUACAGGUUGUAAUGCAACAAAAUAGGAAAAUUGCCAAGGGGGAUGAAUACUUUUGCAAGGCACUGUACAAUACAUUUCCACUAGCAUUGCUGCAUUGUCCAAAAAUGCUAGCCAGGAGAUUCUUGAUGUUGCUCAUCCUGUACUUCCUUCAUACAGUCAAUGACAGCACUACGGACCACACCUUUUCUUUAUUUGUUUUGGGAUUGUAGAGACAAGAAUAUGAUGUUCAGCUGUUAAAUGAAUAGGACUUGAUUGAUUUCCACUAUUGAAAAAGGCAGUUGCAGUGAUUCUACAGUUUGACGUAUGUGAUGUAUUUAAGCGACCAGUGUACUACGGUGUGUUAAGCAUUAUGUGUUGCUGUUUCUCCAGGCCUUAUACAUGCUCCCAGUCGCUCUUUCAAUUGCCGCGAUAGCAGCCUUCCAGCUCCCAGCCUUCAAUGACAGGCAGAACCUUGCUGCUGUCAGUCUGCUGCUGGUCAUGUUUGGGUAAGUACACACGCACGCACACACACACAGAUGGACGGAUAUACACAUACACAUGCACACACACACACACACACUUUGGGUGAGUGGCUGCCUCAGCAGUUUCUAUUACCAUAGUGACUGCACACACACACAAUACAGGUUCCCUUAUCCAUGUCAGAGGUGAAGGAUCUCAGUUGUUCGAGGAUCACACCUACCUUUCCUUGAGUACCAUAUAUACAGUAGCUCCCCAGCUCAAGCAGGUGGGAGGUUUUAUCAAAGGAUGAAACCAUUUCUUGUCAAUAAGUGAUGGGUGGCUGCUUGCUACUGUACGUGUUUUCUUAAGACCACAGUCUAUUUCACGCAAGGUAGAAUGUGAAGCAGAAUUCCAUCAAUGCAGAGCCUACUUCAGUGUGAUUCCCCUUUCACAGCAGCCUGUCUGCCUGCCUGCCUGCCUGCCUGCCUGCCUGCCUGCCUGCCUGCCUGCCUGCCUGCCUGUCUGUCUGUCUGUCUGUCUGUCUGUCUGUCUGUCUGUCUGUCUGUCUGUACAUACUCUGGACUGGUUUCUCUGCUUCUGUGUGGCAUCAUGGCUUGGAGCAGAUAGUCUCUCUCUCCUAUUUAACCAGUCUGACUGCCCUACAGCCCCCACCACCCUCUCAUCUCUCCCCCUCUCUCACUCGCUUCUCCCCCCCCCCCUCUCUAUUUCUUUCUCCCCCUCUCCUCUCUCCCACUCACUUCUCUCUGCACAUACUCUCCCUUGACCCAGGCACCCCAAUCAAAAGAAAAAGGCAGAUCAUUUAGAGUAAGAGGUGAGAGGAGAGGGGGACUCACCAUGGGGGAAUUUAUAAAGGAACUAAUUUAGCUUCUUCUCUUUUUGUGGUGUAAGUGUUUACCCUCCUUGAAAAUUGAGUUAAAGUUUAUUUUAUUAUUUUAUUUUUUAUAUAUUUUUCAAAGUUCUCUGGCUUGGUCUCUUGUUUCAUAUAGUCAUUCCACUGAGUCAAUUAUAACGAGAUUAAGCAAAUCAUGCAUUCGUCAUCUGUUGCAAGUUAAUCUCAGAAGCCAGAAAAUUAAAUCUUACGUGCACUAGCUCUAUUCCAUCUAGUUGUGGGGGCAAUAGUGUCGAAGUCUGAGCUAGUGGAAACAUCAGAUUCAGCUGCUCCCCACUACAGAACCACCCACAUGUUCUGGUAAAAAUCCCUGCCUUCACAUCAAGCACCACAUCCACGGAGUCUUUCACAAGAGAUUAGUUGCAAGUUAAAGGCUGAUAGUUGUAAUGAGUAACCAUCUCAUAAUAUCAGAACCCAGAACCAAAUAUCACGUAUGCUAGCUAGCUAUGUUUAACAGUCUGUCAUUAGACUAAACGUCUCAUGCAUUAAACAACAUGUCUGACAAGUGACAAGUGUCAUGUUGUCAUCUGGUUUUCAGGUUUGCCACAUUCCCGUGGAUGUACCUGCUGUCAGGGGUCUUUAAGGAUGCAGAGAUGGCCUUCAUCAGCUACGUGUGCAUCAACCUCUUCAUCAGCACCAACACCAUCAUCUCCACCUCCGUCGUCUUCUUCCUGGGACAACUCAAUGAGAACGAUGAGGUGAGCAGUACAAUGUAGAGAUGACUGAAGGAGCCAUUUUAUGACUGGAGCCAUGUUGAAAAGAUAUUUCCCUGAAAAACUUUUGUUCUGAUUGCCUUUUUAUAUUGAAGAGUCCAUUACUCUUUAGGUUUGAUAAAGCAUUGUUCUUCUUAGGUGAACAAAUAAGGGUUUUGAAUGGCAUCUUCCUUUCAAUAUUGUUCAAUAGUGGAACUCAGUCUUUGUUUACCUAGUUGACAUUCCAAGGACUGAGCACCCCUUCUGCGGGUUAUUAGAUAUUCCAGCUCCUGCAUGAAGUGCUUACACCUCUAUCUCUCUCUCCCUCUUUAUUUUUCCUUCUCUCUCUCUCUCUCUCUCUCUCUCUCUCUCUCUCCACAGAGGAUACACGAGGUGUACCGCAUCCUGUCCAAUGUGUUCCUGAUCUUCCCCCAGUUUAGUUUUGGGAACGGCCUGAUGGAGCUGGCCAGGGUUGAGAUGCAGGUUCAGAUCCUCAGUGUGUAUGGAGUGGACGCCUAUAAGAACCCCUUCGCCAUGGACAUGCUGGGCUGGAUGUUCGUCUCCCUCUUCCUCCAAGGCUUCAUUGGCUUCACCCUGCGUCUGCUGCUCAACAAGUGGCUCAUACGUAAAGUCAGGUGAGCCUGCUGUGGUGAUAGAGAACUAUAGCAGAUUGGAAUGGGCAAUGAUGAUAUAUGGAUGUGGGAGGCAUGGUGGGCAUGUAGGGCACAAUUAAACUGGUCCCAGAUCUGUUUUUGCUGUCUUACCAACUCCUAUGGCAUGGCAACGACCAUAUGAGUUUGCAAGAUGGCACACACCAGGCUAGAGGGUCAAUGGUGGAAUAGCGUACAUUUCUGGUCCCCAUAUGUUGCUGAGUUGUUCUGUUGCUGUUAUCCUCAUACGCAUCUUCUCUCACUUUCUUUCUCCACAUCUACCUCUACCCCUUCCUAUGAUCCCUUCCUUCCUUCUUCGAGCAAGCCACUUAACCCUAAUUUGCUCCAGGGGCGCGGUACUACUAUGGCUGACCCUGUAAAACAUUUCAUUGCAUCUAUCCGUUGUGACAAUACAACUUUUUUUUUGUAUCCCUUCCUCAUCCCUCCAUCCCUCUCCUCCAUAGGAUCCUAAUCUUCCCCAAGAAGGCAGUGCCCCAGUCUGAUACCCAGGACGAGGAUGAGGACGUGGUGGCAGAGUGCCAACGUGUGACCAGCGGAGCGGCCGUUACUGACCUGCUACAGGUCAACCAGCUGACCAAGGUCUACCAACACCUGGCCAAGAAGGUCCAGGCCGUCAAGAGGCUGUCUGUGGGCAUUCCUGCUGGGGAGGUAAACUCCGGCUCCGUCUGAUUCUGCAACAUUCACACCCUUCACAAAGGUUUAUGAAGUCACUAUCAGAUUUGCCAAUAGGUCACUUUAGGCAAGUCUAAGGCAAGUCCAAGUCUUAAGUUAUAAGUGGGGAUGAGUCCAAGUUAAGUGUCGUUCUGAGUCUGUUCUAGCUAUUUAUUGGAGUUUGGUACAGCGGCUGCUUUGGUCCUUGACAUGAGUGUGGUUGUGCUGUGCAGUGCUUUGGUCUAUUGGGGGUGAACGGAGCAGGAAAGACCACCACCUUUAAGAUGCUGAUUGGAGACAUCAGCCCUACUGAAGGGACAGCACAGAUCAAGGACUGGGAUGGGUAAGGCUAUGGUGUAAUAUGUGUUACAUUACCUUAUACACUGCAUUCGUAAAGUAUUCAGACGGCUUCCCUUUUUCCACAUUUUGUUACGUUACAGCCUUUUUCUAAAAUUGAUUAAAUUAUUUUUUUACUCACCAAUCUACACACAAUACCCCAUAAUGACAAAGCGAAAACAGGUUUUUAGAAAUGUUAGCAAAUGUAUUAAAAAUAGAAAACAGAAAUACUGUCUACAUAAGUAUUCAGACCCUUUGCUAUGAGACUCGAAAUUGAGCUCAGGUGCAUCCUGUUUCCAUUGAUCAUCCUUGAGAUGUUUCUACAAAUUGAUUGGCGCACCUGUGGUAAAUUCAAUUGAUUGGACAUAUUUGGAAAGGCAUCCACCUGUCUAUCUAAGGUCCCACAGUUGACAGUGCAUGUCAGAGCAAAAACCAAGCCAUGAGGUUGAAGGAAUUGUCCGUAGAGCUCCGAGACAGGAUUGUGUCGAGGCACAGAUCUGGGGAAGGGUACCUAAACAUUUCUGCAGCAUUGAAGGGCCCCAAGAACACAGUGGCCUCCAUCACUCUUAAAUGGAAGAAAUUUGGAACCACCAAGACACUUCCUUGAGCUGGCCGCCCGGCAAAACUGAGCAAUCGGGGGAGAAGGGCCUUGGUCAGGGAGGUGACCAAGAACCCGAUGGUCACUCUGACAGAGCUCCAGAGUUCCUCUGUGGAGAUGGGAGAACCUUCCAGAAGGACAACCAUCUCUGUAGCCAUCCACCAAUCAGGCCUUUAUGGUAGAGUGGCCAGAUGGAAGCCACUCCUCAGUAAAAGGCACAUGACAGCCCGCUUGAAGUUUGCCAAAAGGCACCUAAAGGACUCUCAGACCAUGAGAAACGAGAUUCUCUGGUCUGAUGAAAUCAAGAUUGAACUCUUUGGCCUGAAUGCCAUGACCUCAGAUUGAGGCAAAGGUUCACCUUCCAACAAGACAACAACCCUAAUUACACAGCCAAGACAAUGCAGGAGUGGCUUCGGGACAAGUCUCUGAAUGUCCUUGAGUGGCCCAGCCUGAGCCCAGACUUAAACCCGAUCGAACAUCUCUGGAGAGACCUGAAAAUAGCUGUGCAGCGAUGCUCCCCAUCUAACCUGACAGAGCUUUAGAGGAUCUGCAGAGAAUAAUGGGAGAAACUCCCCUGAUACAGGUGUGCCAAGCUUGUAACAUCAUACCCAAGAAGACACAAGGCUGUAAUCGCUGCCAAAGGUGCUUCAACAAAGUACUGAGUAAAGGGUCUGAAUACUAUGUAAAUGUGAUAUUUUAUUUAUUUAGCAAAAAUUGAUUAAAAAAAAACCUGUUUUUGCUUCGUCAUUAUGGGGUAUUGUGUGUAAUUGAUGAGAAAAAAACAACAAUUUAAUCAAUUUUAGAAUAAGGCUGUAAUGUAACAAAAUGUUAAAAGUCAAGGGGUCUGAAUACUUUCCGAAUGCAAUGUAUUUUACCAUUCAUUAAUGGAUUUGAGCAUAUUAUCUAUUGGAUAAUCCCCUGCAAUUAUGCUCUUGUGAGAUAAAAAAAUAUAUUUAAGUAUACUUUUCUCAUGUCGCCUGCCUGUAUUAUUCAGAACCGUAUCCUGAGAGACCUCUUACACUCUUUUAAAUCACUCUCUGCGUGCGUGCUUUCAGGAGGAUGGUUGACAUCAUUGACUGCCGUAACGAGGGCAUCAACAUCGGCUACUGUCCCCAAGUGGACGCUCUGGAUGACCUGCUGACAGGGGAGGAACACCUGUACUUCUACGCCCGCAUCCGAGGCAUCUCCAAGAGGGAGACAGACCGGGUAAGACACCCCAUAACCACAGGGGACUUUUGUUAUCUUUGUGACCGUGUAGAGGGUGGCUUGUGUCAUCUAGGAUCUGGGUAACUGUGUUUCCCAUCUGUUUGCGAUAUGGCCCUCCCUUACACCCACAACAAGACACUUAGCUUUCAUCAAAACACAGAGAACAACAUCACCAUUGCAGAACAACGUUAAAAUCUGAAAAGAAAAGACCCAUAUCUAGCUAGGUACUGUACUCCUUUGCUUUCCAUCAAAGCACGGAGAGCAACAUCUACAGAACAAUUUCAGAAUCUGAAAAUAAAAGAUUGACAUCUAGCUAUGUACUGAGGUACUCCUUCUUUCUUUGCUCUCAUCAAAGCAUGGAGAACAUCAACAUAACAGAAUAACAAAAUAAAAAAAGUAAAGAUUGACAUCUAUCUUGAUACUGUACUCCUUUUAUCCUUUGCGGUCCAUCAAAACACACAGAACAACAUCAACAGAUCCACUUUAGAAUCAGAUCAGAAAGGAUAAAAGAUUCAUCACUAGCUAUUGUAGUACUAAAUGCUGGAACACUCACUAUGAGUAAGACUGAGAAACCUAGUGAAGAACCCUUAAAGAUACAGUACACCGGGCUGGUAUAAAGUUGAGUGUAGUUUAGACAGAGCUGUGCUUGGUUACCUCUGUUUUCCAAUUAAGACAGACUGUAGUGGAUGUAUCAAUGGAUCCAGAUUGAUUUUUCUUCCUAGCAGAGAGAUCAUGCUAUGAUGAGAGGAUCAUGUUUGACAGUUCACCGCAGGCACUGCUCCACCUAAUUCAUCACUCAGAAAGCUAAUCAAUCUGUGCAUUCAUUCUCCCAUGAUUAUUAUGGAGAGUGAGUGUUUCUGAUGUUUCCUCUCUCGCUGUAUUACUGAUGAAGUCUGCAUGGAGAACAGUCAAAGAUGAUGAGAUUUUAGUUUUUUUUCUAUCUGACAUGUCACAAGAGAGGUCACAAGUCACAUGUGAGCUCAUUCAAAGCAUUUUCAAAGAAAUUGAAUUAUAUUUGUAGAGAAUAACACAUACAUGAUGACCCAGAUCUGCUUACAAAGGGGGAAAAGCUAGCAUCCUUUGACUGUGUGGGUUUUUGAGGAUGACUAGCAUCUCUCAAGGGCUCCCUCUCCCACCCUCUCUCUCGCUCAACCUCCCUCUCCCCUCCUCCCUCUCCCUCUCCAUCCUUUCAAUUUGGACACCUCAGCCCCAUUACACUGAUAGGCUCUGACAACCUCAAUGAUGUCACCAAUAGAUACAAACAGCCAAUCAGACACAGAAAUGAUGCUGAUGACUCGCCAUAAUAUCCAUUAUACCAGAGCCUUACAAGGGCUCUGGCCAUUACUGCUGUCGUUACCAUUCUCUGUUCCGUUCAGGGUGAUGACAACAAUGGCUUUAAUGUCCACAACAACAGUGGCUGCUAGUCUUAGGUAAUUCACACAGAUAUGGAGAGGGAGAGGUAGAGAGAGAGAACGAACAAUGGCUUUAAUGACCAUAACAACAGUGGUUAUAGUCUUAAGCUAAUUCACAGGGAUAGGUGGAGGAUGGGAGAGAAAGAGAGCGAGAGAGGUGGAGGAGGAGAGAAAGGGGAUGACAACAAUUUCCAUAACAACAGAACAGUGGUUAUAGUCUUAAUUAAUUCACAGGGAUAGGUUGGUUUAUAUAUAGCCUCCCUCCUCUGUAAUGCUCUUCAUCAGACAGUCAUAACUUGAGGUAAUUAGACAAGGGCCUAAUGCCUUAAUGGGGUUGUUUCAUAUUUACAUGGUUUAGCCACUAUUAAUGAGGGGAGACAUUAUAGGUCAGUGGUAAAGGCCACCUGAAGAGAGAAUAAAAUAGCACUUUUAAACUAACUGUUAGUACACCUACUGUUAGCACAAUCUAGGAGACCGAACAUACUUUUGAACUAACUGUUAGAUAUUUUCUUAUCAAUGUUUUAGCUAGAUAAUCAUUCAAAAUUCACAGUUGUUUGAUGUUGUGUCUUUAUCCAUGGAACACAUAUGUUAUAAUAAUAUAUAAUAAUAAUAAAAUAUAAUAUAAUAUGCCAUUUAGCAGACGCUUUUAUCCAAAGUGACUUACAGUCAUGUGUGCAUACAUUUUUACGUAUGGGUGGUCCCGGGGAUCAAACCCACUACCCUGGAGUACAAGCGCCAUGCACUACCAAUUGAGCUACAGAGGACCACAAAAAGCUGUUUAUAUACACAGUUUAUAGAUACACAGUUUAUAGAGGUAUACCUGGGCCGGACCAGAGAGAUUUUUCAGGAAUUAAAGGGUGUGGACUUUGAAAGGCAUUCUAUAUCUCUGCUCAGGACUAUUAACCAGGAAUACAAAAGACAAUCAUGUGUAAAUGUUGUCGACCUAUGGGAAAAUAGCUCAUGCUUAAGAUUGCUUUAAAGGAGCCUUAGUGUAGAAUGAAUAUAAAACAGUUGCAUUUAGAGCACCUCCACUGUCUAGGGUUUUUGUUGCAUUUAAAAUAUGGAUUAUUUUAAAUGCAACAAAAAGUCUAGCAUACUGUAGUUAAUUUCUUUGAUGCACACAUAAUACAAAGUGUUGUUGCUCUCAGUCAAUUUCAAUUGCUUAUUAGUCAACUCAAGCUUAUAGCUUUUUUGGUUUAAAUUGAUAAAUUGCAAGCAGACUAUGUUCUCCCUCAGACUGGUUUAAGCUUGCAGAAUGUACAUAGGUAUAGAAGACAGAGGAGGUAAUACAGCACACAAACAAACCCACCCUUGAUGGCCAAACUUCAUUAAAAAUGCAUGGUGGAAAAGUCUAACUAGAUAUUCAUCUUGGUAACAGGUAUUUAACUGCUGGACCCCGGUGCUUUUUAACCCAAAAUGUUCUCUUUAACUAGGCAGAAGACACAUUUAAAUUUCUCACAAAACAAUACAGUAUCCUAUUCUUCUUUUCUUAACAUUUCUCCAUUAUAGGUAUACAGUAUACCUGUAAAACUUCAAGUAACAGCCUGGGCGUUUAUUUGCUUCAAUCACUGAACACAACCGGUGCUUAUUAGAAACAGGCUUGUAUUUGAGCCAGGCGUCUAUUUCCUCAAUGCACACAGGUUUUGCUCAAUAAAAUGUUGAAAAGAAUACCACAGUUUAUUGUGACCAGUAUGACCAGUAUAAAUAUUAUGAUAACAAAUCAAUUGCAGAUCAGACUUGCAAAGACUAGGCUGCCUAUCAUACACCCCUGAUUCUCUCACUCGUUGAGCCUUGUAUACCACGUAGAUGAGCCGACCAUGUCGAACCACACUGCUGUAUCAUCCAUGGCAAUGAUGUUGCUCUCCUUUAUCUUCUUUUGCGCAAUAUUUACGGUACUGACUGAAGUUCAUUACUAAACGGUUUAUUUGAAACAUUUAUUUGCUGAAAUGUGUGCCGAUGCUCGGCUUGAAAAAAAGGGACAGGCGGCUAUUUGAGACUGCAUUUGAAGUUUUACAGUACAUAACUUGGUCUCUGUUUUUAACCCAAAAUGGUCUUUAGACAAAUUUCAGUUUCUCACAAAAUGGAGAAUAAAGUAUGUAUUCUCCAUAAUAGGUAUAUACGUAACUGGAUUUUUUGUUGUUGACCCAAACUGGUUUCUCUUGUCCUUUCUCCCUCCCAGGUGGUCAAUUACCUGCUGAAGAAGCUGGAGCUGGGGUACCAUAGACAUACCAUCAGUGACAGUUACAGCUGUGGAACCCGUAGGAAGCUCUCCACUGCCCUGGCACUCAUAGGACACCCACAUAUACUGCUGCUGGUGAGGAGGACAUGCGCGCGCGCACACACACACACACACACACACACAUACACACACACACACGGCUGCUGGUGAGCAGUCUGAGGACCCAUCUGAGAGCAACACCCAUUCAUCAAUCUGUCAUAUUAACAGUGUGACAUCAUCAUACCUACUGCUAACACAAUGCUGCAGAUACUCAUUUCAUCCCUGUAUGGUGUCCAUUUUAGGACAUCAUCAGAAAUCAGCCUCAUACAUAGCCAUGGGAAGUAGUUUGGGUGUGCUGCAGAUGGCUAUAUCAGUCUGCUAAUACAGGACUAUUAAAGGCCCAGUGUACUACUUUUGUGAUUUUAUUUUUUAUUAAUAUUUUUUUUAUUCUGAUAUUUCAGGGGGUGCUGCAGCACCCUCAGCACCCCUAUUUCCCGCGGCUAUGGCCUCAUACUGAAGCAAACAUAUUGCUGCUGCUCCUCCAGUGCAAGCCUUAGAUUAGAACAACACAAAGAGCAAUCCUUAUCUCAUUCCCAUGUAUGGUGUCCAUAUUACGACAUCUUCAGACAGACAGUCUCUUACCUCACCUUUACAUAAGUCAAGUGAGACCGCUACAUGGGUCAAGCAUCAGGCAUUCACUCCUCUCUAUUCCAUCUCCCUUGAACUCACCUCUCCUCUUCCUCUCUUCCCUCUGUCCCUCUCUCCUCAGGACGAGCCUAGCUCAGGUAUGGACCCUCGCACCAAACGUCACCUGUGGAAGAUCAUCUCAGAGGAAGUCAAGGGGAAGUGUGCUGUAGUUCUCACCUCUCACAGGUAAACCUCCCUACAUCUCCAACGUCUCAACAAUCCCAUUACUUUCAAAAAAAGGUAUCUAUAAUAAAGAUAUUGAGUGAUCAUAAAAUUAGGGAAGGUACUGGGUUUCAGUGAAGCUACACAGUAUACUGUAGGAGUGUUUUAGUACUAUAUCUCUUGACACAAUGAUGAAAAUAAUCAUGGCCUCUAAACCUUCAAGCUGCAUACUGGAUCCUAUUCCUACUAAACUGCUGAAGGAGCUGCUUCCUGUGCUUGGCCCUCCUAUGUUGAACAUAAUAAACAGCUCUCUAUCCACCGGAUGUGUACCAAACUCACUAAAAGUGGCAGUGAUAAAGCCUCUCUUGAAAAAGCCAAACCUUGACCCGGAAAAUAUAAAAAACUAUCGGCCUAUAUCGAAUCUUCCAUUCCUCUCAAAAUUUUUUGAAAAAGCUGUUGCGCAGCAACUCACUGACUUUCUGAAGACAAACAAUGUAUACGAAAUGCUUCAGUCUGGUUUUAGACCCCAUCAUAGCACUGAGACUGCACUUGUGAAGGUGGUAAAUGACCUUUUAAUGGCGUCAGACCGAGGCUCUGCAUCUGUCCUCGUGCUACUAGACCUUAGUGCUGCCUUUGACACCAUCGAUCACCACAUUCUUUUGGAGAGACUGGAAACCCAAAUUGGUCUACACGGACAAGUUCUGGCCUGGUUUAGAUCCUACCUGUCGGAAAGAUAUCAGUUUGUCUCUGUGAAUGGUCUGUCCUCCGACAAAUCAACUGUACAUUUCGGUGUUCCUCAAGGUUCCGUUUUAGGACCACUAUUGUUUUCACUAUAUAUUUUACCUCUUGGGGAUGUUAUUCGAAAACAUAAUGUUAACUUUCACUGCUAUGCGGAUGACACACAGCUGUACAUUUCAAUGAAGCAUGGUGAAGCCCCAAAAUUGCCCUCGCUAGAAGCCUGUGUUUCAGACAUAAGGAAGUGGAUGGCUGAAAACUUUUUACUUUUAAACUCGGACAAAACAGAGAUGCUUGUUCUAGGUCCCAAGAAACAAAGAGAUCUUCUGUUAAAUCUGACAAUUAAUCUUGAUGGUUGUAAAGUCGUCUCAAAUAAAACUGUGAAGGACCUAGGCGUUACUCUUGACCCUGAUCUCUCUUUUGACGAACAUAUCAAGACUGUUUCAAGGACAGCUUUUUUCCAUCUACGUAACAUUGCAAAAAUCAGAAAUUUUCUGUCCAAAAAUGAUGCAGAAAAAUUAAUCCAUGCAUUUGUUACUUCUAGGUUAGACUACUGCAAUGCUCUAUUUUCCGGCUACCCGGAUAAAGCACUAAAUAAACUUCAGUUAGUGCUAAAUACGGCUGCUAGAAUCCUGACUAGAACCAAGAAAUUUGAUCAUAUUACUCCAGUGCUAGCUUCCCUACACUGGCUUCCUGUUAAGGCAAGGGCUGAUUUCAAGGUUUUACUGUUAACCUAUAAAGCGUUACAUGGGCUUGCUCCUACCUAUCUUUCCGAGUUGGUCCUGCCGUACAUACCAAUACGUACGCUACGGUCACAAGACGCAGGCCUCCUAAUUGUCCCUAGAAUUUCUAAGCAAACAGCGGGAGGCAGGGCUUUCUCCUAUAGAUCUCCAUUUUUAUGGAACAGUCUGCCUACCCAUGUGAGAGACGCAGACUCGGUCUCAACCUUUAAGUCUUUACUGAAGACUUAUCUCUUCAGUAGGUCAUAUGAUUGAGUGUAGUCUGGCCCAGGAGUGUGAAGGUGAACGGAAAGGCUGGAGCAACGAACAGCCCUUGCUGUCUCUGCCAGGCCGGUUCCCCUCUCCACUGGGGUUCUCUGCCUCUAACCCUGUUGCAGGGGCUGAGUCACUGGCUUGCUGGUGCUCUUUCAUGCCGUCCCUGGGAGGGGUGCGUCACUUGAGUGGGUUGAGUUACUGACGUGAUCUUCCUGUCUGGGUUGGCGCCCCCCCCUUGGUUUGUGCUGUGGUGGAGACCUCUGUGGGCUAUACUCGGCCUUGUCUCAGGAUUGUAAGUUGGUGGUUGGGGAUAUCCCUCUAGUGGUGCGGGGGCUGUGCUUUGGCGGAGUGGGUGGGGUUAUAUCCUUCCUGUUUGGCCCUGUCCGGGGGUUUCUUCGGAUGGGGCCACAGUGUCUCCGGACCGCUCCUGUCUCAGCCUCCAGUAUUUAUGCUGCAGUAGUUUAUGUGUCGGGGGGCUGGGGUUAGUUGGUUAUACCUGGAGUACUUCUCCUGUCUUAUCCAGUGUCCUGUGUGAAUUUAAGUAUGCUCUCUCUAAUUCUCUCGUUCUCUCUUUCUCUCUGAGAACCUGAGCCCUAGGACCAUACGUCAGGACUACCGGGCAUGAUGACACCUUGCUGUCCCCAGUCCGCCUGGCCUUGCUGCUAUUCCAGUUUCAACUGUUCUGCCUGCGGCUACGAAACCCCUACCUGUCCCAGACCUGCUGUUUUCAACUCUUAAUGAUCGGCUAUGAAAAGCCAACUGAGAGACCUGAGCCCUAGGACCAUACGUCGGGACUACCGGCCGUGGUGACUCCUUGCUGUCCCCAGUCCGCCUGGCCUUGCUGCUAUUCCAGUUUCAACUGUUCUGCCUGCGGUUAUGGAACCCCUACCUGUCCCAGACCUGCUGUUUUCAACUCUUAAUGAUCGGCUAUGAAAAGCCAACUGAGAUUUAUUCCUGAUUAUUAUUUGACCAUGCUUGUCACUUAUGAACAUUUUUGAACAUCUUGGCAUGGUUCUGUUAUAAUCUCCACCCGGCACAGCCAGAAGAGGACUGGCCACCCCUCAUAGCCUGGUUCCUCUCUAGGUUUCUUCCUAGGUUUUGCCUUUCUAGGGAGUUUUUCCUAGCCACCGUGCUUCUACACCUGCAUUACUAGCUGUUUGGGGUUUUAGGCUGGGUUUCUGUACAGCACUUCGAGAUAUUAGCUGAUGUAAGAAGGGCUAUAUAAAAUAAAAUUGAUUGAUUGAUUGAUUAUAUAAUUAAGCAAUAAGGCCUGAGGGGGUCUGGUAUAUGGCCAAUAUACCACAGCAAAGGGCUGUUCUUAAGCACGACACAAUGCGGAGUUCCUGGAUACAGCCCUUAGCCGUGGUAUAUUGACCAUAUACCACAAACCCCCGAGGUGACAUAUUGCUAUUAUAAACUGGUUACCAACGUAAUUAGAAGAGUAAAAAUACAUGUUUUGUCAUACCCGUGGUAUACGGUCUGAUAUACCAUGGCUUUCAGCCAAUCAGCAUUCAGGGCUCGAACCACCCAGUUUAUAAUUAAGCAAUAUGGCCCGAGGGGGUGUGGUAUAUGGCCAUUAUACCAUGGCUAAGGGCUGGUCUUAUGCACAACGCAACACGGAGUGCCUGGAUACAGCCCUUAGCCAUGGUAUAUUGUCCAUAUACCACAAACCCCCAAGGUGCCUUAUUGCUAUUAUAAACUAGUUACCAACGUAAUUAGAGCAGUAAAAAUAAAUGUUAUGUCAUACCCGUGGUAUACCACGGCUUCCAGCCAAUCAGCAUUCAGGGCUCGAACCACCCAGUUUAUAAUAAUAAGUAAUCUCCCAUCAUAAGGACAACAAUGGAAAUACGUCUCUGACUUCAUUGUCUCAUCCUCAGUGAUUUUAUUUAUGCAUGUGUUUUUUAUGUGUUUUUAAAAUGGUCAACUAAACUAAAAUGUGUUUGUGUGUGUUGCUGUAUAUUCUGAUAGAUAAUGGUUAAUUUUCCCUCUAUAACCUCUACUGUAUGUGUGUUGCAGUAUGGAGGAGUGCGAGGCGCUUUGCACCCGUCUGGCCAUCAUGGUGAAGGGUCAGUUCAGGUGUCUGGGCUCCCUGCAGCACAUCAAGAACAAGUCAGUGGCCUCUCGUCCUCCCCUCUCGUCCCUCUCUCAUCCCCUCUCAGCUAGUCAUUAGUCACCUCUGGUCCUCUGCUGCUCUCCUCCUAUUGUUGUCUCACUGAUCUGUUGUUCCCUGUACCCGAGCCUAUGCUGGGCUGGUUGCAGGUUUUUUUGUGCUGCCUUGCAAACUCCUUUAACGGUAAUUGUUUGGCAUUACAACAGCCAAAGGAGAUUUGGGACCAGCCUAUUCCUAUUGUUCUCUGACUCACCUUUUGUUCCCUGUACCAUAUGCCUAGCCUGGUCCCAGAUCUGUUUGUGCUGCCUUGCCAACUCAUAUGGUCAUUGUUUGGCAUAAAAACGGCCAUAGGAGUUGGCAAGACAGUACAAACAGAUCUAGGACCAGGCUAUUCCUAUUGUUCUCUGACUGAUCUGACGUUUGUUUCCUGUACUCUAGGCUAGCUUGAUCUGUUUGUGUUGUAUAGCCAACUACAGCACAAUGAUAACUAAACACAGAUCUGGGACCAGGCUAACUGUAUGCUAGGCUGUAGACCCAUGGGGCGGCGCACAAUUGCAAUGCCAGGGUUGUGGGUUUGAUCCCCACGGGGGGCCAGUAUGAAAAAUACAAAAAAUAAUGUAUGCACUCACUAACUGUAAGUCGCUCUGGAUAAGAGCGUCUGCUAAAUGACUAAAAUGUAAAUGUAGUUUGUAGCCUAAUAUCAGUGGUGAACCAUGACUAUUGGACCUAGGCCUUCGGUGGGGGUAAAAAAUCUUCCAACACAUUGUACCAAACUCAAAAAUCAAAAAGAAUAACAGAAACAUAGCAUCACUUAAUGCGCCCAACUGAAUCAAACAGGUCUGAGGCUGAGCCACGCUUCGGGCUGCCACUCACACAGAGACAGCACCCGCAUGGAUAAUGCUACCAGCAACAACAACCAGACUGCUUACACAACCUGUGGUAGCCUAACGCCAUCACUAUCACACUAUCACCAAAAGCGACAACAGUGACACAUCAAAGGAUGUGAGUGUGACAGGCUUGUGAUGCUUUUUGUAAAAGACAUAGCUAGGCUUAUAGAAAGACAGCAGUCACACACAGCAUGAUGUUAAAGAAUAAGCAGUACAUUCACUCUGAUAUAAUAAGCCAGUAGGUCCCAAUCAUAAGAAUACAAAAACCCAACCAUUAGGCUAAGCAUUUCCCAAUCGAAAUGUACAACUCUUAUUUCCCAUUGCAAACAUAUUUUUCACGUUCAGCACACAAAGUAACCAGUUAUCUUAAAGAAUCAUCAAGGACACCACACACCCCAGCCACGAGCUGUUCACUCUCUUACCGUCGGGCAGACGGUAUCGGAGCAUGGCUCAUACCAACAGGCUCAGACAGUUUUUUGACAUCAGAUUCUCAUCAGACUAACUCCUUGAAUACUCUACUCCUUGAAGUUUGCAGUUGUGUAAAAAAAACACUUUUGUUCAAAACGAAACAAAAAUACCCUUUAGUGUAUGUACUUUACUGUAUUUAUAAUUGGGAAAUAGAUUUUCAACAGUAAAAGUUAAAACAUCGCUGGAGGACGUCUAACUUCUUGUUGAAAGUUAAUCUUGAAAAGGGCGAAGCUAACAAAUUAGCAACAACAUCCUCUUCGAUAACACCUGCUGCAGCCGCUGCACACUAGCCUACAACAAAAGCUUGCUAGCUAGACUGUGGGAAAACUACUGCUCGCUAUUGUUGGCCUUCGAGAAGGCGGAAGUUUCCAUACGUUUCAGUAUGUGAUUAGUUGAUUCCACUCACUACAAAAUUCUGCCCUAAUACAGUUGUAUGGCAGGCUUCUGAGGGCCUAGCCAAUGGCUGACUUAGCUAGAUAGAUUUAUGUCUGGAGAGACCACCAAAUAAAUAUUCUGAUUGGAUAUCUUUUUCUCUUCAGUGUUAACCCUUUCCUUUCCAACACAAACUGAAGAGAUCAAAUCAGAAUAUCAUUGAAAAUAAGAAUAUAAUUAGAAUAUUAUAGAAAAUAUUAAAUUAAAAGUAAAUGUAUAUUUUAAAACUACAACAAUUAUUGUAUGAAUCCUUAGGCCUUCUCUGAAGGCAUAGAAGGCCCUCACAGACAUUAACUCUGAUUGGUAAUAAAAAAGUAACAUUCCUUCGUGAUGAUGUGUGUUUCUCUCAGGUUUGGCAGCGGCUUCACGGUGAAGAUGUACCUGGCUGUGUCUUCCUGUGACGUGGAGGUCAUCACCAACUUCAUGCAGCACCACUUCCCCAGCACGUACCUCAAGGUAAGAUACCUGGGACAGUCUGGUGUGGGGGACUGAAUGAAUGAAUAAACUGUAUUGAUCCCCAGAGGGGAAAUUGGAUUUGUACCAGUAUAAAAUACAUUCCUAUAAAAUUCCCACAAAGCACAUUCACACACACUGCACUAUAACGGUUAAAAACAGUUUUGGUCAAAAAAUAAUUUGGUCAAAAAUCUUUCAUCUGUUGUAACGGCCAGGUAUAUUACCUGAUUAAAUGUGGUAUUUAGUUUCCUGACACAAGAACAAGCCAGUUGAUCAGAAAUGGCUGUCUGUCUAGAUAGAAAAAUACUUUGAAGUCAGAUUUAGAAGUAAAAAAUAAACGUAGUUCAUGCGUUUUGCCUUUGUACUGUAGAACAGCGCAGUUUGACAUGUGGCACCUGAUUGAUUGAGAUGUGCCCUCAUGUCUCCUCCUCCCAGGACCAGCACUCUUCCAUGGUGGAGUAUCAUGUGCCUGUGGCACCUGGAGGUGUGGCGGACAUCUUUGACCAACUGGAGUCUAACAAGGCCGCUCUGCAGAUCAAGCACUUCUCUGUCAGCCAGACUACCCUGGAUGAGGUGAGAGCGAGAGGGGAUGAUGUGAAAGAGGGAGGGGGUGGAGGGCGAGAGAUGGAGGGAAGGAUGGUGAAGGGUGGAAGGGAGAGAGAGGAACACGGAGAGAAAGGCAGAUGGAGAGAGUGAGCGAUGGGAUGUGAGAAUAAGAGAGAAAGAAAGAGAGACGGGGGGAGUCUGUCGGAGGGAGAGAGAGACCUAACAGACUUAAAGGGCAAUUACAGUAUGUCUUCACACUUCAGAAAUCAAGUUGCAAAAAUAGGUUUUGAAUCCUAUUCAGAGUAACUGACAGAGGGUAUGAACCUACUACCUACACUCUUAGAAAAAAAGGGUUCCAAAAGGGUUCUUUGGUUGUCCCCAUAAGAUAACCCUUUUUGGUUCCAAGUAAAACUUUUUUUGGAUCCAGGUAGAACCAUUUUGGGAUCCAUGUAGAACCCUCUGUGAAAAGUAUGUAAAGCAAUCUGAACAACCAACCCAGUCACUGAUCCUGUAGAAUUAUUCAUUCCCCUCCAGGUCUUCAUCAACUUUGCCAUGGGGAAGAUUGGCAUCGAGACCAUCCCAAUCCACAGCGAAGAAGAUUCCGAAGCAGACAGCAUCAGCCUCGAAUCCAUCGCGGCCUCAGAAACGUAGCUUUGGCGGCCAUCUUGUUCACAAUGUGUCUGUCUACAUGUCUGUCUGUCUGAAGACACACACUGUGAAGGAAGAAGAUAAAUAUUCACGCUAGAUAGAAAUUAAUAAAUUGAUCUAUGUUUUAAUAAUAAUGGAAACAUUUAAUAUAUGAAUCAACCUGUAAUCACUUUACUUUAUUUUAAUUGUAUAAUUUCUCUUUGGUACUGUUCUCAGUUUAUCAAAUCACUUUUAUACCUUAUGAAGGAUAACUUAUGAAGUGACUUUGUUGCGACUUUGGACUGUUAAAUUGAACAGGGUUUGUCUCUUGUUAUUUCAUCAGGUAAUGAGAAUCAAAGAGAUGUGAACAUGCUUCUAUCAUGUAUCUUCACUAAUAUGUGUCGAAAUCCAAAAAAUGUAAUGGCCUUCCUUCCUCAAUUAUCUGUUUACUUGUCAUGAACAAAAUAUAUAUUAAUGGAAAUCAUGCAUAAGAUCAAAUAAAUGGUAUUGUCAUGUUAUUAUCAUUACAAAUCUAAGUACUGUGGUGGAGGCACUGAUCUUUAGCAACAGUUGUAACCUUAGAGAGAUGCGCAUUCCAUUGGUGAAACUCGUAUCUUUUGUUGAUUAAAUUCUAUUGAUUUGGCCCAUUGGUUAGAAUUAUAUAUAUAUAUAAUAAGCUACAUCAGUGGUU